AUGGUGCUCAGUCCCCGGAGCAGCGGCAGAGGAGGAGGAGGCGGCGGCGGAGGAGGCGGGGACGGCCGGGCGGGGCUUGGCGGCGAUUCGGAUCGGAGCCCGGGCGGCGGCGGCGGCGGCAGCGGCGGGAGGCUGAGCAUGAAUCGCUUCAAGGUGUCCAAGUUCCGCCACGCGGAGGCCAGGGUGGCCCGCAAGGAGGUGGGUGCCGGCGCCCCGACGGGAAGGGCCCCGAUCCCCGCCCGGAGAGCAACCCCAGGCGCCCUCCCUGCCCGCACCUGCCUCCGGGGUGGGGGUCUUGGCUCCGCUGCCCCCGAUCUCCCCACCCCCGGGAUGCCCUGCUCCCGAUUGGCACCCUCUGCCCGGGGGCGCCCCCGGGGACUCCCGCUGCCCACCAGCCGGCGCGCGCCAGGGCGCCCGGGCACUCCUUCCUUCCCCUGCCCAGGGGGGCGGCAGCAGCAGCAGCAGCGGGGGCGCCCUCGGGGUUAACCCCUUCGGAGCCGCGGCCGCCGAAGAGGUGGGGCGCCUUCGGGGCGUCGGCCGCCGCGCUCUGGGCGUGGGUCACAAGACGCGCCUUGCGGCUUCCGCGGCUUCCGCUCUCCCUUCCCCAUCCUGUGCUCAGCGCAGCUGCUCUCCGGGCUUGCAGCCGGCUUCCUCCUCGGGGCCAAGGGGGGAAGGUGGCGCCUGCAGAAUCGGGGGGCGGGGGGAGGAGCUUGCCUUGGGCUGAAGCCCCGCCUCCUUUCCCUCCGAUGGGAUGAUCAUCAUCAUCAUAGAAUUGUAGAGUUGGGAGGGACCCCCCGGGGUCAUCUAGUCCGACCCCCGGCAAAGCAGGAAUCUCAGCGGAAGCAUCCGUGGCAGACGGCCACGCAACCUCUGCUUCAAAACCUCCCAGGACGGAGAGUCCCACAGAUCAUGGAAUUGUACAGAUGGAAGGGACCACAAGAGUCAUCUAGUCUAACCCCUUGCAACGCAGGAUGGGGGGCAGGAACCCCCCCCAGCUGCUACUUUGCCUGCGAUCUGGGGAGUGCCACAGCCUUGCGCCCUCUCUCAUCUGCUUUGGGCAACCCUGGGCACCCUUUUUCCAUUUGCCCUCAUCCUGAGUGGAGGGGGGGUCUGGAUCCUGAGCCCCAGGCCUUGGCCCAGCUAGUCCAGGGGGGUCUCUAAGACAGGCGGUCAUCUUGGGCUUCUUUCCCCGUCCCCUGCUGCUCUUAGACAGGAGCUUAGAGGCUGGAAAAGUGGACGUGAAAAGGCUCAAACAGCUUCGAAAUUCUGUGCUUAUUUUAAUAGGAAGUGGUGUUCCUGCAACAGGGUGCUGAGCCCAGGAUCUUCUGCAUGCAGAGCAGGUGUCCUCCCACUGGGCUGCGCCCCUCCUUAAGGGGAAGGAUUUUGGGGUGGCCUCCAGGGCACCACCCACAAACCAGACAGAUGUUUGGGUGUCCAGGAGGCCCCCAAAAUUGUGUCACUUUUUAGUUUGCGCAGAGCAAAGUGGCUGGCUGUGAAGAACACAGGCCUUGGGAGGGAGCCCCCUGACAGCCUUGGGGGCAGCCUGAGCCCCCUGCCCCCUUCCCUCUGCCCCCUCUUGCGGGUCUGAGCGGCGACCCUCUUGCAUUUGAUGCCUCAUGCAGUUCGGACUGUGAGCUCUCUGCAGGGCCCCCUGUGUGGUGGCACCAGCAAUGCAGAAUGGAUGACUUCUCAGGCCUAAAGGCCAGAAUUGGAUGAAUGCCCUGAAAUUUCAAUGAUUGCAGUAAUUAUUAUUAAUAUAAUAUAAUAUAAUAUAAUAUUGCAGAACCAGGGAAAUGUCAGGCUUUCUGUUGCCUGGGCAACCUCCUCUGCCUGCUGAAAGUGUGAGCACUGCUUUGCUGGUGUGUGUAGCAGAAGUUGCAUGAAAGAGCCUAUUUUUAAGCGGAAUAAAACCAGGCAGCCAACAAGCCUCCCUUUGUGUUGCCGCUGUGCAGUUUUCGAGGGCUGCUGCUGGAGACUGAGCGCCAAAGGGCAGGUGGGCAGAGCUGGGGCAUGCGGAGAAUUCCCGCGCAUAAUCUCAGUGUCAUUUUUUUACCCACUUUUCGUCUUGAAGAAGGCCCCCCCCCCCAGGGUUGCUAUGGUGUGGAGCGCAUGGCGCCUUCUCAAGCAGCUCCCGCAGAUCUUCCUGGUCCUUUCUUCAUAGGAAGGGAGAAUUCUGGGAGCUGCAGCUUCUCCCACCGUUCAGAUCCAGUGAUGGGAGAAGCUGCAUUUGCUACAAUUCUUACACGUCAGGGUUUGAGGCUUUGGAAUUUGGCCACAGAAGCUGCGCACACGUCAACCUUGACUUGGUUCCCCUCUGCUCUAGGAACAUAUAAUGCAAGGCUUUAGUCCUCCCUGUUGAGCAUCUGCCUGGAGCACCAUCCCCCAGGGAGCUGCAGGGAGGGGUGUGGAUGGAAGAAGAAGAAGGGCUGGGAACUCUGUUGCCUGGUGGUUUGUCUUCCUUCCGUGCGGUUUGGGGUGAAGGAGACCACAGGCAAAGGGGAGGGAGGGAGGGAGGGAGGGAGGGCUACCUUCAGAUGUCUUCUAAAAGUCAGAUAGUUGUUUAUUUCCUUGACAUCUGAUGGGAGGCUGUUCUACAGGGUGGGUGCCAUCACUGAAAAGGUCCUCUCCAUGGUUCCCUGUAGCCUCACUUCUCUUAGGGAGGGAACCGCCAGAAGGCCCUUGGAGCUGGACUUCAGUGUCCAGGCGGAACGAUGGGGGUGGAGACACUCCUUCAGAUAUACUGCGCCGAGGCCGUUUAGGGCUUUCAAGGUCAGCACCAGCAAUUUGAAUUGUGCACGGAAACGUACUGGGAGCCAAUGUAGGUUUUUUAGGACCGGUCUUGGCGGCCACUCCCAGUCACCAGUCUAGCUGCUGCAUUCUGGAUUAGUUGUAGUUUCCGAGUCACCUUCAAAGGUAGCCCCACGUAGAGCGCAUGGCAGUAGUCCAAGCGGGAGAUAACCAGAGCAUGCACCACUCUGGUGAGACACUGCACAGGCAGGGAGGGUCUCAUCCUGCGUACCAGAUGGAGCUGGUAGACAGCUGCCCUGGACACAGAACUGACCUGCGCCUCCAUGGACAGCUGUGAGUCCAGAAUGACUCCCAGGCUGCGCACCUGGUCCUUCAGGGGCACAGUUACCCCAUUCAGGACCAGGGAGUCCCCCACACCUGCCCACCCCCUGUCCCCCCAAAGCAGUAAUUCUGUCUUGUCAGGAUUCAUCCUCAACCUGUUAGCCCUAUCCAUCCUCCAAAAAUGGGCCGCACACUGCACACAUGUGUUGGAAUGUACAUGCUGGCUCUCUUCCUGGCUGGGCUAAGGACAGAAGGAGUCACAGAUUGCGCUAGGCGCAUGGGGAGGUGCCUUGCUCCAUUGGGCAUGUCCUUUCCACUUUUGGGUGCCCAGUAAUAGUUGGCUACCCCUUUGCAAAAGCUCACAGUCUUUCCUCUACUUCCCUGUGGUGGCCGGCCCUCUGCUUUGUAGUAGUAGUAGUAAUAAUAAUAAUAAUAAUAAUAAUAAUAAUAAUAAUAAUAUAUUUAUACCAUGCCCAUCUGGCUGUGUUUCCCCAGCCACUCUGGGCGGCCCCCAACAGAAUAUUAAAAACACGAUAAAACAUCAAACAUUAAAAGCUUCCCUAUACAGGGCUGCCUUCAGAUGUCUUCCAAAAGUCGGAUAGUUGUUCGUUUCCAUGACAUCUGUUGGGAGGGCAUUCCACAGGGCAGACGCCACUACCGAGAAGGCCCUCUGCCUGGUUCCCUGUAGCCUCACUACUCUCAGGGAGGGAACUGCCAGAAGGCCCUAGGAGCUGGACCUCAGUGUCUGGGCAGAACGAUGGGAGUGGAGAUGCUCCUUUGGGUCUUUGAUUUGGGACGGGCGCAGGACCCCUCUCUGUCCCCUGGGCUUCGGGUGCAGAUGCUUCUCCUCCUCUGUCUCUGCAAGAAGAUCCCUGCUGCUCUGCAGAAACGAGAGAGGAAGCUGCAGUGUCUCUUUCCCUCUCUUUCUCCUAGCUUUGGUUUGGGGGAGAAGGAUGUGGCAAAGCUGCAGGUGGUUCCCUUUCCUCGCUGAGCUGUGGGGCAGGGAAUGGCUCUCCCCCUCCCUUCAGCUGGGCCAGUGUGGUGUAGUGGUUAAGAGCGGUAGUCUCGUAAUCUGGGGAACCGGGUUUGCUUCUCCGCUCCUCCACAUGCAGCUGCUGGGUGACCUUGGGCCAGUCACACUUCUCUGAAGUCUCUCAGCCCCACUCACCCCACAGAGUGUUUGUUGUGGGGGAGGAAGGGAAAGGAGAAUGUUAGCCGCUUUGAGACUCCUGAAGGGGAGUGAAAGGCGGGAUAUCAAAUCCAAACUCUUCUUCUUCUUCCUGUGUUGCAGGCCUGGAUUGGAGACCUCCGAGCUGGUUUCCCAGCUGCUUCGGCGAACCACAUCAAGGCUGGCAGCCGCUGGAUCGCCUUCCACACAGACUCGGCAGGUAAACUGUGGGCGAGGCCAGGCCCUGCCCUGCCCUGCAGUGGGUGGCUCCGCUACUCUCCGUGGGGCACGCUUGCACGGUGCACUUUGACCUGGCAGAGAGGUUGCGCCAACCUGUGCAGGCAUGUGGGAACUGUUGGGAACUGGCACCUGGCAGCAGGGAGAGUCCCAGUUGCACGAGGAUGGGAAACUCCUUGGGAGUUCCAGUUGCCUGGGGAUGAGGCAUCCCCAGGAGGCUCGUGAAAAGGAGGAAGAAGAGGAGGAAGGGAUGGGUGUGGGACCUUGCCAUUCCUGCUUCCUGCCGCUGCUGGUGGGCUUGGGCUUCCCUUCGUGCCCUACCCUCUCCCAAAGGUUCCUGCUUGCACCUCCUGUCUUCUCCAGGCCUUAGAAACUCUUGGGAAGAGCAGGGGAGAUGCCUGCCCCCUUCACCUGAGGGGCAGGGGUUGGAGAACGCUUGUCCCAAGGGGACUCACCUGGGCUGGGCACUGUUGUAAGGCAGGGGUGCGGAACCUCAUUUCAGGGGUGCUGAAUGCAGCCUUGCCGGCCUCUCAUUCUGGAGCUCAUGGCACCUCCCUUGCCAGCCCUGCUGUAGCCCCAACCCCCAAGAACACAUCCCUGAAUUGAGAAAGUUCCUCUUCCUUGCCUGGGUGCAGCAGGGGUGUAGAAACCUCUGGCUUUCUCUGCAGCCAGAAGUUACACACAGGUCUGAUUUGCACCAGUUGCUUUGCCCAGUGCUUUUUUCCCUGGGGGUACGCAUACCCCUAAACAUUUUGUGAAUCUAAGUUUGGCCUCAUUGAGGGGCAGUAUUUCAAUACAGUGGUACCUCGGGUUAAGUACUUAAUUCGUUCCGGAGGUCCAUACUUAACCUGAAACUGUUCUCAACCUGAAGCACCGCUUUAGCUAAGGGGACCUCCUGCUGCUGCCGUGCCACUGGAGCACGAUUUCUGUUCUCAUCCUGAAGCAAAGUUCUUAACCUGAAGCACAAUUUCUGGGUUAGUGGAGUCUGUAACCUGAAGCGUAUGUAACCUGAAGCAAAUGUAACCCGAGGUACCACUGUAUGAGUAGGAAAAUGAGAGUACCCCUAAACAUUUUUUUUAGAAAAAAUGCACUGGCUCUGCCCUCUUUGGCCUCCGGCCUCACCUGCCCUUGGCGUGUGGCCCUCAGAAGUCUGUCCUUAAGGGAAUGCAGCCCUCUUGCUGAAGAAAGGCUCUCCCUAGCACCACCUGUCACCCUGUUACCUGGGGCUGGACGCCCCUUCUAGGCACUGGCUGCGCAGAAUCCAAAGGUCCCUUCUGGGACAGGGUCCGCAGUGCCGUUUGUGGGCUCCUUCAGCCCCGCAAGGGGCUGCCUGCGGUGUUAGAAAUGAACUGGGCGCGUUUUGCGACUGCUGUGGGUCCCACUGCAACCACAUGGAGAUCUCUGCAUGCCAGGUUGGCAGCUAGGGAAAGCAAAAUGUCACUUAGAGAAGGAUCUGAAAUAUUUACCUUGUUUGAUUUUGGAUUGUUUGAUUUGAUGUUCUAAUGUGUUGUAAACCACUUUGAGAUUUGCUCUUUAAAAUACAAAGAAGUAAAGAAGCAACCACUAACACCUAGGCCUAAGGUGCCAAUUGGCGAUUAGAUUAUAUAUCUUGAGUUUGUAUUAUUAUUAUUAUUAUUAUUAUUAAUAAUAAUAUAAAGUGGUACCCUGGUUUAAGAACAGCCCUGUUUACAAACAAUUCGGUUUACAAACUCCACAAAACCGGAAGUAGUGUCCCGGUUUGCAAACUUUAUCUCAGUCUAAGAACGGAAGCUGAACAGUGGAAGGGCACUGGCGGCGGGAGGCCUCAUUAGGGAAAGCGUGCCUCAGUUUAAGAACAGUUUCGGUUUAAGAACAGACUUCUGGAACUGAUUAAGUCUGUAAACCGAGGUACCACUGUACUGCCCUAUACCUGGGCGUCUCAGGGCGGUUCACAGAAUAUGUGCGAGAAAGAAAAUUAAGUGUAAACACAAUACAUAGCUUUACACCAUGGGUAGGCAAACUAAGUCCCGGGGGCCAGAUGCGGCCCAAUCGCCUUCUCAAUCCGGCCCGCGGAUGGUCCGGGAAUCAGCGUGUUUUUACAUGAGUAGAAUGUGACCUUUUAUUUAAAAUGCAUAUCUGGGUUAUUUGUGGGGCAUAGGAAUCCGUUCAUAUUCCACCCCCAAAUAUAGUCCGGCCCCCCACAAGGUCUGAGGGACAGUAGACAGCCCCCCUGCUGGAAAAGUUUGCUGGCCCCUGCUUUACACUGUUGAUACUGUUGUGUUGACACAGAUAUAGCCACAUGCCUUACCGAGAUGAACAAGACGGGAGUCUAGCUAAGUUGCCUGUGAGUUGCAAUGUGCCAACACAGUGUGUGUGUGUGUAUCUCUAGAACAUUGGGCUGGACAACUUCCCCAUGGACGUGCCUUGAAUCUUCCCGGUUCUGUCCCAUACAAUGACUUUGUUUCUGGUGACGGGGGCUGUUUCCUGCAGGACAUUUGUGCAGCUUCUAGCACGGGCUUCCUCAACCUCGGCCCUCCAGAUGUUUUUGGCCUACAACUCCCAUGAUCCCUAGCUAGCAGGGCCAGUGGUCAAGGAUGAUGGGAAUUGUAGUCUCAAAACAUCUGGAGGGCAGAGGUGGAGGAAGCCUGUUCUGGUAUCAUGCCAAAGGUUAUUAGUGAAACCGAAAAAGAACUAAAAGGUGUUGAAUGUUCUCUUUAAAUUUGAAGGUUCAUUAUUGUUCCACAAGAUGUGUAUUUAUUUAAAGGCCAGAGCAAAUAACAUGACCUAGUUUUACAGCUGUGAAGCAGUAUAGCAGGUGCUGUUAAGUUAUGUUAAUUAAGCUGUUGGGUAUGGGAUAUAAAGAGCAGCACCUAGCUGUCUCAGUACCCUGGUGGAUGGUUGGGUCAUGCUUACGGAUAUUUUGUAAAAGGAGUUUUUGUUUUUGUUAUGCAAACCUAGCAAAAGUUAUUUUAGCGUUCCUUGUAAUGUGUGGUCUCCCCAGCAUGCCCUCUGCAGCGCAACUAAUCUGCAAAUAGCUAGCAAAAGUGAAAUUCUGUUUACUGGGGAUGCGUUAAAACCCAGUUUACUGCAGUCUUACCCUACAUAGAAAAAACUAGCAAUGUUUGUUGCCUCAAUAUCUCCCAUUAAGACUGGGAGAGUUCCCUGUUUGAAAAUCCUACCCCCCUCAUGUACUGCACCCAUCUGCCCCCCCCCCAAUGCAUGUAUCUGGUCUCCCUGUGACUUGUCUCGUUCUUUCCCCUUCCAGGUGUGCUGGGCCUUGUGCCCUUGGAGAGCCAGAAGAGAUCCCAGAGGGUCAUUUCACAGCUGGGCUGCCAUUCAGGUGAGCUUGGCACCUGGGCAGGGCUGGAGCCUGCCUGCCUGCCUGCCUGCCUAGGUGGGAUGAUGGGGUGAGGUUGGGGUAGGUGAGGCACCAGCUUCCUUUUCAGAAACUUCGUUAAAUUCACGCCACCAUUACAAAACGGAAACGUCAAGGUGCCGUCGGAGAUUUACAGCAAACGUAAAGAGUUUACCAAACGUUACGCUUGUGAUGAUAAAUAUACAAUGGAUUUGACUGUAUUUCUGCACCGCUUCCGUUUCACGCGAAUCCCAAAGCGGCUUAAUAAAUAACAGCGACAAAACAUCACAGGCGUAAAUCAUAUAAUAGAAAUAACGAAACUUUGGUGAAACAAUUACGAUCUGCUAUCAGCAAACCAGCAACUAAAAGAACAGGCUGAACGUCACAAAUACAGCAAAAGUCAUAGAGUCAUAGCCCCCUGCAAUGAUAUAGUAAAUUCUGCCAGUUUAUAGGCACCUGAGAUUCAUAUUUCCUGCCCUGAAAUCCCCACCUCCUCCUGGCUCAUGUGUCUCCAGGUUCCCCUUGUUCCCGGCUUCUCCAAUUCCCUCUUUUAAGCCUGGCUGUUGUUUUGAGACUGUUCAGUCCCAGUUAAGCCCCCGUCAAGAGAGGGGCACAAGCAGGGAAGAGACUCUUGGUCCCUGCCUGCCUGCCUGGGCGCAGGAUGAGCCCUGCUCUCCCGAGGCAGCUGGCACGAGUCUCCCGCUGCCGGCUUGCAUCUGCUGCAGGCCUGUGGAAACGGAAAAUGACGCAGCGACCUACUUUUCCUGGGUAGGCCAGAUGCCUCAGCCAGGCGGCCGAUUUCUGUGCCAGGUCCACCCCCCCAACACCACUUGCCCUCGAGAUUACUAUUAUUAUUAUUUAUUAUUAUUUUAUACCCCACCUUUCCCCCUGACAGUUGGCUUACAGGUAAAAAUGAGAACAGCUCAAAACAUCGGAAUAAAAUGUUUUUUAAAAAUUAAAUAUUGAGAGAAGUAAAAUUAUGCUUGCAUCUCUGGGGUGUGACCCUGGGCAGUGUGUCUGGAGGUCCUGGGCUGCCUAGACGACAAGGCCCUGCUCCCGGCUUCACUGCUGUGGUCCAAAGGAAAGCAGAGCAAGACUCUUGGUUGCAGGAGUUGCCAGAAGGAGGUGUAAAGGGCAUCAUCCAGCCGCUUUAGGGACUCCAGAUUUGUGUAGGGUUUAAUCCUGAGCCUUUUGUUUUCCCAAAUAUGUGCCACAUGUUUAUCUGUAAAUCUCCCUCGGCCAAUAAAGCAAGAUGAGUGCCGCAACCCCAGAGUCAUCCGCGACUGGACCUAAUGGUCAGGGUACAGCUUCCGGGUUAUGUGGCCAGCAUGACUAAGCCACUUCUGGCGAACCAGAGCAGCGCACGGAAAUGCCGUUUAUCUUCCCGCCAGAGCAGUACCUAUUUAUCUUCUUGCACUUUGACGUGCUUUCGAACUGCUAGGUUGGCAGGAGCAGGGACCGAGCAACGGGAGCUCACCCCAUUGCGGGGAUUCGAACCGCUGACCCUCUGAUCGGUAAGCCCUAGGCUCGGUGGUUUAACCCACAGCGCCACCCGUGACCCAAUAGCCCCCCCAAAUACAUUUUGUUGUGUGUUGUUACUUGAUGUAUUGCAUUCAUCAACCUUUGCAAGGUUGCUGACGCAACAUCUGUACUACUGAAGACCUUUUUCUUAUUCUGUACCUAGAUGCUAUUUUGAAAAUAGUUAACAAUAUGCAAAGAAGAAACAUGAUCUCUCUCUCUCUCUCUCUCUCUUUCUCUUGCCCAGAUGUGGUGACAGAUUUUGACUUCUCUCCCUUUGACGAGCAGCUCUUGGCCACAUGUUCAGCCGAUGAAGUGGUGAGUGCUCAGUGAAGGGGUCCUCCUUUGGCAGACCCCCCCCAAGACCCUGGGAGGUUGUAGAGGAGACCCUCCAGGCUCCAUCUGUGAGUGGGGGGCUGAGAGAGGAAAUAGCCCCCAAGACCUUUGCCCCAUUGCUGCUGCUUCUGGAGAGGGCUGUGGGCCUGGAGGGGGGGCACACAAGUCUGGAUUAAGGUGACCUUGGUGCAAUUCCCACAGUAGGACCCCUCCCCUUCCCCAGAAAAGGAAUGCAUGGAGUCAGGUGCCAGUAAAAACAUCUCGAGGUGGUAUUAUUACCGUUUUAUUAAAUAUAAAGUUCCUUGGGACAUACGAUUGACUGUUAAACCACUCUGGGAAUUGUAGCGCCAUGAUGGGAACCUCCUAACAAUGCCCAGAAACCAUAACAAACUAAAGUUCCCAGGAUCCAAGCCAGGGGCGGAUUUAGGUUUGGUGAGGCCCUAAGCUGCUGAAAGUAAUGGGGCCCUUUUUAUGUCCAGCUGUCCUUUGUCAACAACAAAUUGCCGCUGUUUUUUUGUGUUGAAUAUAUGCUAGAUGGUAAUUCACAGGAGCCUACACAACACAAAACACUGUUGCUAUAUGUAGGUUUUAUUUUAUUUCUUUUUUAUCUUAUAUUUUGGAAAUGUACAUCCAGUUUUUAUUUUCCCUUAAGUUUUUUUGAGGCCCCCCAAGAGAGUGGGGCCCGACGCUAUAGCUUGUUCAGCUUAUACGUAAAUCCGGCACUGAUUCAAGCCAUCACUUUUUAGAGGAGUAUUAAUACCACUUUAUAAGUGAAGAUGGGGCAUUUCUUUUCUCCAUCCCUUGACUGGAGGGGUCUGCUUGGCUUUGCUGUGGUUCCCCCACUUUGCUGUCCCCCCCUUGUGGGUUGGGGUUCAUCUUCUCCCAGGGUGACGGACGGACCUUUGCUCCCGGCCUCUUUCUCUGCAGGUGAAGGUGUGGCGCCUCCUGGACUCUGGCCAGGACCUCUCGUCUUCCCCCCACAUUGCCCUGGGGCCGGAGGGCCGGCCGGUAGACCUUCUCCUCUUCCACCCCACGGCAGACAGCAUCCUGGCCAGUGGGGCCCAGAAGGCAGUGAAGGUUUGGGAUGUGGGGCAUCGGCAGACCCUGGCAGGUGAGCUUCGCGGUGGGGGGUGUUUCAGGUUGGGGGUGUUAUAAGAAAAAAAUGCUCCUUUUCCCCUUAUGGGGUACCCAGGAGCCUGUAUGGAGUCCUUAUGUAGGUUCCCUCCAUGGACAGCUGUGAGUCCAAAAUGACUCCCAGGCUGCGCACCUGGUCCUUCAGGGGCACGGUUGCCCCAUUCAGGACCAGGGAGUCCUUCACACCUGCCCGUCCCCUGUCCCCCCAAAACAGUACCGUAUUUUCCGCUCUAUAGGACGCACCCGACCAUAGGACGCGCCUUGUUUUAGAAGGUGAGAACAAGAAAAAAAAAUACCUCCCCCUCUCUGUGCAGCGCCCCCUCCCGCUUCGCUGAAGGGGCGCUGCGCAGCUCUCCCUCUCUGCUGAAGCCAGGAGAGCGAGAGGGCACACUGACCCCUCUUGCUCUCCAGGCUUCAGCGAAAGGAACCCGAAGCCUCCGGAGCACGGCGGGAGUGCUCCCACUGCGCUUCGGAGGCUUUGCAUUGCUGUCGCUGAAGCCUUGGAGCCUGCAUUCGCUCCAUAAGACGCACACACAUUUCCCCUUAGUUUUUGGAGGGGAAAAUGUGUCUUAUAGAGCGAAAAAUACAGUACUGUACUUUUGCCUUGUCAGGAUUCAACCUCAAUCUGUUAGCUGCCAUCCAUCCUUCAGCUGCCUCCAGGCACUCACACAGGACCUUCACUGGUUCUGAUUUGAAAGUUCCUGAAUCUAUUGCACAUAUUGAUAACUUUGCUCAGCUUAACAGAUACUUGUCAGACUGUAUUUACAGGGAGGUGUAAGCAGUCCCUACUGUCCAAAGACCAUUGGAAAGCUUGUCCCAUUUCCUUCCUCCUUGCAGAGAAAUAUUUGAGGUCAAUUUGGGAGAGUCAAAAUGGCUUCAGUACUGUUCUCCUGUACUAUUUCAGAAACGUGGUUUAUAUUCUGACGUAUGUGUUUGCUUUUUACAUUUAUGAACAUUCUAUAUAUAUAUAAAAAACCUUAGAAUUCCUAUAACGGGGCUGGGAAGGGCAGGAGGGGAAAUGGCCCGAGUUCCCCCCUCUGCCCGGGACGGCUUGUCUCCAUCGGCUACUUUGCGCCAACUCGGACUGUUUGCCCCCUAGCCCAAGACUACCCACCCAAGCCGGCAGUGGUGGCUCUCUGGGGUUGCCUCAGGCUGCCUUUCGCACCCGCUCCCACUGGUCUCUUUCAGCUGAAGAGGGGCACUCUGCGCUUCCCAACGAGUCUUCUGCUAAAUAUUUGGAAUUUAUUCUGAAUAUUCUGUCAGGGAUUGCCGGGGGGUUGGGCCUGAUGACCUCUGGAGGUCCCUUCUAACUCUGCUUGGAAGCAGAAUAAAGGUAAAGGGAGCUACAGGUGCAUCGUGGCAGGCUAGCUGAGCACUGCCCUUUGCUUCCCUGGCAAAAGGGGGUGGUAUGGGGUGUCACAGGGAGCUCUGGGGUGGGGUUAAAAGCCCCUUGUGCCCCCACCCCUUCCCCUCUGUUUCUCUGAGCAAACAGAUGUUGGGGGAAGAGGUCAAGGACAUGCCUUUCCCAACGGUUGCCUUCCAGCUGUUUGGAACUACAACUCCCAUCAGCCUCAGCAACCCCUGGUUGGGGCUGGUGGGAGUUGUAGUUCCAAAACAGCUGGCAGGAACCAGAUUUGCAUUUCCGGUGAGAUGCUGGGAGGAAGGGACAGGCGGUGUUUGUCGCCCCAGGCCAGGAAUGUUGUGUGAACAGGAAACUGGAACCGCAAGGAGGCCCUGUUGCCUAGCAACCAGCCACAAGGUCUGCAAGCUCCAAGCGGAGGCAGCCUCCACUCUGGGGUGGAAUUACUGUUCCUGAGUAGCAAUUCCUCCUUCUCAGCACAAUGCAAAGCCUUGUCCUCGUCUCCUUGCAGCCCUGGGAGCCAGAUGAUUUUCCUCAGGACAGAAAAGGAUCCCACAGGAGGAGAUGGCCUCUGACUGGAUAAUAAUAAUAAUAAUAAUAAUAAUAAUAAUAAUAAUAAUUAAUAGUUUAUUUAUACCCCACCCAUCUGGCUGAGUUUCCCCCAAUCGAGUGUUAAAAACAAUACAGCACUAAAUAUUAAAAACUUCCCUAAACAGGGCUGCCUUCAGAUGUCUUUUAAAGUUAAGAUAGCUGCUUGUUUCCUUCACAUCUGAAGGGAGGGCGUUCCACAGGGCAGGUGCCACUACUGAGAAGGCCCUCUGUCUGACUAACUGAAACAUGCUAAUAAUAAUAAUAAUAAUUUUUAUUAAAGCAAUUCUUUAUUGCAAAACAGCAUUUUAUGCUGUUUUUUGUUGCAUCAAUUAAAUGUUUUAAAUUUGUUGUUAGCCGCCCUGAGCCCGGUUUUCUGAACCAGGAAGGGCGGGGUAUAAAUAAAAAAUUAUUAUUAUUUAUUAUUACUCCAGAGGAGGCUGACAGCAGCAAAAGGCAGAUGUUGGGGAGGGCAGUGAUGUCCUGUGUCUUCCUCAGCCUCCUGGAAGCAUCAUCUGCGGCUGCCGGUCGCAUUACACUUUGCUGCCCUGUUAUUCUGCCCGCUCUCAGGCCGGGCGAUCAGGUUGCUCUACGAGUGGCGCCUGCCAGGAACUUCAUCUCAUCUCUUAUCUUUCCCUGCAGAGCUGGAGCCUCACGAUGACCAGGUCCAGAGUUUGGCUUGGAAACCUGAUGGCUGUCUGCUGGGCACGUCCUGCAAGGUGCGUGGUAGACCAGGUGCUGGGGCUCAAGGGGCCGGUGUGUGUGUGUGUGUGUGUGAAGCUGCCCUUCAGGUCAGCGGGUGGCGGUCAAGUGAUCCUCCUCGGGCUCCAGCCACUGCGCCGUGACCCACUUUGCUCCUGCUGCGAUGCCAGGCAUCUUGCUGCUGCUGCUUCUGACCAAGAAAGGUCUGUGGCCGGAAGGAGCAGCUGGAAGAAAUAAGGGGAGCUCUGCUGCUUCCACAGAUCUCUGUGCUGUUUUGCGCCCUCUUUGCUCCUGCCCUAUAGAGUGUGGCACAGUGGGAGAGUCCACUCCCUGGGUGGCUCUGGGCCAAGUCACCAUCUCUCCGCUGAGCCUACCUCGCAGGGCUGUUGUGAGGAUGACCUGGGGAGGGCUAUAAAUUUAGUAAAUAAACAAGCAGUAACACGGCGCUGUGGGUUAAACCACAGAGCCUUGGGCUUGCUGAUCAGAAGGUCGGCGCUUCGAAUCCCUGCGACGGGGUGAGCUCCCGUUGCUCGGUCCCAGCUCCUGCCAACCUAGCAGUUCGAAAGCAUGUCAAAGUGCAAGUAGAUCAAUAGGUACCACUCCGGCAGGAAGGUAAACGGUGUUUCCAUGUGCUGCUCUGGUUCUCCAGAAGCAGCUUAGUCCUGCUGGCCACAUGACCCGGAAUCUGUACGCCGGCUCCCUCGGCCAAUAAAGCGAGAUGAGUGCCGCAACCCCAGAGUUGUCCGCGACUGGACCUAAUGGUCCCUUUACCUUUACCUUAUCAUGCCACUUUAGGCAACCAUGGCUCUCCCCCCACCCCCAGAAUCCUGGGAACUGUAGUUUUUUAAAGGAUCUGAGAGUUGUUAGGAAACUCCUGUUCCCCUACAGUUCCUAGAGUUGCCUGGGAAGAGGGAUUGGUUGUUAAACCAGUCUGAAAGUCGUAGCUCUGCAAAGGGAACGGGUCUCCUAACAACUCUCAGCACCCUUUAAGAGACUACCGUUCCCAGGAUUCUUUGGGGGAAGAAGCCAGAAUUGCUUAAGGCGAUACCGCUUUAAAUGGCCUACACCACAAGGGACCACUGGGUGGCGCAACACGCGCACAUAAUGCGCCUCCCAAGAACUCACGCUUGGUGCAAAAAGGUGCAUUGAAAAGCCUGUGGCUGCGAUCUGGCCGCUGACUUCUCUCAGCUUGGAAACAAAACGAAGAGCACCUCCUCAAAUGUCUUUAUUUCAUAAAAUCUAUGCGGCGCUUGAUUGCAAAACAAAACAAAAGAAACCCAAAGCGGUUUGCAGAGAGAUGAAACGAUGAAAUUGAGAAAAAUCCGCAGCCGUACUUUAGAACAUACGAAAAGUUAAAAAGACGAAAGCGGAUUAAAAUUCGCCUCAACUUUCUGAGCAUCCAGCAUUGCAGGGGGUGGGGCUGUUCUGUGAUCCGGGUCGGCUUGCAGGCCCUCCUGUUUUCAGCACGCACCGAAAAGAGUACAGUGAAGGCCUGGGCUUGGUAUCGAGAGGCAGGGAGUUCCAAAGUGUAGGUGCUGCCGCAUGGAACGACUCGGUUCUCACAAAGGUGGCACGUGUAGUAAACCCAUGCCCAUCCCACCACCUGGACUAACCACCUAGUCCACCUGGCAUGUGGACUAAGGGAAUACUGUAGAUAAACUGGUCCCAAGUUGUUAAAGGCUUUAUCUACUAAUAGUAACCUGCAUGAACCACUGCAGCAAGCAUUGUGGUAUCUGCUAGCAUAGAAACCAUUGCCUAGGAAGCUCUGCAACCUUUUCCAGGUGUGUUUUGAAUGCCUAACCAGAACCAGUCUUGCAGAUGAGCAAAGGGACCAGGUGUAGUUUCACUUAAGGUUCUGGUUUUUCUGGCGUUUUGGGGGCUUUUGCCUCUGUAGACCGGCAAGCAUUGAGGGCUGGGCACUGAAGCAAACCAGAAUUAAGCCAGAGAAUGUGUUUCAGAGCAUUCACGCAAGCAGACAUUCCUAAGUCAGCUUCAAACUAUGGUUUCACAUUCUGGUCUGCUGGUAGUUAGCUGACCAGAGUUGAUGAGGCUUGCCAUAUUCCUGACACCUGCAAAAUUGGUGAGCUUUUUAAAGGAGAUCACCAAAAUUGUUGAGCAUUUUUUUUUGGAAACAAACCCAAAUUGUCCAGCUUUUUAGGAGAAACCUAACCCCAAAAAAGUGAUUUUAAGCUUUUUGAGCUGUUUCUGCUGCUUUUUCCAUCGCAUUGCCAUACACCCAGGUUUUCCCUGACAUUUUGCCGAUUCAGCAAAAUCCCCCCAACGCCAUUUUUGCACCCCAAAACCAGGUCAUGUCAGGAAUUUUCCUGACGUAUGGCAAGCCUAUAGCUGAUGGCCGUUGUGUGUUUGGACAAACAAACCAGAGUUUGUUGAGCUUAACAAACCAUGGUUUAGCAAAGUGUGCGAACCAGGCUACUGUUGAUUAUACCUUUUAUUUAUGCUUCGGCUGGUACCCACUGUACCAAGUCGGGGUGCCAGGAGGUCACUGGAUCAUGGCUAAGUUCUGCCUUCCUCUCCAUCCUCUCUUGCAAGGAUACUGUGGACACUUAAGCAUCAUAGUUCUACCUAUAGCGCCUGACUAAAUUGAGAAUGGGCUGCUGCGUUUGUGGCAAACACAGAGUCCCUCAUGACCUCCUUUUCUUCUCUGUCCUCAGGAUAAAAAGCUGCGGAUCUUUGACCCACGUGCCAAACCUACGGCUUGCCAGGUAUCUGGGCCUCUUUGGUUUGGGGGCAGGGUGGGGUUGGGGAGAGGGCACUGCCAGGGCUGGGUUGUGUGGAGACACCCUGUCUAAAGCUGGUUGUUCUUCCUCCAGAGCAACUUCCUUGGGUGCCAGGGCCCCAGGAUUCCUGCCCCUCUUAACAGCUCACAGCGUCAACUUGAGAAAAUGCCAGGCGGCUGGUCUGUUAUCUGGCGUUGGGCUAGUGAGAGCCACAGUGGCAGUGUGGCUAGCCCAGCCUUUGCCAACCAGGUGCCCUCCAAAUGUUUUGGACCCCCGCUCCAUCGGCAUCGAUUCAUGUGUGGAGGCACCCACACUGAGCCCUCAAAUGCCCCUUAUUGCUUUGACAAAGCUCUGGGAGGGAAGUCCUUGAUACAGCGCAGAGUUAAACUGUGGAACUCACCCCGGCAGGAAGCAAGGAUGUCCACCAACUUGGCUUUAAAAAAUCACUACACAAAUUCAUGGACCCUCUCUUUCCAUUGGAGGGGCCCUAAUUUCACAGGCGCGGGACCGCCCAAAGGGCAGACAGCAAGGCUGGUGCCAGGCCAUCCACAGGAAGGGCUGGUGUUCCCUGUGGCUGCCAGCCUGGGCCAGUUCCUCAGAGUCAAGUGGCAAAACACUUCCUCUCCUGCCCCAUGUCAGCCUCCAGUUGGAGGGCCGGAGUUCAUGUCUGGAUGCCCACAUCAAAAACAAAACACAUUUUUAAAUUUAUUUUAGUUCAUAUAAUUUGGGGACUUCCCUGGCUUUUUUCUGGCCCAUGUAGGACCAGUCUGGAUAGUUAGCCUUGGUGAAGACUUGACGUUUUCAUCCCCCAAAAAGUUUUUUAUUUGAGUUUCCAUUGAAAUGAGGCUGUAUUUUAAUGUUUUAAUGUUGUACUUUAAUCUCAUUUUUAAGUUGUAUUUCAAUCAAUUUGUUUUUAUAUCGGGUGUUAGCCACCCUGAGCCCGGUCUUGGCUGGGGAGGGCGGGGUAUAAAUAAAAUUUAUUAUUAUUAUCAUUAUGUAGGAAAGCAGCGUCUUAGCAAGAGGGGCUUGGCCUGUGCCCUGCCCUGCUGAUCUUCCGCAUUCAGCAAACUUUUCCUUUCAAAACAAUCUGCUGCCCUUUGCGGCUCUUUGUCAUCCUGGAAAGGGGCUGUCUUGGCGCAGACUUUGUCCCCUGCCUGAUUUUCCCGUCCGUCUCAAUGGGUCCUCCUGGCUUGACUUGCGCUGGCGGCUGCUGCUGGUGUUUUGCUUCUGUGCCCCCUUCUCCUCUGAAUGUGCCAACCCCCCCACACCUUGGGGGGCUGCCCCCAGAGCGAGCCAUGUCUGCUCCGCUCUGCAUCUCUCUUACCUGGCGUGGCUCCUGGGAAGAUGGAGGAGGAGGAAGAGGAAGAGCUCCCCUUUGCCCACCCCUUCCCCUCUGCGUGGGAGCCAGCUGUGCGCACCUCUCAUGCUCCAGAUCCAGCUGUGGGAUUGUUUUGGGGGAGGGAGGCUCUGGGGGGGCGUUCAUUCUCCCUCUCCCAACCCCCCACUUCCCUCCCGCAGAGGUCACCUCGGGGGUACCUGGCUCCCACCCUCGGCAGCCAAGUGUCCUUCCCGCUUGGUGGGACGUCCUCAGCCUUCCCUCUUCCCAAGAAGGCCGUGGGAAGCUCUGGAAGGGAGCUGGCCUAGGUUUUGGGAAGGCCUAUUUAUAGCAGCGUGCGGCCGGCGCUCUCAGGCUCCUGCUCCCCAGCGGAGCAGGGGGGCAGCCUCAGGGCUUCCGCUUCUCUUCUCACCCUCCCCACCCCCUCCGAAUCGCUGCUCCUCCGUCCCGAAAUGAGGAAGCCGCGGGGAGGCUGAGCAGGGAGAAGGAUGGGGGCCCAAGGCAGAGGGACCCUGCAGGAGCUCCGGCUCCCCGUUCCUUGGCCCCCUGCGGGGGACAGUGUCAGGGUGCCCCAACAGCAAUGCUUGUGCAGCUGCUGGCAGCAAGGAUUGGGGCCCUUGUGUUGCAUCCCUGCUGGGAUGGCCCCACUCUGUAGAAACGGGCUGUUGUGGAAGUGGCACCUGUGGGGCUGCAGAGCCCACUGUUGACUUUGGGGGGGGGGAGCCAGUCCUGGAAGAGCCACAGAGAGCAGCAGGGGCCCAGCCUUUGUUUCUGGGGCCCUUGGGAGCCCAGUGGGGCCCCUGGCCCAGCUGUGGAAGGAGAGAAACUGAUCCCUGUUCCUCUGCCCUGUGAGUCUUGCACUUGGCCAUCUGGGCUGCCCACGGGGUUCAAGAGGCUGUGUUGUGUGUUUGUGUGUGUGUGUGUGUGUGUGAGAGAGAGAGAGAGAGAGAGAGAGAAGGUGACGCACACUCUGAGUUGUUACUUGUGGAGGUGGAGGAAUCUGUGUCUGGAAGGAGGCGGAGGAAGUGAGCAAAAGUCUGGGAAGGAGAUUCUGGCACAAUGUCUUGCUUAUAGGGCAGCUUUUGAAGUUCUCCGGGAGGCUGUGACCCAGAGCUGCAGGCUGCGGCUUUGGUGUGUUUGUGUGUGUAAGGCAAUUGUUUCCCCCUCUUGCCAAUGCUGAUGUGGCUGAAUGCUCCCUCCCUAGACUUUGCCUCCUCGCUUUCUGCAGCUGCCUUUGAACGGCUGCACCCUCUUCCUUCUCUUCCAGCUCUCGGGCAGUUUCCUUGGAAAUCUGAAGGGGGCUGGGGGGGGCGUUAUUUGGCCUCAGGCGCCAGGGCUUCCGGCUGCUGAGAUGUGUGAUUUCGCUCUGCCUGGUGCAACCCAGACAUUUGCUGAACCAUGACUCCCAGUAACCCUGUCAACUCGCCGUGUUGAGGGGAACUGGCCAGAUGGAGCCCCACAACACCUGGAGGUCUUGUGCCAAGGCCAGUUCCACUCUACGGCCUGGUCUGGAUAUGAAUCCAGGCACCUAGAAGGGACUGAACAUGCAACAUGUGCCAACCCCUCGGCCUUGGUUUCCCGCAUGCUCAGCGUUCUUGCUGGCCUAUGGUUUCCUGGGCCUGCAAAAGAAUGAGUUGGGGGCCCAAGUAGACCUAGAGGCCUCCCUUGUGUGACCCUCCAUGGGCAGAGACUUUUCUUUUGGAUAGGGUUGUUGUUUUUUUUAAUUACAUGAUCAGGAGACUAUACCGUCACCCUGACUAUUCAUUCCAGCCCAAUGGCACAAUUCUUUAAAUUACAAUACAGUGGAACCUCAGUUUUCAAGCCUAUCGGAAGCCGAAUGAUUCAGAACCCGAAUGCCGAAAACCCGGAAGUGAAUGCUUCCGUUUUUGAAUGUGCCUCAGAAGUUGAACAGCUUUCGAGGCGCAUUUCUCCAUUUUCUCCAUUGAGAUUGCCGGCCACCCAUUGCGCCUCGGUUGUUGAAUGUUUCGGAAGUCGAACGGUCUUCUGGAAUGGAUUACUUCUGACAACCGAGGUUCCGCUGUACAAGAACCAGUAGAUAUGUUAAGAACCAUCCAUGAUAUCAAAGUUCUCUGGCUGACAAGGAGGAUUCUUGAAGGUGCUGCAAAAAAGGACAUGUGAAAAUAGAAAGUUUAAAACCCAAUCUCAUCAGAGAGUCCUUUCCAUCUGUUGGGUGAAAUAAAUAAGGCUGCAGAAGCCGUUGGUUAGAAGUGGCCUCCUUAUGGUAUGCUAUUAAAUCUACCUCCUUCCCUGUUAUUCUUAAUGCCAGCAAACAUCACUUUAAUGCCUUCCUGGGUUAUACUUCUUGGGGUUUUCCAAGCAAACCAUCAGUGUAUCUUCUGGCUAGGUUAUACCUUUGCUUUUGUGGGCUUCUGUGUAAGAGAAACCUUCGGCUUGACCAGCCUUUCAUCCAAGAAGACCGUGCAGAUUAAGGCCAGCCUUGUGCUUGCCUCCCUUUUCAACUGUGGGGCAAUGAGAUUGAGAUUCCUGCAUUGCAGGGGGUUGGACUAGAUUGCCCCUGGGGGUCCCUUCCAACUCUACAAUGCUGUGAUCUUCUUGCCCUUCCCGAUGUCUCCCUUUGCCACUGCAAGCAAAGUAGAGGUAGGCUCAGAGUUCCGCAGACUGAUGCUUCUUUGUCUUCCGAACCGCCGGGCUCUUGACCUGAGCUUUAAAAGCGGAGCUUGGCUAAAUGUCAGUGUGCCCCCCCGCGGCCCCCAUCAAUGCCCCAUGCCCAAAUGACCAGAAUGUACAUUUCAGAAAGCAGGAAGGGAAGGGUGGGGGAGAGUGAGUUUGGGGGGAGGGGUCCCUCCAGCGCCUGCCCUGCUCUCAAGGGGGGUGGGAGGAGACCAGCAGCAGGCCGGUUUAGGGGGGCUGAAAGUCAGUGAUGGCAGGAGAUGAGAGGGAGGGAGGGAGGGAGGGGCUCCUCACUACAUGUUUGAAUUAGGCCAGCUGUUUUACUCUUGGGAGGAGUAAAAUGUUAAACAGGAAUUAAACUUGCCACCUAAGAAAUUGCAAACUGCCAAGUUCAAAAAAAGACAAUUUCCUUGCUAUCGUAUCAGCUGCUGUUUUUAAAAAAAAUAUUCAUGUUUAUUAGUUUUUAACAUAUUAAUUAUCAUUCAUACAACAAAACUUCUCAUCUUAUACAAUAAUUUUUGGACUUCCGUCAACACCUCUGAUGAUUUUCCGUUCUUAUCACUUAUUAUGCAUUUCUUAAUUUCAUAUUACCUUUAAUUGUCCUUAACUAAUAAUUCUUUUUGUGGUCUUUCUUGUAAUAUUUCAAAUAAUUCACCUUACAAAACUUCUUGCAAACCUACUACCGUAAUCUGUUCUUCACAAUUACUUUUCAAAUAAUCCGUAAAUUUACUCCAGUCUUUUGAGAAUCUCUGGUCCCGCAGGUUUCGAAUUCUUCCUGUUAGUUUAUCUAAUUCUGCAUAGUCCAUUAAUUUAAUUCGCCAUUCUUCUUUCAUCGGUAAUUCUUCUUGCUUCCAAUUUUGUGCCAUGUAUCAGCUGCUGUUUUAUGGCGUCUGGGUCUCUUAGGAGAAGCCUUUUUUUAAUGUCUGUGCUGAUCUCCGACUCGAAGUCUUGCUGCAGAACCAAUGAAUGAAAAGUGGCCAAACCUGCCCAAAGGAAAGCGCCUCUUCUGCCCCACCCCACCCCACAGAAUAACUUCUGCCCUCUGGACUGGGGUGCAUUGAUUGCAGCAGGACUGCAAAAAAAAUGCCCUCUGAGGCCAAGGGCUGAUUUUGGGGGGCAGUGUCUUUCCCUCCAACCUGAACAUGGGGCUGGGAGCAGUGGGACAUGAGCCUCUGGAGCUGGAGCUGGGGGUGGGGUGGGGUGUCCCCCUUGCUCCCGAGGUCAUUUAAAGCAGUUAAAGGUAAAGGGACCCCUGACCAUUAGGUCCAGUUGUGACCGACUCUGGGGUUGCGGCGCUCAUCUCGCUUUAUUGGCAGAGGGAGCCGGCAUACAGCUUCCGGGUCAUGUGGCCAGCAGGACUAAGCCGCUUCUGGCGAACCAGAGCAGCGCACGGAAACACCGUUUACCUUCCCACCGGAGCGGUACCUAUUUAUCUACUUGCACUGGUGUGCUUUCGAACUGCUAGGUUGGCAGGAGCAGGGACCGAGCAACGGGAGCUCACCCCGUCACAGGAAUUCGAAUCGCCGACCACCUGAUGGGCAAGUCCUAGGCUCUGUGGUUUAACCCACAGCGCCAUAAAACCACAAAGAACAAAACCAGCAACAUGACCAACACUUUGGAGGUUUUUAAACAGAGGUUGUCAGGGAUUCCUGCAUAGCAGCGGGUUGGACUUGGGGUUCCCUUCCAACCUUGUGAUUCUGAGAUUGGAUUCCAUGAUGUUUUCACCCUUUGGGGUCUCUUUGCCCCACUUUCCGCCCUUAACUUAACCGCAGCGGUUAUCCACCUGUGGGUCCCCAGAUGUUGUUGGACUACAACUCCCAUCAUCCCUGAGCUCUAGCCUUGCUAGCUAGGGGUGAUGGGAGUUGUAGUUCAACAACAUCUGGGGACCCACAGGUGGAGAAAGGCUGGCUUCGAGGGACCCUGCAUCACCCUCUCUCAGCUGUUCUCCUGUUUUUAAGCCCGGGGGGCUUCUCUCGUUCGUUUCUCCUCUGCGCAUGCUCACAUCGCUCAGAUACAGGCCCAAGGGACCCGUGCCAAACCUGCAGCUGAGAGAGAGGGAGACAGGGCAGAGACAGCGGGUGGGAGUCAGUUUUCCAGGCGAGGCACUUGCGAAAUGACAGCCUUUUGCCCUCCUUCCUUGCAGAGCGUCCUGGCGCACGCGAACGGCAAGGACUCACGGCUGAUCUGGGUGGACGCCGAAGGCUGCCUCCUCUCCAUCGGAUUCAACCAGGUACGGUACCUGCCUCCAUCCCCUUUAUAACAGAGCCAAAGAGUUGGAAGGGAUCCCGGGGGUCAUCUAGUCCAACCCCCUGCAAUGCAGGAAUCUUUGGCCCAAGGUGGGGCUCAAACCCGCGACCCUGAGAUUUCGGUGCAUCUCGGGGCACCUUUGAGCCUCCUUAAUUGAUCGGCAAUGCAUUGGCAACCCAAAAGAAUUGAUAUUUUAAUGUAUUUUUAAUCUUCCUUGGAAGCUACCCAGAGUGGCUGGGGAAACAAAUAAAUUAUUAUUAUUAUUAUUAUUAUUAUUAUUAUUAUUAUUAAACACAGAACAUAGCCUCUUUUGAUAUUUUGAUUUUUGAUCGAAAGCAUUUAACGGCUGAUCCCCCCCCCCCCAAUAUUUUUCAUUGGUGAUUUCCCUUUAUUUUUCCAUGGGUAAUUUUCAGCUUCGUGUUUCUGGGCUUAGCUUUCCAUCAUUCCCCCCACUUGAGUUUUAAUAUUUUGUUGGAAGCCGCCCAGAGUGGCUGGGGAAACCCAGCCAGAUGGGCGGGGUAUAAAUAAUAAAAUAUUAUUCUUAUUCUUAUUCUUAUUGGAGUCUCCUACUCUACCAACUGAGCUCUCCCACCUUUAUGAAAUCACGAAGAGGAAAAUUAGUGCUGGCUAAUGAGCUGAGGUGGGAGCAAAGACUCUGCUUUGUGGGCUUGGAGCAGACAGGAACUGAGAUGCGUGCUCUACCUGGCGGUUCUGGCGCAGAGCUGACACACAGGGCCUGAGGACUAGCGUCUUGGUCAGCACAGCCAAUUGAAAUGAAGCUAAAGGCUAACCUCCCCAAAUUUGGUACCCUCCAGAUGUUUCGGUCUACAGGGCGGCGCUGGCUGGGUGUUGUGGGCCAGAACAUCUGGAGGAAGCCAACCCCUGGGUGGAGGAGCUGCCUCUUUCUUGUUAGCUUUCAUAGAACUGUAAAGGGUUCCCGAGGGUCAUCCAGCCUGACCCCCUGCAAUGCAGGAAUCGCAACUUAGCAAGGAGCCAAGUGGGGAGUUUUUGGUUGCCAGAGACCAGCAUCCUGCCUGUUUUCCAGGUGCGGGAGCGUGAAGUCAGGCUUUGGGACAUGAGGAGAUUCGACAACUCUCUGGCCUCCAUCACCCUAGAUGCAUCUCCCAGGUAAGACCAGUGAGGCGAAGGGGGCAGGCAGGGGGCUGGGAACGGGCGUGGCCUUUGGGGGUGCUGUUCGGCUGGAGUUGCCACUGUGGGGGUGAGGGGGGGUUGUUGUUUAGCCUUGGAGGCAGAACAGGGGUGUGCUUAACCCGGUGCUAACUCUAAGUGUCAAUAUGACCCCUCCUGGGAGGAAGUGGGGUGACUUGGGGAUGACAAGAGGCAAGGGAUUGGGGGGGCACACUGGCAGUGCAAAUGCCGUAUUUUUCACUCUAUAAGACGCACCUGACCAUAAGACGCACCCAGUUUUAGAGGAAGAGAACAAGGAAAAACAUGGUCUCUCCCUCUCUGCGCAGCGGCUCUCCAGAGAAGCGAAGCCAGGAGAGCAAGAGGGAUCGAUCCCUCUUGCUCUCCUGGCUUCAGCGAAAGCUGCGCAGCCUGCAUUCGCUCUAUAAGAUGCACACACCUUUCCCCUUACUUUUUAGGAGGGAAAAAGUGCGUCUUAUAGAGUGAAAAAUACGGUAAAUGCUCAUCAGAUUUCCAAUAGCUGGUGCCCCUCAAUCACGUCCACCCAUUUUGUUGAACUCAUCCAACUAAAUUGUCUCAACUGGAUUUGGAAUAAACGAGCAAUCGGCUGUUACUGUUCUGAAUUUGAUUGUGCUGCUAUCUUCCUUUGUGGGUUGUGCAAACCGCCGUUCUGAAUAAGGCUUUUUACAGGGCAGAGGAGCCAAGGGGGCGGUGGCCCAAAAGAAUUUGGGAACCUCUGGCUUUAACCCGUCGGAGCUUUCUAGGCUUUGAAUGCAACAACCCACAGGACUCUUUGAGGUUGCUUUGUCCCUGCAUGUUGGGCGAAUGCAUCUGUUGGCUGCCUGGAAGGCAGAAAGCGAGGACCUUUUCCUGGGAUAGAAGGGGGUCUCUCCAAUUUCAGCACUUGCCACUGACCCCAGGCCAGGCCAGGCGUGUUUCCUUCGGAUAUGAAAUGCAUGAGGCUGGCUACUCCAGAGAAGGGCCUUUCCAGUGUUGGCACCCCCAGGUGCAUAGCACCGGCACGAUGACCUCUUUUAGGUGCCGGAUGAAGGCAUUUUUCGUCAGAAUUUCCCCCCACUGCUUUUUGCGUUCGUUGUACUGACGUCCUCCUCUGCUUGUGCAAGAGUUCAGUUUCCUAGAGUAUUUUAUGGCUUUCGAUCUUUUACUUGCGAACCACCCACAGGACUUUUGCCAUUAGGUGGUGUAUAAAUAUUGGGAAAGAACGAACAAACAAACGAAGGAAUGAAUGAGUGCUGUCUCCGCACGAUGCCCGGCAGGAAAUCAGGAGGUGGGGUGUCUCCCCCUCCCCACUUUGAAUAACGCUCUGGUCUUCUGCGAUCUUUCCACGUGUCUCUGGGGUGGCUGGUCGCCUGUGGAGAGUCAGAAUCGCCUCCAGCCUCUUUUCUCCCACUCUCUCUGGGCAGAUGAGUCAGUCCAUGUGGACCUGCAGCUUCUUGGGGGUGCUGCAGGAGGCCUCAUUUGGCGAGAGAGGCAGAGAGAGCCCCCCCUCUGCACAGACCCCCCCUUCCUGGCUGCAGCAGGGCCUGCGAGGAUCUUGCCAAGGUGGGCGGCUGCUGUUCCUUUCUUCCUCCUUGCAAGCAACCCCGAGCGAGGGAGUAAAUUGAUUCCAGGCGGCUGGCUUGUUUUGGCUGGGGGACUCUAUCUCCUCCGCCGCCGCUGGGAGAGGAAUGUGGUUGGCGGCUGCUGUGAGCCUCUCUUAUCGGCCUGCCUUGCUGCGUCGGGGUUAGAAGGUGACCCCCGCGUAUCGUUGGGACCCAGCCUGAUAAGGAGGGGAGCGGGAGAGGAUCUGAGGGACUUGGGGGGGUGACGAGGAGCCCUGUUGCUCCUGCGCUGCUUUCCGCCUCCUCUGCGCAAGGGGGGCUUCUCCUGAGCAAGCAACACGAUCCAGCAGGCGUAUUGUUCCGCGUCCAGAUUCCAUUCCUUCAAGCUCUUGGAAACGAGAUGAGUCGCUCACAGGGCUUUGGGCUGCUUGGUUGGACUUGUGAUAUGCAAAAUAUGGAUCAACACACACACACACACACACACACACACACACACACACUUUCUGUUGGAAAGGGAAAGUGAGCAGAAGUGAGCCCCUAAGGGGGGAAACCAAUUUGCCCCGUUUCUGGGCAACCACAGACCCUGGAUUAGCUGCUGCUACUGUUCCUGCAGUCAGGGGCGUAGGAAGGGCAGUGUGGGGGGUGGGGGUUGCCCCAGGUGUCACCCUCGAGGGGGUGGCAAAAUGGCACACCUCGGGGGGCGGCACUUACCCCGGGUCCUGGCCUGCAGCUUGCCUGAGUCUCCACCCCCAUCGUUCUGCCUGGACACUGAGGUCCAGCUCCGAGGGCCUUCUGGUGGUUCCCUCCCUGCGAGAAGCCAAGUUACAGGGAACCAGGCAGAGGGCCUUCCUGGUAGUGGCACCCGCCCUGUGGAACGCCCUCCUAUCAGGUGUCAAGGCAAUAAACAACUACCUAACAGUUAGAAGACAUCUGAAGGCAGCCCUGUUCAGGGAAGUUUUUAAUGUGUGACACUUUAAUUUAUUUUUAAUUUUUGUUGGAAGCGGCCCAGAGUGGCUGGGGAAACCCAGCCAGAUGGGCGGGGUACAAAUAAUAAAUUGUUGUUGUUGUUAGUCUCUCCUGAGAGUGAUGUGGUGGCUCAGGGCCCAGUGCUGCCCAAAACGGCAGUGUGGGGCUUGCGUCCGCCAGGCGGACUACGUGGGCCGUUCGCUACGCUGCCCCCCUGGGUGGCUCGCCCCAACCCCGCCUCCCCGGGUGCCAGAGCAGCUAGCAGCCUGCCUGCAGUGCUGGAAGGUGGGCUGAGCUCUGCUGUCUCCCCGGGCAAAUUACUGGGGUGCCCCUUCCCUCCCAACCUGGAGCUCCUUGUGCCCAGGAAGUGCCUCCUUUGCCCUCCUUCUGCUGUACUGGGUGGGGGCGGUGGAAGAAAAGAAAGUAAGAGGUGACAUGAUGGAAUGUUGUGAAAUUAUUUGUGACAUGGAGAAAGUAGAUGGAGAACGAUUUUUCUCCUAACUUUGGAAGUCGUGGAUAUUUGAAGAAGCUGAAUGUGGGAAGAUUCAGGGCAGGCGAAAGAAAGUCCUUCUUCACACAGGGCAGGGUUAAACUGUGGAACUCAAACACGCCCCCCAGGAGGCAAGGAUGUCCACCAACUUGGAUGGUUUUAGAAUAGGCACAAGGCAAACUUGGCCCUCUAGCUGUUUUGGGACUACAACUCCCAUCAUCCCUAGCUAACAGGGCCAUUGGUCAGGGAUGAUGGGAGUUGUAGUCCCAAAACAUCUGGAGGGCCGAGUUUGCCUAUGCCUGUUGUAGAAGAUGAUUAGACCAACAUGGAGGAGGAGAAGGCUAUCAAUGGCUCGGCUCUGCUUCCAACAGUCAGAGUCAGCAGUGCUUCUGAAUCCCAGUUUCUGGAAACGGCAGGAGUGGUGAAGAGGGAUCUUGUGCUGGGAUCCUGCUUGCAGCAUCUGGUUAGCGCCUGUGAGAACAGGAUGCCAGACCAGAUGGGCCCUGGGCCUGAUCCAGUAGGCUCUUACUAGGUUCUUACAUGAGGCUUGGGGAUGUGCGCAGAAUGGUUGCCCUGGCUCUGAAGACAAAUGCCUCUCUCUCUCUCUCUCUCUCCUCUCUCUCUCUCCUGCCUCUUUCUCUAUCUGCCUCGCCCCCUCCUUGUUGCCAAGCCCUGUUCCAAAGCCCCCCUCCCAUCCUCCGUCUUGCCAAGCACACCGCAUGAAUGGCCCUUGAGUCCUCUGGGGGGCUGUUUGCAGAGCAAACUGUGGGGCUGAAAGCCUUUCAUUCUGUGCUUCCGUGCUCUGCGGCCGCCGGGGGUCAGCGAAACUGCUGAAGCAGCUGGUGUGGCGCAGGAGUGCGCAGUGCCCCGUCCCUUCGUGCUCAUCGGCCCGUGUGGGGCAGCAGCAGAGGGUCCUGGCCUGUGUGGCGACCAGGACCUGGCUGAGGGGUCCCAGCGCAAACGUGCUUUGUCCUCCAGACACACAGGAGCCUCUCUCAGGGCUGGGGGAGGGAGAGCGCAGGGGGCACGUCCUGGGCUGCAUCACUGUUUCCCGGCAAGGGCGGGCGUCCACUCUGGAAGUCCCCACAAGCUUUUCUCCUGAUCUCAUCUGAGAUGGAUUUUGAAAGCCUGGUGGGCAAGCAGAGAGCAGAGACCCCUGCCUCGUGGACCGAAGCAAACAGGGAGCCAGUUUCCCUUCCUUUUGGUUAAUUAGUAGCAGAUGCUGGGGGAGGGGGGCUGGUGUGGUUGCAAGAGGGGCCAAGGGCAGGUGGGGAGGCUGCUCAUGAAGGGGCACACGUGUGUGUGUGUGUGUGUGUGUGUUGCAGCCCACAGCUGGCGCAAACGGCCAAGUUGUGCAAGAAGGGCUGAGCCAUUCGCUUUGGGAAGCGUCCUUCCCCAGCAGUGCUCCUGGCCCCCUUCCUCCUGGCACGUCCUGGACUCGACCGUGCUCUGGGGGUGCCUCAGCACACAGAGGGGACUGUUUGCAGUGAAUGGGUUUGGAGCGGGGUUGAGAGGAAGGAGGGCUGUGAUAGGAAUUUUGAGGUCUUAGAUAUAUGUUAAAUGUUCAUAAAUGUACCAACCAAGCACGUACAGUGGUACCUUGGGUUACAUACGCUUCAGGUUACAGACUCCGCUAACCCAGAAAUAGUGUUUCAGGUUAAGAACUUUGCUUCAGGAUGAGAACAGAAAUCAUGCUCUGGCAGCGCGGCAGCAGCGGGAGGCCCCAUUAGCUAAAGUGGUGCUUCAGGUUAAGAACAGUUUCAGGUUAAGUACGGACCUCUGGAACGAAUUAAGUACUUAACCCGAGGUACCACUGUACAUAGAUCAGCACAGGAAGACCGACCUGAAACCAUUUUUGAUUCCCAAACUGACCUCAAUUACUUCUCUGCAACAUCAGAGUGGGAAACCUCCCCAUUGUCUCUUUCCUCACAAAUCCUGUCUUAAGGGCACAUUUAAGAUAUGAAUAGGGUGUGAGCCUGACCUGGCUCAGGAACUAAGUAUUUAUCAUUACAAAAGACUGGCCAGGCUCCCCAGGCAAUCCAAUCAAGUGACCAUUAAACAGGUAACCUGGCAGACAGGAGGUAAACAAAGCACUCAGAUUUCUGCUGUAGACCGCCCUUUCUGUGAUGUAGGUAUGAUGUUUCUGGGGGUGGUCUUGAUCUACAGGGUGGCAACUUCAAAAGUCUAUAUAAGGGCUUGCACACCAUUGUUAUGGGUUCCUCCUCCCUCCUGCAUGGGGUGAGUGAGGAUCCUGUUGCAACAGAUCGAUAAAGAUCAGGCUUACUAGCUGCUUUCCUUCUCAAUAUUCUCUGGUUGGCCUCUGUUGUUUUCUCCUACCGAUAGGGAACCUAUGUAAGGACUCUAUAUGGGCUCUUGGAUACCCCAUAAGGGAAAAAGGGCAGAUUUUUGUUUACAACAGGGCACAGCCCUGGUCUGGCCUUGACUCUUCCUAGAGUUGGAAGGGACCCCAACCCCCGGAAAUGCAGGAAUGGCAACCAGAGAAUCCCUGUCGGGUGGCUCCCCAACCUCUGUUGAAAAGCCCCCUGUUAUCAUCUGAAAUGGCACGAAGGAGAGACCAUCACCUCCUGUGGAAGUCCAGUCCACUGUCCAACAGCUCUUUCCAUCAGAAAGUUAUUUCUUUUUUUCUUCUUUUUUCAGAUUUGGUAAUGUUUGUUUUAGGUGGAAGAAUAUUAAGUGAGGAAAGAUUUACAUGAGAUUUCUCCACACCCAGAUUUUCUCAGUAGACCCCUACCUGAACAAAAUAAUUUAAAACUUAACAGAAAACAUUUUUCUGAAGUGCACUGCAGCAGCAGCUAUUUCUUUUCCCACUCUUCUCUUUCAAAUAUGGCUCAAGAUAAUGUUUGUCCUCUUCAUAUUUUACCCACUGUUCUUUCGGGAGAAUUUGUUGCCUCAUGGACAAGUCCAGCGCUCUCUUGAUGCGAAAUAAUCUCUCAUUACAUGCAUCUUCAGGAAGUCUCCUUAUCGCUUCUUUCACAUCUUCAUUUUCAUACAUUGUAUCAUCUCGCAUAAGUCCCAGUGCCCUCGCCGCCAUCUUGACGACCUCUGAGGAAACGCACACGCGCACCGGCGUUCGGGAAAAGCCAACAUUCCCCCUUUCAGAUCACGUGCUCACAGUCCGCCUACCCACCCACCGCGCUCCCUGUGCUGUCACACGAUCAUCAGAAAGUUAUUUCUGAUAUUUAGUCAGAACCUCCUUUCCAUCGGUUUGGGGUCCUCACCGCUGGAGCAGAGGGAAAACAAGCUCGCUCCAUUCUCCAUGUGACAACCCUUUCGGGAUGUGAAGGUGGCUCCCCUCUCCCCUCUCCAUCUCCUCUUCUCCAGGCUGAACAUACCCAACCUUCUCCAUUGUUUCUCACAAGGCUGGGCUCCCAGACCCUGGAGCAUCUCGGUCUCCUUCCUCUGCCCACCCUCCAUCUUGCCAAUGUGCAGAGUGCUGUGCGGCGUUCCUCGGGGAGAGUGGAUGGCAGGAGAAGGGGGGUGGAGUGUGGGGUCUUGCUGGAAAUGGCCCCCACCACACUGGCAGUGGGGAAGGACCUUGGUAAUAGCCAGAAGGGAACAGCCACAUUUAUAAACUUCCAGUGAAGGGGCUUGGAGACUUGGGCUCACCUGGAAAUCUAAAAUUUCUGGGGGGUUUCCAGUGUGUGCGUGGAUGGGAAUUUUGUGGGUGGGGGAAUUAAAACACGUCAUUCCGAAUAUUUACUUCUCGCCUUUGUGCUUUUAUUGAGCCAGGCUGGCUAUCGCAAACGCAGCUGCAAUCCAGACAGACCUCUCUUAGCAACGCUGCCUUGGCUGCCUCUAGCCUUAUUACAGCAGCCUGAGUCCCCUUGGCCAAUAUUGUUCUGAACCAUUGCUUUUAAAAAUAUUCCACUCGUUCUUAAAAACAAGAGGCUUCCUCAUUUCUCUCUAAAUGGCAUUGCUUUCUCUACUCUCAAUUCCACUUUUUUUUUUUUUUUUGUAGUUUACCACUGGCCCAAACAAAACAUAAAUAGCCAUGAUGUUGGUGUCCUAUUUGCGGUCUCCGUGGGGGAGAAAUCCUCUUUGCAGGGAGUGUGUGUGGAGGUUGAUAUCUCGAUGGCUCCUGCCUGCAGAUGCAAAGAAAAUGGAGACAAUCAGUGCAUCAGGGGGAUAGAUUACAACUGGUCCCUGUCCUGUAUUUGAAGGAGGGACUCCGAGAGGAGUUUUGCCCAGGCCUACCUAGAGAUGACAGAGAUUCUCCAUGAGACCCCACAGCCCUUCCCUGAGUCCUUCCGGAGCUGUCACGCUACAACUCCCACCAGGCUGUUAUUUGGGGCUGGUGGGACUUGCAGUCCAAAAUGCCUGAGGAGCCAGCCUGGGUUGGGGAAAGGUGCCCGGCUGUCUUCCACGAGGGCCAGCCAGCUGCCUCCUUGGCCCUCGCUGGGCCUCAUCCGGCGCUGUGAACGCAGAGAUCCCCAUUUCCGGCUGCUGCACCCCCGGGCAUCCUCCGGCACCUUGUCCUCCUCGAAUUGGCCUCGCCCUUGAGGGGCCUCCUGCAAUUAACGGGCAUGAGCGCGGCAUCAGGUGGCGGCUUCGGCAGCUAAGUGCUUCCAGCUGGUUGGCGGCUGCUUCUUAGCCAAGCAGUGGGGAGGUCAGGCCCACCCCACUGAGCCCCGGGCAGCGCAGGAAGCGGCACAAAUGCUUCCAGGACAUGGUCUGGGGAGGGGUGCACAUCGGUCCUUCGGCUGGCCACCACAAGAAGCGAAACGGCUGAUACCCUCAAGCUCUCCAGCAACAUUCUGGGGUUGGGAUUUGGGGUGCUGAGGAGAGUUGCUGGGAGGAGGUUUGAUGCCACCAGCCUUGGAUGCUUUUGUGCCAAAAGCCAACAAUCCCAGUUGUCCCCCUUGGGACUCCGCUUGCUUUCCCAGCACAUGGCGAUGGCAGAGGGGAAGCCGUAAUGUGGCCCCGUGGACAGAAGCAACUGCUUUGUGUUGUUUCACGAUGAGGCCUGCCCUGAGAAGGGCGCCUCUUUUCGCAUAAAGUUCUGCAGCCCCAAUGGAGCCUUUUUUGGGCCAGGGUGAUAUAUUGUCCCAAACCGGUAUUGUGAUAUUGGUUCCAUAGUUUUUGACCGGACGAUAUAUCGUGAAUCAUGAUGUGUGUUAGAGUUAGGUGAUAUAUCGUCUAAAACCGGUUUGAAGUGCAUAUUGUGAUAACGGUUUCACAAUGCUCUCCCUUGGAAUGUCCUCCUUCAGAUGUCAAGAUUAAGAACUGCAUAACUUUUAGAAGACAUCUGAAGGCAGCCCUGGAUCAGGAAGUUUCUAAUGUUUGAUAUUUUACUAUGCUCUACAUAUGCUGUAAGAGUGGCGGGGGAAACCUAGCCAGAUGGGUGGGGCAUUAAUAAUAAAAAUAAUUUUAUUAUUAUUACUGACCAGGCAAUAUAUUGCAAAUCAUGGGGGGGGGGGUGCAUGCUGUGUGUCAAAAUCACGAUGCAGGAAAAACCAUGAAGCCAGCCAGUUCCUCUCCAUAGCUCCAUCGUAAUUUCAGACAUGGUGCUGUAUCAGUAUAUUACGAUGUUUAGGUGGUGAUACAUCGCAAUGUUGAAAAGCAGAUCUCACUCAGCCCUUGUGCCCAGAGUGCCUGCAGUCCUGGCAAGUGGGACUAAACCCUGGCCUCUGAGUUUCCUUGCCCCCCCCCCUUUGAUUGCAAGUGCUGUUAAUCAUCUGCAGGCUAUUAGUGCAGAUGCCAGACCGGCUGGUGAUAAGGAUCUGAUUUAGACUGAGCUGGAAAAGCCACUUCUGGCUGUUGCCUGCCCUGCCCCAAAAACAGAGGAGGGCAAGUGGAGUUGAGGAGGUUGCAGCAAGUUUUGCUCAAAGUCUGCUACUUGAGGGCUAAGCGCUUCCUUUGCAAUGGACAGAGAGGGGAGGCGGCUGCCUGCCACAGACCAGAGACUGGGUGUGUUCAGAAGGACUUGCAAAAAAUAAAAUAAAGGCAAAUAAGAGGUUUGCAGAACCUCCGUCCUUCAGAGAUGUUGCUUUUUAACAACCGGUGCUGGCCGGAUUCAACUGCACCAUGGCAACGGGUUGGGAGAGGGGGUGCACGAUCACCAAGGCCACUGGAAAGAAAACACUUGGUUUUACUUUAAAAAGAAAUGUUAAAAGUUCACAAAGUGGUUCAGGCAGGCAUCUAGGGGGUGUGAGAGGGGUGCUGUGUCGAAGAAGAAGAGGGUCACCAUCACAACCAGCCACCCCAUAGUAUCCUGGGGGGGGUGUCCCUGUGCAGUUGCAGCUUUCGUGCUUGGGAAACUCACUUUCCCUGCCUGCAUGUGUGGGAUCCGUAGAAGCAGUGUGGCCUAGUGGUUAGCGUGCUGAACUAGGACCUGGAAGGGUUGUUGGGAGGGUGAAAAGCGGGGAGGAGAAUCAUGUAUGCCACUUGGAGCGCCUUGGAAGAAAAGGUGGUAUAUAAGUGUAAUAGAUAUCUUUUUUUAAAAGGAGACAACUAUCCAUACAUUAUGCUAGCCGCCCCACCCCUUGUUGCGCAGAUGGGCCCUGAUUGAGAGGGAAACGUGUUUGUGGCAGCGACAGGGAAUCACGUAGCUCAGUUGGCGAGGGCACAGUGCUGAUAAUGCCAGGGUUGCAGGUUUGGUCCCUGCAUGGGACACCUGAAUAUUCCUGAAUCGCAAGGGGGUUGGACUAGAUGACCCCAGGGUCCCUUCCAACAAUAGUUCUACGUUUCACCAGGACUGCUCCUUCUGGUGGCUGCUAAGAAUACCCAGCAUAGAUGGCAGCCGGUGUCAAAAGGGGGUUAGGAUGCAGUGCGGAAUAAACCAGGGAGGACCCUCUUAGUUCUGCAGCAGCGCACCUGUCCCGCAUGCAGAAGGUCUUGGGUUCGAUCCCUGGCGUUUCCUGGGACAGGAAUCCUGGCUGAACCCCGGAGAGUGGCUGCCUGUCCAUGCCCUUUGCUCUGGGGCUGCUCAGCGUCUCCGGCCAGGCGUUUGGGGCUGAGCCUGGCAGCUCCUUGCCCUGAGCGCAGAGCUCCUCGGCUGUGUGGGGCUUGGCAGGCGCCUCCGGAAGCCCAGCCUCCAUCUCCUCCGUUGCCUCUGUGCUCGGAGGCCCCGGCAGUCGCCCCCACCCCCCACCCCUUUGGCUCUGACAUCAAGUGGGAUUUGGGUUUCAUUUGGGGUUGAGGAAGCCUUUUCCUGGCGCAGAGGCAGGCUCCUGGAACCAGUAGCCGCCGCUUCCGUUUUUGCCCUGUCUUUCGCUCUGCGGGUCUCUCUCAGGGGAGCCUGUGUGUGUGUGUGUGUGUGUGUGUGUGUGUGUGUGUGUGUGUGUGGAGGCUCCCUGCCUCCCUCUCAUGUGAGAGCCUGGCUGGUUUAUCGCCCCCCCCCCCAAUGUUUCUGCGCCUUGUGGGUCAUUCUAAGCUGCCAAGUCUCGUCCUUGGGGGGCGAGCCCCCUGUCCCCCCAGUGCCUUCCCUGCCGGAUUUUCUCGUGCACGAGGGCAUAAGAAGUGUCGCCCCAUUUUAAAAUGUGGAUUUAUUUUAAUUGCAUUUAUAUAUAUAUACAGUAUAUAUAGAGAGAGAGAGUGUGUUCUGAUUUGUUACGAUGCAGCCCACUCAUACUUCUUGGGAGCAGUAUAUGAAUUGCAUUUUGAUAAGCAGUCUCUCCAGAUGUUGUGGGUGGACUCCCAAAUCUGACCCUCCUCCCUGACCAUGGGCUGAAAUCCUUGUCAACCCUUCAAGGCUGUUGUUAGCACAGCCUCAAACUGGCCGGCAAAGUCUCCUGGCAAUGUGAGGGUGCAGGUCUGUCCAGAAAUCUCCUCCUCCUCCUUCUCCUCUUCUUCUUCUUCCUCUUCUUCUUCCUCCUCCUCCUCUUCUUCUUUUUCUUUUUCUUCCUCUUCCUCUUCUUCCUCUUCCUCUUUUUCUUCCUCUUCCUCUUCCUCCUCCUCCUCCUCCUCCUCUUCUUCUUUUUCUUUUUCUUCCUCCUCCUCUUCUUCCUCCUCUUCCUCUUCUUCUUCCUCCUCCACCUCCUCCUCCUCUUCUUCUUCCUCCUCCACCUCCUUCCUUCUCCACCGCCCUUCACUGGGUAACAGCAGCGCUUUUAUCUCCCUCCCUGUUGCGGUCGGAAAAUCCACAUGGCUCUUAAGGAAAAUAUUUGCUCAGCAGCAGUUUUCGCAGGAAUUUGGGAAGCUAAUUUGAAAAAUCUGCUGGGAAGCCGACAAUGGGCCCUUUCAGCGUGUCACCGAGACCCCGCGGGGAGCAGUGCCUGCCUGCCUGCCUGCCCACCGAGCCCCAGCCCUUCCUGGCUCCCCCCACACCGAGGAAACCUUCGCCUUGUGCCAGGCCCAGAGGUGAGGGCAGGCAGGGUGGGGGCUGCCUUGGGAGCAGAGAGGGCACCCUGCUAGGCUUUGGUCCUGCAAGGGGGGGCAGGGCAAGGGGCCCACACUGGAAAGCGGCCAGUGGCUUUGGGGAAACAGGAGCUGGGCUUGCAACGCCUCUCGUGUUAGAGUCAUAGUUGGGAGGGAUCCGAGGGUCAUCCGGUCCCACCCCCUGCAAUGCAGGCAUCUCAGCUGAAGCAUCCCUGAGAGAAGGCCAUUCAACCUCUCCUUAAAAACCUCCAAGGAAGGAGAGUCCACAACUUCCCACAGCUCUUACUGUCAGAAAGUUCUUCCUUUCUUCUUGCAAUUUCUUCCUCCCAAGGAGAGGCGCUUGUGAGGUUUUCGGCCUCAGGCACUGCAAUAGCCAGGCUGGCUUUGGGUACACCCAAGACCCUCCUCGGAGCCCUUCCUCUGAGGCUGAUGGCAGCAGAGAGCAGGGCCUUUUCGCUGGUAGCUCCCCACCUGUUAAACACUCUCAGAGUGAGGGCUGCUGGGCACCUCCACUGACGUCUUUUUGGUACCAGGGGAAAGCUUGCCUUAGAGCGACUGAGACGAUUAUGUUUUACUGUUAGCUGUCAGUGUUGUACAUGGCUUUUCUCUCUUUUUUAAUGACAUGUUUAUGUUUUUAAAUGUAAGCUGCUUGGAGGCCUCCUUAGGCAACAACUGAUGAGUCAUAAUAGCAAUAAUAUUGAUAAUAAGGAAGAGCAUAAGAGCUGGCUGGAUCAGGCUAGGUGGAGCCAGGGGCGUAGGAAGGGGGGUGCGGGGGGUGUGGACCGCCCCAGGUGCCACCCUGAUGGGGGGGUGACAAAAUGACAGGCUGCACUCGUCACCACGGAGCCGGCAACGUGCACGAGCCACGCAUCUUGGCACCCACAGGCUCCGCAUUGUCUGCUGGCCUCCCCCCACAGCUGUAGGACGACUGAGGCCCUGCUGUGCGUCUCAUCCCUAUGGGCAUCAGGUGGCAGCAAGGCACGGAGCAUGCAGCGCCCAUAGGGAUAGGGCAUGCAGCGGGGCCUCAGCCGCCCUACAACUGGGGGGGCGAGGCAGUGGGCAGGCAGUGUGGAGCCUUAUGGGCGGUUCGCCCCACCCCUGGGCACUCCGCCCCAGGUGCCCGAGAAGCUUCCUCCUCUGCUGGGUGGAGCCCAUCCUUAAUGGCAUCCUGUUCUCACAGUGGUUAACUAGAUGCCUUUGUUGGGAAACCCACAAGCAGGAUUCGAAGACAAGAGCCCCAUCUCCUGGGGUUUCCAGCGACUGGGAUUCAGGAGCAUCGCUGCCUCUGGCGGUGGAGGCAGAGCAGAGCCACCCUGGCUGGGAGCCAUCGAUAGCCCUCUUCUCAUCCGCCAGGAAUUUGACCGAUCCUCUUUUAAAACCAGCCAACGUGGUGGUCACCACCGUCUCCUGGGGCAGGGAGUUCCUUAGUUGGUCUGCAGGAAGGAUUUCCUUUUAUCCGGCGGUCAGCAAACUUUUCCAGCAGGUGGUCAGUCCACAGUCCCUCAGACCUUGUGGGGGGCUAUAUUUAUAUUUUUUUGGGGGAUGAAUUAAUUCCUAUGCCCCACAUAUAACCCAGAGAUGCAUUUUAAAUAAAAGGACACAUUCUACUCAUGUAAAAACACGCUGAUUCUCGUACCGUCCACGGGCCGGAUUGAGAAGGCAACUGGACAGGAUCCGGCCCCGGGCCUUAGUUUGCCUACCCAUGCUUUUAUCUGUCCAACAUUGGAUGUCCACGAGUUUGAGUAAUACGAGAGAGGGAUAAAAAUUUUCCUGUGCCAGGCAUGAUUUUACAAACGCCUAUCAUGUUGCCUUUUGCUCCCCUUUGCUCUGAACCAACUCCCCCCCCCCCCAAUGCCACAUCCUUUCCUCCCAUCAUCCCCUUGAUUGUGUUGUGAACCUUUCCCGGCUCUUCCGUAUCUGUUUGGAGGUGGGGCGACCAGAACAGGGCACAAAAUUCACAACUCUGAUGCUUGACAGGGGUGGGGAUGUUGUUUUCCGCUCUGCCUCGGGCAGCAAAAUACCUUGAACCGAUGCCGCAGUGGCACAGCCAGUCCUCUUAACAAGAGCGUGGCAGAGGCAACAUUUGCGCAUGAAGACGCCCCUGCCCAGCGCUCAGCGCCCCCAGGCUGUGCCUGGAACCAAGACGUUAGGAAAGUCCCCCCCCCAUCUUGAGCAUCCGCUGUGCCCCCUUCCCUGCCCCCCCAGCCACAGGGAAAGAGCUGCGUUCCUGCUAGGUGGGGCUGCGGCCGUGCAAUCCAGCCUUGGAAAGCCCCUCUGUCUAAUCAGAUCCAUGUGGCGCUCGCCUGGUCCAUGCGCAGCCGGCCGCGGGUGGGGAGAGGGAAGCCGCCCUGGACUCUUGGCCGGCGAGAGGAGUCUGGAAUGGGAGGCAGCUGUGUCAACAGGACCUGGGCUCGGCUCUGGCAGAAAAGAAACCGAGGCGUUUUGGCACACCUUGCUCUGCCCAAGGGUGACCCCCCUCUCCCCGUGUGGGCACAGGCAGGCAGCCGUGCCCGUUCCAGUUGCUGUAUCAGGCCGGUGGGGGAAGAGAGGUUGGCUUCCCAGUAGUGCCUGCUCUGACUGGAAGCAGCUGCCCCGAGUCUCUGGGGCGUGGGUCCUUCCCAGCCUUGCCCUAGAGCAGCCUUUCUCAACCUGUGGGUCCCCAGAUGUUGUUGAACUACAACUCCCAUCACCCCUGUCUAGCAAGGCCGGAGCUCAGGGAUGAUGGGAGUUGUAGUCCAACAACAUCUGGGGGCCCACAGGUUGAGAACCACUGCCCUUGAGCAUGGGUAGGCAAAGUAAGGCCCGGGGGCCAAAUCCGGCCCAAUCACCCUCUAAAUCUGGCCCACGGACGGCCUGGGAAUCAGCGUGUUUUUAUAUGAAUAGAAUGUGUCCUUUUAUUUAAAACGCAUCUCUGGGUUAUUUGUGGGGCACAGGAAUCCGUUCAUUUUUUAAUAUAGUCCGGCCCCCCACAAGGUCUGAGGGACAGUGGACCGGCCCCCUGCUGAAAACGUUUGCUGACCUCUGCCCUAGAGACUCCGGCAAGGUGUUGAAACUCCCUCUUGAGCUCAGCAUCUCCUCCUGAGCAUCCUCAAGGAUUUCUGGAAGGGACCGGCAGAAACCGCUGGCCCCCCUUUGGCAGAUCGGUCCUUGCAGCGUCCGGAGGGGAACGGCCAUUGUGGCUCCAUGGCAGAGCAGAAGGUCCCAAGUUCAGUCUCCAGGCACUGGCUGCUGGGAAUGUGCCCUGCCUGACACCAGAGCCAUUGCUGCCAGCCAGUGUAAACAGUAUUGAGCUAGAUAGAAUCCAUACCCGCCAACAUUUCUCAGAUAAAAUAGGGACGCCCUGUCCUCCCAUCAGGAAGCUUCUCCAGCGUUUGAUCUUGUGGCACAGACAGAUGUCAUCUGCUCAUCGACAUCGGUCACCUCCAGCCAAUGGCAACCUCUCUGCCUCACAGGAUUGUUGUAAAGGAAAAAUGUGCAGGGAAAGGAAUCGUGUGCACCUUCCACAAAUAAAUGGAAAUAGAAUUUUAGCUGUAAGCUGCCGUGAGUCGCCAUCAGGGGAAAAAGCGGAUGAUGAUGAUGAUAAUAAUAAUAAUAAUAAUAAUAAUAAAUACUAAAUGGAAACUGUGAGAUUGAUCAGGAACAUACCAGAGAGCAAAUCCUACUGAAGUCAGUGGGACUUCGUUCUGAGUAAAAAUGCUUCAGACUGCAGGCUGCCCAGUCUUGACCCAGUUACCUGGGAGUAAGCUCCAUGGACUACAGUGGGAUUUGCUUCUGAGUAGACCGUGUGACUCUCUAUUUACAAUAAAGGAAUCGGCACUCGCUGCUUUUCCUAAGAAAUGGCUGGCUGUGGAAGCAUUGCAACGAAAGAAUUUCAAGUGGUUUGGUGGGCUUUUUCUUCAGAAUUACAGGAAGGGCUCUGUAUGGCUGCUUCACCAUUUCCUUCAUUUGGUGCAGGGAUUUUAUUUUCAGCAGAAACAGGACUCUCCUCUCUUCUCCUCUCUCUCCACUUUUAAUUGUUCUCUGAGAUGUGAAGGAAAGGAAAAAGGUGAAACAGUGACAUUCGGGGAUUUACUGUAAUCAUGAACCAGGACAGCUUCUGUAAUUCCGCAAGUGUCCCUGGAAAACCAGGGCACUUGGAGGGUAUAAGAAUCACCAGAUCUUAAGAGUUGGAAGGGACCCCCAAGAGUCAUCUAGCUGUGCCCCCUCUCGCAAUGCCGGAAUCUCAACUAAAGCACCCGUCUUGGGGGGGGGUGUCUCCCUCGCUGUGCGGGAAGUUCAUGUGUGAGUGGUCUUUGCCCCUGUCCCUGAGUGAAGGGGGGGGUCCUUAGCCUCCCGCCCACCCUCCCCAAGUGCAAGACCCCCCACCUCCCCCUUACGGCCACCGUCCCUUAUGGCAGGGGGCGAGGACCCCACCCCAGCCACACGCAACCCUCGAGCCCCCCCUCUGCCCACUCAUCACACUCCAGAAACACCUCUUUCCUUUUAAUUUUUUUUAUUUUUUGUACAAAAACGCUUACACAGCCCAGUUUUUACAAAAAAAAGGCUCCGUCCGUGUUAGAAAAGAGAGUUGUUCCCAGAAGAAAUGGGACAUAAUCCUGUCUUAUAAAUAUUCUCUAAGCGUCCAUAAAGCUUUGCUUCCCGAUAAGCUCCCCUAGAGAGCUCCGUCUCGUGCCCCCCUCCCCCCACCCCGACUUCAAGAAGGGGCUGCUGGUCUUUCCUUCAUCUGCUUGCCCCCGGCUCGGCAAAAGGAUCCUUUGUUGCCAGAACAUGGAGCCCUCUUGCCUUGCUCCGCGGCCCCUGGCCACUCUCCGGGCAUCCCUGGGGCGGCCAUGCCUAAGCGGCCAUCUAGUCCAACGGCAUCGGGUCCACCCUUGGGGAUGCUGUGCUCGGAACGCCUAUGGGGACUUCGUGUUGCUACGGGGCAACCCCCCAGGCAGGCUGGGACCUGAUUUUUCGCCCCCGGCUGCCAGCUUCGCUCGGCCCCUUCUUUGGCUCUAGAAGUAGGAAGGCCGCAGGGUCCUGGGGGCAGGUCGGCUGGCCGUCUGCGGCUGCAUGAGCGGCACCUCGUACUCCAGGCCGUUGGGGGCCGCUUUCUGGCCGUGGCCCCCCAGGUCCCCGUUCUCCUUCACCCCCUCCAGCUCCAGCGGGCCGGCAGCUCCAGAGGCGGCGUGCGCCUGUCUCCUCCUCCUUCUCCUCCGGCGCACGUAGUAGGAAGCAGCGGCCACGGCGGCGGCAAGCAGCACCGCGGAAGCCACGGCGGGCACCACCACGAGCGCCAGGCUGGUGCCCUUGCCCUGGGUGACGGGCGCAUGCUGCUGGUGAGUCAGGUGCAACGUGCGGACCUCCACGCACAGGUCGUCCUCGUGCGCCUUGGCCCCCAGCGGCCCCACACAGAUGUGGUAGGAGGAGUUGGGCGCCAGGCCUCGCACGGUGUACUCGGGCAGAGAGGCCGGCAGGCGGAGGGUGACAGGGCGCUUGUCCGGCCCAGAGAGACUCCAGUAGGUCAGGCGAAUCCCUUUCAGCUCCAAAGACGACCAGGCCUCGUUCUGCAGGUCCACCUUCAGCGAGGUGCCCCCUACGUGCUUGAUGGCCAGCUGAUCUGGAGGGGCGGGUACCCGGGCGGCAGUGGGCACAGCUGUCGCCCGGGCCCUAGUCUCGCAGUAGGGGCCGGUGAAGCCCACAGGGCAGGCACACUCCAGGUGGUUCUGGGCAUCCAGCUGGCACACGCCCCCGUUGAGGCAGGUGCCCGGCGGGCAGAGGCGAGGCUCCGCACUGGGCAGGCCUUCUGGCAUGGUGGGCGAGGUUGCCGACGUUGGCUCUGUGGGGCCGGCUGUGCUGGGUGCUCCCGGGCGGCUGGGCGCAGGUUCAGCCACAUCUGGGCCGGCAGUCUUCUGCGUGCCCACGCUGCUGGUGGUGGUGGUGGCCGGGCAGCCGAAGUCUGCGUAUUCCAGGCUCUGGAGCAGCCGGCCGGCGUUCCUGGGCGGGAAGUGGCAGCGAGUCUCCUCGGGCCUCCGCAGCAGAGCUUUGCCGCUGGCGGCCCAGCUGACGAACCAGCUCAUGGGGCAGACGCAGUUGAAGGGGUUGGCAGCGGCCGCCACGGCGCGCAGCCGGGGGAAGGAGGCGAGGAACCCCCCCGGGAGGCUGCUGAGGUUCAGGUUGCUGAUGUCCAGCUCCUGCAGGUUGCGCAGUUCGCGGAAGUCCUCGGGGCGCAGGUGCGAGAUCUGCGCGUUGCCGGCUAGGCUGAGCUUGGUGAGGCCCCGCAGGAGCUGCAGAGCCGAGGGCACCGCGGGCAGCAGGUUGUCGGAGACGUCCAGCUCGUGCAGGGCGGCCACGCUCCGCAGCAGCUCCUCCUCCACCUCACCCAGGCCCAGCCCGGCGAUCUUCAGCGACUCAAGGUUGGGGACGCGGAAGGCGCCCGGAUCGAGGGCGGUCACCUUGUUCCGGCUGACGUCCAGGAGGAGCAGGGUGGGCAGCUGGAGGGGUGGCAGUGUCCGCAGCUGGUUGUCCUGCAGCUUCAGCUCCAGGAGGUUUUCCAGCGAGUCGAAGGCGGCCGGGUGGAUGUGCUGCAGGUGGUUGUGCUCCAGGUAGAGCCGCUCGAGAAGGCGCAGGCCGUGGAAGCUCUCGUUGGUGACCUCCCGCAGCUGGUUGGAGGAGAGGUCCAGGUUGCGGAGGCCGGCCAGCGGGCGGAAGACGUUCUUUGGGAGGCUGGCGAUGAGGUUCUGGGACAGGUCCAGCAGCUGGAGGGCCGGCAGCCCCGCGAAGCUGUCUUCGCCCAGGGACCGGAUGCCGUUCUCAAAGACGUACAGGUUGGCCGUGUCCGGGGGGAGGCCCUGCGGGACGGUGUGGCUCCUCCGGGAAAUGCAGAAGACCGUCUGGGGCUGGCCGCACUGGCAUUCGGAGGGGCAGGCCCGGGACAGGAUCCCGGCGGGGAGGACCAGCAGCGCCCAGAGCGCCAGCUGCCUCAUGGCGCGGCUCCUGCGGGGGAAAGAGAGAGCUGGGUUGGACGGUGGCACUUCUGACCGUUCUGCUGCAAGCCCCCACCCCACAAGUUCCUGUCCUUCUGGAAAUCUGAUUCGCAGCCCAGCUGGAUUCUGCUGGCAGAGUCCGACUGGGUUUGUGCCCAGGGAAGGAGGCAUGGCAAGGGUUUGGCACCGGAGGGGAUUGUGGUAGUUCCUGCAAGGCAGGGGCAUGUUUCUGGUGAGACACCCCCCCCCCGCCAUUCAAAGCAAUACAGUGGUAUCUCGUGUUACAUACGCUUCAGGUUACAGUCUCCGCUAACCCAGAAAUAGUGCUUCACGUUAAGAGCUUUGCUUCAGGAUGAGAACAGAAAUCGUGCUCCGGCGGCGCAGCGGCAGCAGGAGGCCCCAUUAGCUAAAGUGGCGCUUCAGGUUAAGUACGGACCUCCGGAACGAAUUAAGUACUUAACCCGAGGUACCACUGUAGUGUACAAUUCUUACCCCCUGCCUUUACUGUUCCUUAGGAACUGGGAGGUUACCGUAUUUUUCGCUCUAUAAGACGCACUAUUUGUCUAUAGGCUCAGUCUCGCGCAACGUGGGGGUGGUGGAUUUCAUCAUAAAAUCUACACCUGGGCAAGGGGGGGUCCCACCUCUCCUUGGCCAGUCGUCCUGCCCCCCCUUUGUCCUCAGGUGACGCCUGGUGCUGCCUAACGUCCUGCUUUUUGGACACCCAGGGGUCACACGGGAAUCAGAGGAUCACAGGAUUGUAGAGUCGGAAGGGACCAUGAAGGUUCUCUAGUCCAACCCCCUGCAAUGCAGGAAUCUUUGGCCCAACGUGGGGCUCGAACCCACAACCCCGAGAUUAACACGAGUCGGUGCCGACACCACUAGUUAAACAAUUCUUGAGAGAAUUUUUAUGGAUUCUCCUUCCCAGUUGUUUGCUGAUAUCCAGUAGUGGAGAUUGUUUAGAGAGGGUUUUUUUUUUGGAAGUCAAAAGCCAUUACUGGGGCAAACCUAAUCGAAAGCUUAAUUAUGGUUCGAAUGAAGUCUGUGGUUUGGGCAUGCCAGAAACGACAAAGCUUAUAUUUUGCGAUAAUUGGGCAAAACCAGAAUCAGAAACUCUGGCACGAGGUGGAUUUGCAAACUAUAUUUUUUAACCCCCUGUUGGAAAGGACAGGCCGUCGUUACAGCUCUUGCCACAGCUCUGGAGGCUCUUGCACCAGGGAGUCAGCUUACGAAACGGAGAGGGAGGAAAAUGAAAACAGACCAACAGCUCAAAGACCCGCAUCUCUUACUCUUCCCCACUUCCGCCCACCCUGGCAUGUGGCGCCUCUGCCAGGCUCACCAGGGAGGGAAUAGGGGGCAGCCUUUCUCAGCCCUGCCUGGGACAUUCUACAUGCCAAGCAGGCGUCCUUCCUUGGAGCUACAGAUAAAGGCACGCAGCCCCAUGUAGUCGUCGCACUGCAGCUCUCUCUGAAGCUGCUGAAGGGGGGGUGCCUGCCCCAGAUUGCCGCCCCUGCGCCGAACCUUGGCUGCCCCUGCCCCCAAAUGUCUAUCGCUUGAGUCAGGCAAGUGAGGUAGAUCCAUCUGGCUGAGUCAAGGGAGCCCCACCCAGCCUCCUUCUGCGCUGCGUCUCCUGCCUGCCACCCAGGACUGCUCCCCACCAGCUGCAGCAAACUGGACGUCCCGCAGCCCGGGGAGGGGGGAGCCCUUGCCCUGCCAGCCCCCCAGCCGCGUUUGGCUCUGGGCAGGAGCAUUCAGGAGGAAGCCCCCGGGGCCUCAGUCCGGCAGAGGCAUCUUCAGGGCUCCGCAUACGGGGAGUUCUUACUGCAUCCAAGGCUGGAAAAGGGAAGAGGGGGUGGGAGAGACGUCCGAAGGGCUGCCCCCUGCAAGAUGGAGGAAGCUUGUUUUCUGCUGCUCUGGACCCAGUCCCAUGAAUCCAAAUGGCAAGGAGCUUCUCCACCCCCAUCGUUCUGCCCGGACACUGAGGUCCAGCUCCGAGGGCCUUCUGGCGGGUUCCCUCACUGCGAGAAGCGAAGUUGCAGGGAACCAGGCAGAGGGCCUUCUCGGUGGUGGCGCCCACACUAUCCCAUCAGAUUUCAAGGAAAUAAACAGCCCUCUGGCUUUUAGAAGACACCUGAAAGCAGCCAUGUUUAAGGAAGUUUUUAAUGUUUGAUACUUUAUUGUAUUUUUAAUAUUUUGUUGCAAGAUGGGCAGGGUAUAAAUAAUAAAUUACUACUACUACUACUACUACUACUACUACUACUACUUAAAGGUAAAGGGACCCCUGACCAUUAGGUCCAGUCGUGACCGACUCUGGGGUUGCGGCACUCAUCUCACUUUACUGGCCAAGGGAGCCGGUGUACAGCUUCCGGGUCAUGUGGCCAGCAUGACUACGCCGCUUCUGGCGAACCAGAGCAGCGCACGGAAAUGCCGUUUACCUUCCCGCCAGAGCGGUACCUAUUGAUCUACUUGCACUCUGAUGUGCUUUCGAACUGCUAGGUUGACAGGAGCAGGGACUGAGCAACGGGAGCUCACCCCAUCGCGGGGAUUCGAACUGCCGACCUUCUGAUCGGAAAGUCCUAGGCUCUGUGGUUUAACCCACAGCGCCACCCGUGUCCCCAUUUAUUACUACUACUACUAUGAUUCUGACUCAGUAUUGAGAAGGGCUUUCCGGUGGUAUGCGCAGUGGAAUGUGCUUAACCUCCAAAGGUGAUGGACUCUCCUUCGUUUGAGGUUUUCAAGCAGAGGUUGGAUAGCCACGUGCCAGGGAUUCUUCCGUUGCGAUUCCUGCACCGCCAGGGGUUGGACUAGAUGACCCCGGGCUCCCUUCCAACACUGCAAUUCUACAACUUACAUUUAUUGCUCCCUGUGAUGGGCAGAGAUGGCUCCCACCCGGGGGGGGGAGAGAGAAGAGCAGCUUCAUGUGCUCCCCCCUCCAAAGGGAGUGGCGCAUGUCUCACUGCAGCCACGUCUCCCUGUUCGCACAGAGGCGUCUUGUGACUAGCCGGGAAAACCCAUCUUGCUUCCUUGCUGCCAAGCCCCUGGGGAGUCACAGAGCGUUUUUCUGCGCAUUGUAAGGCGGGCAGCCGUUGGUCAAAACACUCCAGUGUCAUUCCACCUCUCUCACUCCAGUUGAUGAUUUCAUUCUGCGUAACCGGUCUCUCCUCCUUGUAUAUAUUAGCAAUGUCUCAGAGGGAGGGGGGUCAGCCUAAGCCUGUCAUCAAUUCAUGUCUCCAAAGGUCACCGGAAAAGAGCAGAGGAACAGCCUUGUGCAAGAGAGCCCCCCAGCAAGGAAACAAAGGGAAACAGAGCAAACUUUUGGAAACCCCUGGCCUUUGGGUGCUGCUGACGGAAAACCGUGGGUGGGGGGCAGAGAAAGAGGGGGGAGAUGUGGAAGGAAAACACGCACUCCCCUCUCUCCAUGAGGAUCUGGCUCUCCCCCCCCCAAAACUGUCAAAAGCCCAGGAGGAACCCUGCCCUCUCCAGAGGGGUGACGAAAUAAUAAUAACAAUAAUAAAUUUUAUUUAUACACCACCCUCACCAGCUCAGGGCAGCUAACACCAGAUAUAAAACAAUUGAUUGAAAUACAACUUAAAAACAAGAUUAAAAUACAACAUUAAAAUGCAGCCUCAUUUCAGCAGAAACUCAAGAACUUUUUGGGGGAUGAAAACGUCAAGUCUUCACCAAGGCUAACUAUCCAGACUGGUCCUACGUGGGCCAGAAAAAAGCCAGGGAAGUCCCCAAAUAGGAGUUCUAUCACAGAAGGAAAAAGGGAAAAAAGAAACUCCUGUUUGGCUUCUUCCCCUAUCUCAAGAGCAGCCCUUUUCUUGGGUUGAGAGUUUCCUAGGCUCCUGAAUCCCACAGACUCCCAAAGAGUUGCAGCGGAUGCCUCUCUCUGCCCCUGCCCAGCCUGCAAUUCCCUCUCUGGCAAGUGGACCAAGAGUCAGGAGCUGGAUCUGGUCUGCUGGACAUAUCUAGAUCUGGACAGGUGGAUCAUGGUGGGCACCUGCCAAUCACCUGAGGCCAGGUGAGGUCAGAGCCAGCAGCCGGACUGUAGAGGUGCUUCACGCCCCUCGCUCCCGUGCAGUUCCACUGCGGGGCCAAUCCCAGCAGGGCUGGCGCUGAGUGCCGGGUUUAAAGGUGCUGAAUACCAGGCCUGCUUGCAGACUGCCCUGGAAGGGACUGAAUCAAGAGCCCUGGUGGAAUGGAGAUUCAGAGAACCAUAGAACUGUAGAGUUGGAAGGGGCCCCGAGGGUCAUCUAGUCCAACCCCCUGCAAUGCAGGAAUUGCACAGAGUUGCAUCAUGGGUGGGGCUAAGUCCUGCAAGUGGACCCUGUGAUAGGAAUUUUGAGGUCUUAGAUAUAUGUUAAAUGUUCAUAAAUGUACCAACCAAGCAUGUACAUAGAUCAGCACAGGAAGACCAACCUGAAACCAUUUUUGAUUCCCAAACUGACCUCAAUUUUUUCUCUGCAAGGUCAAAGUGGGAAACCUCCCCAUUGUCUCUUUCCUCACAAAUCCUCACAAAUCCUGGGCACAUUUAAGAUAUGAAUAGGGUGUGAGCCUGACCUGGCUCAGGAACGAAGUAUUUAUCAUUACAAAAGACUGGCCAGGCUCCCCAGGCAAUCCAGUCAAGUGACCAUUAAAGAGGUAACCUGGCAGACAGGAGGUAAACAAAGCACUCAGAUUUCUGCUGUAGAUCGCCCUUUCUGUGAUGUAGGUAUGAUGUUUCUGGGGGUGGUCUUGAUCUACAGGGUGGCAACUUCAAAAGUCUAUAUAAGGGCUUGCACACCAUUGUUCUGGGUUCCUCCUCCCUCCUGCAUAGGGUCAGUGAGGAUCCUGUUGCAACAGAUCAAUAAAGAUCAGGCUUACUAGCUGCUUUGCUUCUCAAUAUUCUCUGGUUGGCCUCUGUUAUUCUCUCCUACCAAUAGGGAACCUACGUAAGGACUCUCUAUGGGCUCUUGGACACCCCAUAAGGGGAAAAGGGCAGAUUUAAUUUGUUUUCAACAACCACACAUGGAAGUGCUUUAGUGUCUGGAAGAGGCGAUCCCAAAACUUGCAAGCCAUGCAAGGUUUGGGUUUGAACAGGGAAGGCAUCUAGCCUCCCACAUGUGGAUUCCCCCCCACCCCACCCCCCAAAAAACACCUGGCAUGAGCUUGUGUGUUUGGAUGCAAUACUUUCCAAGUGAAUUCUCCCGCUGGAAAAAGUGCAGGCGGGCACCCAGGGCAGGAAACGCUGCUUUUGCCCAAGCGGGAGAGUCGUGGUUCUGCUCCUCCGCUCGCUCUGGAGACCAUCAGUUGCUCUUUCCUGGCCUGGGACACGCCCCCCCAGGGCUGCCACCCUCGCCCACCCCAGGAGGAGGGAGCAGUGAGAUCCCCCAGACCCCAUUAUGUGGGGCAGAGCCUGUCCUCUCAACAUCUUUGAGAUUCCGGCUCUGCUCCUCUCUGUGUUCUUAGCACAGCCGUUCAGCCAGGCAUGGGUUUAAUCCUGCUAUUUUUUAGUGGGGGGGGGGGAGAGAGCAGAGGGAGAGGAAAACUCCCCUUCUUGUUCCCCGAAGUGGGAGUGAGGCUGGAGUGGGUCCUGGGCAGCUCAGGAAUGCCCCCUCCCCAAAGCAUGAUGGGGUCACAGGAAGGGGGGGCUGAUGCUUUCUCAGCAUGUCUGUCAGCCCUUUUAAUAAGUGAGCUAAUGAACUUCGGCAAAGGGGGGGCUCUGGAAUGGUCCCCCCAAAGCUGGCACCACACAGACAGGUAACAAAGGUUGGAAUGUGCAGCUGGAGGAAGGAGGGAGGGGGCAGGCCUGGGAUGGGCCCCCUCCCUGGCAGGAUGACCGAUGAUGGUCUCGCAGGGAAGAAAUCUCCUGAAGGGAAUCGGUGGGGAGGGGCAUUUUCGCCCCCUCUUGCAAUGACAGAACUUGGGAGCGAGAGAGAAAGAGCUACGGCACAUGCUUUCCAUAAGGCAGGAUUCAGCGAUGGUGCUCAGGGCCACAGAACCAGGCAGGCUCAGAGGCAAAGGACACUCCUUGCUACUGCCAGUCAGUGUCAACAAUUCUGACAAUUGUGGAGUGGGAGGGGACCCCAAAGGUCAUCCAGUCCAGCCCCCUGCUGGGCUGUUUUGGAGAGUGUGUGGUUCAUAGUGUCAGAAGGGACUCACACCGGCCAUUAGUCCAACCCCCCUGCAAUGCAGGAAUCUCAGCUAAAGCAUCCAUGACAGAUGUCCAUCCCACCUCUCCUUAAAAACCUCCCAGGAAGGAGAGUCCACAAUCUCUUGUGAGAGUCUGUUCUACUGGUAAACAGCUUUUACUGUCAACAUCAACUUCAUUGGACUGGUCCUGUUGUGCGGAUGCCUGAUUUUCGUCUUCCAAAGCAACUGCUCUAUUCCGAACUUAAAAAUGGAAAGCGUAAUGCUGGUGGUCAACAAAAGAGGUUUAAAGACUCUCAAGGCAAAUCUAAGAAAAUGUAGUAUAAACACUGACAGCACUGGCCUGCGAGCGCUCCAGUUGGAGAACAGCCUUGACCAACGUGUCAUGGGCUUUGAAGACACUUAAACUCAGGACGCAAGGGAGAAAGGUGCUAAGAGGAAGGCACGCUUGGCAAACCCUCACCGUGAUCAACUCCCACCCAGAAACCAAUGUCCCCACUGUGGAAGGACAUGUGGAUCCAGAAUUGGCCUCCACAGAAACUUACAGACUCAUUGUUAAAACCGUGUUUAUGGAAGACAAUCUUACUCGGCUACGAGGGAUCGCCAAAGAAGAAGGAGAAAGAAGAAAUCUGUCAGAAACGUUUUCCUGAUGUUUAGUCAGAAUCUUUUUCUUGUAACCUGAAUCCACUGGUUCCAAGCUUGCUCCCUCUUCCAUGCAAUGUACAGUGGUACCUCGGGUUAUAGACGCUUCAGGUUACAGACGCUUCAGGUUACAGACUCCGCUAACCCAAAAAUAGUACCUCGGGUUAAGAACUUUGCUUCAGGAUGAGAACAGAAAUCAUGUGGCAGCAGCGGGAGGCCCCAUUAGCUAAAGUGGUACCUCAGGUUAAGAACAGUUUCAGGUUAAGAAUAGACCUCCGGAACGAAUUAAGUUCUUAACCCGAGGUACCACUGUACUGAGAUCCUUGAAGAUGGUUCUCGCAUCCCUCUCUGUCUCCUCCAGGCUUGCUUCCCAAACUCAGCAUCCUGCCCCGCCAGCGCAAGGCAGCUCCCUACCUUCCAAGGCUGGCCAAGUUAUUUUGGCACCUGAGACACAAAGUCCCAGAAGUGCGUCUCCCUGCAGGCAAAAAAUACCUGGCCACUAAAUUAAAUAACCGUUUGCUGCCCUUUCUUGACAUUCACCAGCCGCCGCCUGGGGCAACCACCUCCCUCUCUUGCCGAAUGGCAGGGGCCGGCCACAGGCGGAGAGCGAAGGCUUUGAUCAGGGAAGCCAACGUGGUGCCCCCUCUGAAGUUUGGACUGAAGCUCUCAUCACCUCUAGCUGGGAGGGGACAGGAGUUGUAGUCCCCAACAUCUGGGGGCCUGGGAGCUGGGUUUAGAGCCAUUUGCAGCAUGUGGAUCCCUCAGCAGCCAUGAGGCCCUGUGCAUAUGGAUGCUGAGAAGAAGGCUGGAUUUCAGAAUACCAGGGCACUGGGGUGAGGGGCAAACAGCAGGGGCACAGCUUCCGUGCCAACUUCUUUCAGUUGCUGCUAGGCAGCGAGGGAGCCGGCGGUGGGAAUCUUGGACUGGGCUCCCUUGAGCUAGGUGGUACUGGAUCUGGUCUGCCAAAUCGCUCCUUUGGAGAAGCUUAGAAGUCAUCCGAGAGAGACAAAGGGCUUGGGGAAAGAUCUCGAUGAGAAGCGGCUUUGUUUUUUGUAGGGACAGGUGUGCCCGUCCUGCGUUAAAGGCUUUGGGCAGGAUUUCCUGGGUUGAAAUGCUUUACGUAAUAAGCCAGUCUUGCACUGGUAUUGUAUACUGUUAUUUGUUUCGAGGUUGGAAAAAAAAAUCAAAUAUUUAACAACAAAGCACCUUGCCAUUUGUUCCCUGCGUUUGAACUUUUCCGAGGCACCUGCCUGGCUGCUCUUGAGGCUAGCUGGGACUUGGGCUUGAUCCUGCCCACGUCUCCUACCUGCCCUUUCAAGCUGGGAGCUGUGCCUGGUCGGCCGGCCUGCCUGCCCUGCUGCCCUCCUUGACUCUGCAGUCACUUUGGCUGUGUGACCCGGCUCAAGAAAUGCCAAACUGACUGGGCGUACCAGUUUCCAUUGGUAGAUUAAUCAAGUACAUUUGUGUUCAGGUGGGGAUAUUUCUACAUAUUUAAAUGAUGCCCACGUGUGCGUUACCUGCGCCAGGGUAUCCUCUCAGUACAGGCGUCAUCACCUCUUCUAAAGGCAACGCGUAAAUAUAUGAAAGCUUCAAAGAACUGUAGAGUUGGAAGGGAACCCAGGGGUCAUCUAGUCCAACCCCCUGCAAUGCAGGAAUCCCAACACAUCCCUGACCAGAUGACUACCCAACCUCUGCUUAAAAUCCUCCAAGGAAGCCCACCGCUUCCCCAGAGAGUUUUAAGUCCGCUGCCUAGUUAAUUGGCUUUUAGUUAAUUGAAAUGUCUUUUUAAUGGGUUCACCCAACUGACAAGCUCUUGGUCCUUGAUGCUUGAUGCCAGAUUUUGCCUCCCUGGGUAGCUGCAGCCACAGCCGGUGUGUGUUUGUGCAUGGCGGGGGCUGGGGGGCAGGUUUCCUCUCCCUUUACUACACAGGGUGGAGCAGGCAGCUGUUGCAGGGUCCUCUCCUGCCAGCCCUCCUGCACCCCCCAUGAGCUCUCCCUCCCCCUGCCUGCUUCGGGUGCCCCAUAGCCUCCCUCUCUCCUGCCGCUGCCUCCCCCCCCUCUCCCCUUCAUCUGCCCUCUUGUUCCUUCUGCAAUCUCUUAACCUGUCAGGUGAAGGCAGACCGGGGCCCCUCUGCUGGGGCGAAGGUUGGCCUGAAGCAUUGUGGGUAAUGGGAGCCAGCUGUGCUGGGGGGGGUGCUGACAGGCCAGCCCAGGCCUCCUGAAGGGGCUGCUGUGUCUAGCUGGCAAGGAGAUAAGUGGGCUUGACCCCGGCCUGAUUGCAGGGUCAGGGCUCUCCGGUUUCUCCCGGGCAUCCUGUUCGCGGUCAGGAUUAGGGAUGAGGAUGGGGGUGGGAGAGCCAGCAAAGCCCCCCCCCUUCCUGGGAGCUGCCAGGCAGCCUCCUUGCCACUGUCAGGAAUUCCUCAUUUACCUACGGAUAAGCAAGAAGGGUCAAAGAACAUCCCUGAUUACCCCCCAGCCCUGUACAUCCCCUAUGGCGGCUGCUGGACCUCAUCCAAAAGGAACCCCAAACCCCCUUGAAACUGUUCUGCGGCAACUUCCUUACUGAGCAAUGAACCAGUCGGCAAGGAGGCAUUCUGACUCCUGCGGCAGAACCUCCCUUCUUCCUGCCCACUGCCGGUUUCCCAGCCCCAGUGAAAACGCAAGAAUAAACUGAAUAAUGGGAAGUUUGCUGCCAUUUCAUGGUGACCCAGAUCUACCAUGGGGGCAGCUGCUGCCAACCUCUUCCUCCCAGGAGGGCUGCCUUGUAAUAAUAAUAAUAAUAAUAAUAAUAAUAAUAAUAAUAAUGCAACUAUUAUUUGUAUCCCACCCUCCGCAGCCGAGACCAGGCUCAGGGCGGCUAACAUCAAAUAUAAACAUUGAUAUAAAAUCAAACAAUAAUUAAAUCACCUCUUAAAAACAAGUCAGGAUAAAAUUAAAAUCUGAAUUAGAUGGCUUUCUGCAGGAUUUGGGUUGGGAAGAGUAAAUGCUCAUCAGACCCAGCUGUGUAUGUUGAUCUUAUAUGGGCCUGUGAGAAUGCCGGGAGGCCUCUUUCGUACUAGUUCUUAUACAAAAAGCUGUGGAAAGAUGUCAAAUCCCACAGGGCCCUGAUCUCUGUGGCAGAGCGUUCCACCAGGUUGGGGCCACAGCCGAAAAGGUCCUGGCUCUGGUUGAGGCCAGCCUAAUCUCCCUGAGGCCCAGGAUCUCCAGAAUGUUAUUAUUUGCAGACUGUAAGGUCCUCUGUGGGGCAUACCAGGAGAGGCGGUCCCGUAGGUACGAGGGUCCUAGGCCGUAUAGGGCUUUAAAGGUUAAAACCAGUACCUUAAACCUGAUCCUGUACUCCACCGGGAGCCAGUGCAAUAGGGAGCAAACAAUAGGGUCAAUGCGUGUCCGGCACAGUGAAGGUCCGAGAGGGGAAUUCGCGAGCCAAAAGUACAGAAGGUUCUGCAAGCUGCCCACAGUGUUGUUCCUGAGCUCCUGCCCUCUGCUGAGCCCCAGAGGAAGGCAACAUAAAACCAGCCCUGCGGGGUGGGAUCAGAGUUUGCAGCCGUGUCCAGGCAGAUGUCCCUGAGAUGCCCACAGCACCAGAACUGGGGCGCAACAGCCUCCCCUUGUUUCCCCUUCCGAGAAUUUGGUACUUGGAGGAAGACGGACUCUGAUGCCAUAGGUUAUAUCUCUUUAUCUGACCACAUCUCCCUAUCUGUCUUCAUCAUGAUUAGUAGCCAGAGACAGGCUUACCCUCCAGGAAUUGGUCUCAUCCCCAGUUAAAGCCCCACAAGCCAGUCCCCAUCCACACAUCUUGUGGCAGUGAGUUCCACAAGGAUGUGGGUCGCACUGUAAAGCCUUCUCUAGCUGGGCCUCCCAACGUUGGCACACAAGCACACUAGAAAUGCUACGGCUGUAUUGUGAUGCUUUCAUUGAGAUUCCUGCAUUGCAGGGGGUUGGACUGGAUGACCCCCGGGGUCCCUUCCCGCUCUCCAGUUCUACAUUUCUGUGUCAAUAAGGCCUUCCUUUUGACUCUCCUCCCGGCCUUCACUUUCACGGAGUGGAAAAGCCGUCUCUCUUUUCCACUUUCUCCAUGCUGUGCACAAUUCUAUACUCCUCUGCCCCCCCAAAAAACUUGGCUUUCCCCCCAAAGUAAAAUGGUUUGGCCCUUGUUUAGCUUCUUGCUCCCCCCACUUCAAAUACUAUACGUGCUUCCAAUCCACCUUGGAUCUAGUGUAAACUAAGAUGCUUUCUUCCCCCCCCCCAUCACCCCAGAGCUGCUGGCUCAACUUUCUCUCCAUUCUCCUUUCUGGUGUGUGGGGGGGGAGCAGCCCUUCUCCCCCUUGAACCCCCCCUGCAGCCACUGGGCAUGCGCCAAGGCGAAGGCGCUGCUGCAACUCAGAAGCUCCAUCAGAGCCUCAAAAUGGGCUCAUUACUAAUUAGGAGAGCUUGUUGUCCAGGAUCUGAGACAGGAAAGUCCUCUUAAUUGGCGGCAGAGCGGGGGGGGGGGGGCUCUGCCAGGCCUGGAAGGGUCAGUGCACUGCCCAGGCUGGAGCCAGAUUAGCAGAGGUGAACACACACACAUGCACACGCAAUUGCACACCGCUGUGGCUUUGAGGCUCAUUCUUGCCUGAUGAGCUCAGCGCUCAGUCGACUGGAUCCUGGAGCCGGGUCCAAAAAGCUCUCAGCCGUUCCUUCCAGCUGGCCCGGGGACAGCCUCGCUCUCUGCCCCCCAACCCACUGCCCCCACCCCACAGAGGACCCUUGCUGGGCUCUACUCUCCCGCAGGUCUUCUGUCUGUGCAGGUUUCGUGUGUGCGUUUGUGCGGUUUUUGUGUUUGCGUUGCGAGCGAACGACCAAAAAAAUAAAAGAGUUUCCCAAACGCUUGCAAAGGCAGCUUUGCUCCUAAUCGCCGCGGCUUGGAUUGAUUAGGAAAAGUCAUUGGAAAAACAAGGAAGUGGUUGAUUGGGGCUCAUUAAGUGAGAGGCCCGCUGGCUGUUGCAACAGGAGCAGGUCUGCAAGGGGAGAUUUUGCUUGGGGAGUUUUUGAGGAAUGGGGCUUGUGUGGAAGGGUCCUUUCCCGCCCUGGCAAGACCCCUCCUGGUCACAGGCUGCUGGAAUAAGGCAGCUUCCGCUCCCCAGAUCCUGGCCAAAGCAUCCUCUUUCUCUGCGCCCCCCCCCAUGUGAGUAUUCACAUCCGCAGGGCAGCUGCGAUCGCUUCUGCCUUUGGUGGUGUUGAGAAGGGAGACUUCCAAGGCCAUUCCUCCCUUGGCAGCGAGAAAGUUGCCUUAUGAACUCUGUGGGGUUUGUGGCCUCCGGGGCAAAGCGCACUGCCUCCUGCCUCCCCCAAUCCUGGCUGCUUGGGGGGGACUUGGGUCCCGCAGGAAUGCGCAGCUCCUCUGUAGUGGCUGCGAUAGAUGCAUCUGCUCCCAAGAUGUACGGACCCGAACCAAAGGCGUCUCCUAACGCUUCCCUCCUGCGCUUGCUAAAAAAAACCCCCACCACCCCAGGCUGGGAGGGGGGGCUGGCUCUGCGGUUGGCAGCACAUCAGAGGCUCUGCUUGCACAUGCUGGGCUCCCCCCCCCCGCAUUCUUUCCUUAAAGCCAGGCCCCUCCUUGACACCGCCAAUGCCCCCCCCCCCAGUGCAGGCCGCGUUCUUGGGCUGUCAGUAGCCCAGGCAGCAUUGGAAACACCUGGGCUCUGCAGAGGGCUGCCAAGUGGGGGUCUCCUCUGCACGUGCGAGAGAGUCGGGGAAGGGGGGGGGACCGUGUUCAAUGCUGCCUUUCUCCCAGUUCACUCUCCCUUUCGGCACAGUGCGCAGUGUGCUCUGGGGCCCUCGCUGCGCUCAGCCGGGGCAGUCCCGUCUGCACAUGAUGCAUGAGCAGCAGGCAAGAAGGGCAAAGGAAUUUCAGGGUUUGCAUGCCUGCUUCUGGGGCCCUAUUGGGACACGGGUGGCGCUGUGGGUUAAACCACAGAGCCUAGGGCUUGUCGAUCAGAAGGUCGGCGGUUCGAAUCCCCGCGACAGGGUGAGCUCCCGUUGUUUGGUCCCUGCUCCUGCCAACCUAGCAGUUCAAAAGCACGUCAAAGUGCAAGUAGAUAAAUAGGUACCGCUCCGGUGGGAAGGUAAACGGCAUUUCCGUGUGCUGCUCUGGUUCGCCAGAAGCGGCUUAGUCAUGUGGCCACAUGACCCGGAAGCUGUACGCCGGCUCCCUCGGCCAAUGAAGCGAGAUGAGCACCACAACCCCAGAGUCGGCCAUGACUGGACCUAAUGGUCAGGGGUCCCUUUACUUUACUUUCUGGGGCCCUGCUACAUCUGGGGGGCCCUGAAGCUGGAACUCCCAAGCCUUGCCACCAGCAAUGAGGUCUGGGUGACCCCUGUUAUCUUCACCAGUGGGGUUGUUCCACAACAGAUCAACACAGAAUCUUUACAGCAUCUGUGCUGCUAACUCUCAGACUUGGCGGAAAUAGCUGCUGUGGGGAAAAUAUCAAUUUGAGUCGUGCCACUCAAAUGGGGUCUACUAGACCCAUAAGCAACAUGGACUGAAUUCGCUUUUGAGGUCUCUCUGGGAUUAGGAGCCCUGAAACUUUAAUUUCAUUUAUUUCACAGUAGAUCUGCCCUUGCUUCUGGGGUUCCCCAGAGCCCUGCAGUGAGAGGCUUGCACCACACUCUGCAAAACUGGGGAGGCAUGGAAGCCUCUCCAGUUUCAGGGGAACUUAGUGGAGCAGGCGCUGUUUGCAUGCAGGCCUGGCCUGAGACAUUUGGGCCCGGGGAGGGGGUUGGCACCCCUGCCUGAUUCUGCUAACAGUCGCUCACGGGACCAGCACUCGAACCCCAUGCUGGUGCAUCCUCACACACACACAGACAUGAGGCCACAGGCUGGUUUGGGGAGGGGUCUGCCCUCCCACCAAGGGGGUGGUUGCCCCAGUCUUAAGAGUAGGGUUGGCUUUCUCUGUAUGUCCUUCAUCUACUGCAUGGCUUGGUCCAAAUGCCCCCUUUUUCCAUGAGCACGGUCCGGCUUAAGUUGCUUAGUGCUGAAAAGGCUACUGGGCAUCCCUGCUCAGCCUGGGGCUUGUGGCAACCAUAAGUGGUCUGUGCUGGUCCCAGGGAGAGCCAGAAAAGAGCCUCUGAGACUGGUUUGGGCCCCAGUUGGGGAAUUGGAUGGGGGGGGAGGGAGGAAGAGCCAUGCCACAUAACCAGGGCAGCAGCAGCAGCUGAGGAGGGCUUUGGGAGGGCACUGGGAGGAGUGCCCAGCACCAGCCUUUGCCCGCUGGAAUGCUGCUCGGAAACGGCCGGGCUCGGGUUUCGCUGACGUGUCUGCCACAUCCAGGCUGCUGAGUAACGUCUGCUGUCGCUGCUGCCCCUUUAAUUACGGCUCCUCCAAGCGCAGCCUCAACCCAGGUCAGGAGUGGGACACCGCAGUGCCAGGAUUAAGCCUGCCGCAGGAUUAAUUGCAGGGCGGAUCUCCACCCUCCUCCUCCUCGGGGCUUGGCAGGGACAGGUUCCGCGAGCUGCCUCUGCCUUAUGUCUCUCCUUCGCAAGAGCUGCCCCAUCUUUCGCACUCUGGCCAUCCUCCUGGGGCUCAGCCACUGAAUUCUCUUGGGCCUCUGGGCUCUCCUCUGCUGCCCCCGGGACAGAGCACAGUGCCCACAAGGGAAGCCGCAAUGGCUCAGGAUUAUUUGGGUAUCAAUGGUUCAGGGCCCCCUUUUGCAGCCUGCUUUGUCACCCCUCUGUGGGGCACAGAAGGUGCCCAGUGGCGCCUGCCCCUCUCCCCUUCCCUCCUGGCCUUGACCACAGCUGCCACAAGGACACCAGGCUAUCCUUAGCCAGGCACACAGAGGUAACCCGUCAUUAGCUCAGGGUGGCGCUGGCCGACCUGCAUUCCUGCGGCUGGGUUGUCAGCGAGUCAGCUGGGUUGGCAGGGCUGCAGCUCCACCUCUGCUACCAGAGAGGCCUUGGCACUGAUGGCACCUGUGCCCGGCUAGGAGGCCCCUCCGCUGUGCUGUACAGGAGAGAGUUCCUUGCGGGCAGGGAGCAUAAGCAGAGCCUGCCGGAUGAGGCCCAUGGCCCACCCACUCCAGCCUCCUGUUCUCCCAGGGGCCAACCAGAUGCCCCCGUGGGAAGAAGCCCGCAAGCAGGAUCCGAGCGCAAGAGCCCUCUUCUCCUCUCCUGAGGUUUCCAGCAACUGGCAUUCGGAAGCAUUUGGGGGCAGAGCCAUCGAUAGCCCCGUCCUCCUUGAAUUUGUCUCAACACCCUCUUUUAAAGCUCUCCAAAUUGUGGGAGGGAGUUCCAUAGUCUAUAGCCUGGGCAGGCAACCUAAGGCCCGGGGGCUGGAUGUGGCCCAGUCGCCUUCUCAAUCCAGCCCAUGGACAGUCCGGGAAUCAGCAUGUUUUUACAUGAGUAGAAUGUGUCCUUUUAUUUAAAAUGCAUCUCUGGGUUAUUUGUGGGGCAUAGGAAUUCGUUCAUUUCCCCCCUUCAAAAUAUAGUCCGGCCCCCCACAAGGUCUGAGGGACAGUGGACCGGGCCCCUGCUGAAAAGGUUUGCUGAGCCCUGGUCUCUCUCUCUCUCUCUCUCUCUCUCUCUCUCUCUCUCUCUAUAUAUAUAUAUAUCUGCUGUCUGAAAAAGGACUUUUUUGAAUCCAUCCUGAAUUGUCCAGCACUGAAUGCCCAUGAAUUUGAGUGUUAUGAGAGGGAGGAAAACUUUCCUCUGUCCACAUUCUCCACGCCCUGCGUAAUUUUAUAAACUACAAUCACGUUGCCUCUUACUCACUUUUCCUCUAAAACUGCCUUUCCUACAAGAGAACUGUGCAAGGGGGGGGGGACGGCUCCCUGACCAUGUUGGCACCAUCAGUUUAUCUGUAUGCCACAAAUGGCUCUCCACGCAAACACAGAGCCAGGUGUCUCAGCCCCUUGGCACAGGGCAGGGGAGGCCACGUCAAAGGAAUCUCCUGGCCUUUUUGCUGGGGGAACAUGAAGAAGAGCAGGGGCCACAUGUGUGAACCCUUUCCUGGCAGGUUGGGGGUCCUUUUCCCCUGCCUCCGCCGCACACUGGGCCCCCCACAGUCUGCCACAGAGCUGCCUCUUAGGUGCCUGUUGGACACGCUUCCUGCCAGCUCACCUUCAUGGCAAGUUCCUCUCACCAGCACAACAAACAAGGCAGCCAUUGUCCGGCUCAGGCCGGCCAGCCUCUGAGCCGUCUCUGCUGGAGUUUGGUGCGAGCAGCCGCCAGACCAGGAAGAAAGGGAGGUGGCGGCGGUGGCAGGAUCCACCCCGAUGAGGGCAAGUGCCAGUGCCCUCUCGGAACAGCGCCAGAGGCUUCCUUGGGCAGCUGCCCACUCACAGGGCUCCCUCCCGGCUUCUCUGCGCUGGGCCUCUCGCCUGGCAAAUACAGGCAGUCGUUUGCCAUGGAGCAAGUCGAUGCUCAACUGACUUCUCCAGUCAAACUGUUUCCAGUCCCUGCACCAAGGGACAGACUGUUGGACUUCUGACUGUGCUCACGUUCUCUGACAUGAUCAUAGAAUUCUAGACUUGGAAGGGACCCUGAGCGUCAUCUAGUCCAACCCUCUGCAAUACAGGAAUCUUGAUCUUCUGCAACAGAUGGCCACCUGGCCUCUGCUUAAAAGUCCGCAAGGAUCCCAUCGGUUCCCUUGCAGAGUUGGCUAGAUGCGCCCAUUGCCUUUGUUUCCCCUCUGCCAGGUUCGUUUCUGGGCAUCAGUUGGGCAGCCAAGGUUGGCACUGCUCUCUGGCAAUCCCUGGGCAACGCAGAGCCGCGCUGCAGCUCAGAAAGGCCCCCCCCCCCCGCCCAACCCCUUGGCCCUUUGCUUCCCCUCCUCUUCUCCCCUCUCCUGUCUGCUUGGAACGGGUUUUGCAAUCUUUCCAGCAGCCCAGGCUCCUCGUUCCUCUCUGGCAGGCAUGGGGAGGGGGACGGUUGGGGCUCCCCUCAGGUGUUCCGGAGGAGGCAAGCCAGGAAGCCCAGCCUUCCAAGAAGAAACUGAUUCCAGCCGCUCCGCACGGCCAGCGCCAGUUGCGUGGGAGGAGGAGGAGGGCUGGCGCACCUCUUGCGCACCCUCCUGCCUUGCACACUCUCCUGCCUUGCACACACCGCCAGGAAUGCUGCUCCCCAAGGACCAACUAAUGAGAAUUCCAAUGUUGUGAGGCAGCUGCUGCCUUUCUGGUUUGGGAUGCUUCUAAGGAAGAGGCCGGGCUGCGCAUCAGGGAGGGAGGGAAGGAAGGGGCACCCCCCAGGUGAGCCAGCUGGGUGCUGCCAGGUGGAAAGGUGGCCUGUUUUGACUUUGGACUGGGUCACUUGGUGGCUCAGGAGGCACUGUGAGGAGCUGCGGUGAAGAAAGGUGAGAAAGUCUGGGACUUUUGAUGAUGAUGAUAAUAAUAAUAAUAAUAAAUUUUAUUUAUACCCCGCCCUCCCCAGCCAAGACCGGGCUCAGGGCGGCUAACACCAAGUAUAAAAGCAAUUGAUUAAAAUACAACUUAAAAACAAGAUUAAAAUACAACAUUAAAAUGCAGCCUCAUUUCAGUAGAAACUCAAAUCAAAAACUUUUUGGGGAUGAAAACGUCAAAUCUUCCCCAAGGCCAACUAUCCAGGCUGGACCUACGUGGGCCAGAAAAAAGCCAGGCAAGUCCCCAAAUAGGAGUUCCAUCACAGAAGGAGAAAGGAAAAAGGAAAGAGGGGAAGGGGAUCAAGUUGAUUCCAAGCCAAAGGCCAGGCGGAACAACUCUGUCUUACAGGCCCUGCGGAAAGAAAUCAGAUCCCGCAGGGCCCUGGUCUCAUGAGGCAGAGGGUUCCACCAGGCCGGAGCCAGUGUUGAAAAGGCCCUGGCUCUGGUUGAGGCUAGUCUGACUUCCUUAGGGCCCGGGACCUUUAGGGUGUUGCUAUUUAUGGACCUUAAGGCCCUCUGUGGGGCAGACCGGGAGAGGCGGUCCCGUAGGUACGAGGGUCCUAGGUCGUGAAGGGCUUUAAAGGUCAAAACCAGCACCUUAAAUCUGACCCUGUACUCCACCAGGAGCCAGUGCAGCUGGAAAAGCACUGGGUGAAUAUGCUCCCAUUGCAGGGAGUUCAGAGGCAGCGUGACAGAAAUGUGUAAAAUUAUGCUUGGUGUAACUCACAGGCUUCCAAUGAAGCUGAGCACUGGAAGAUUCAGGACAGAUAAAAAGGAAGUCCUUUUCAUGCAGUGCGUAGUUAACGUGUGGAACUCCUUGUUGUAAGAGACCAGGGAUGUCCACCAACUUGGGCGGCUUCAAAAGAGGAUGAGACAGAUUCAUGGAGGAGGAGAUGGCUAUUGGUGGCACUCGCCACAGUGACUACAGAGGCAGCAAUGUUUGUGAAAGAGUGUUGCCCAUGUGCUCAUGUUCUGCUCCCUGGCUUCCCACUGGGGCAGCUGGUCAGCCACUAGGAGAACAGGGUGCAGGAUUAGAUGGGCCACAGGCCUGAUCCAGCAGUCUCUUUUUACAUAUAUAUUCUUGGUGUUCUCUUUGAUUAAAAACAACUCUUCAUCAAAAAAAAUUUUCUUGAUUAAGCAGGCAGCAGAUUUUAGAGUGUUACAGUGGUACCUCUGGAUGCAAACGGGAUCUGUUCCAGAGCCCCGUUCGCAUCCAGAAGUGAACGCAACCCGCAUCUGCACGUCUGCGGGUUGUAAUUUGGCGCUUCCACGCUUCCGUGCAUGCUCAUGACAUCAUUUGGAGCAUCUGCGCAUGUGCGAGCGGCGAAACCCGGAAGUAACGCACUCCGUUACUUCCAGGUUGCCGCGGAGCACAACCCGAAAAUAUUCAUCCCGAAGCUACUUCAACCCGAGGUAUGACUGUACUAUUAAAACUCUUCGCUUCAGAACUGCAUAUUUAUCUCUUAAGUCAGAAGCUGUUGCCUUCUGCCAAUUCAGAGUCGUGGUUCGCCUCGCUGGGUGGCUCUAUCCCAGCCCUGACUGGGAUUUAAGAGCAGGGGCGCAUACAGGCGCAAAGGAAGAGCUUUCUGCCGCUGAGCCAUGACCCAAAAGUGAUAGUUAUAAGGUUUAUUUGGCAAGGUGUCGGCUCUGCACCCUCGAGAUCCCUGUGAAUUAGUGCAGAGGCCCUGCCAGUCUUGGAGGUGGCAUUCCUCUGAACACCAGCCGCUUGGGCAGCAGAGGAAGCAAGGACUGUUGCCUUCAAGCCUGGCUGUGAGUUGGGUAGAGGCACCUGCCUGUCCCCUCUUGGAAACAGGGUGCUGGUCUAAGUGGGUGGUCAGUGUGAUUCAUCAGGGCUCUGAUUUUGUAAUCAUAAAGAGCAAGGAGAAUGACUUGGGAAGUGGUGGACAAUCCUUCAGUUGAGCUUUUUGAAAAUAGGUUGGGUUGCCCACCUGUCAGGGAUGCUUUAGUUGAGAUGGCUGCAUUGCAAGGGGUUGGACUAGAUGAACUUUGGGCGCCCCAUUCUACUCUACAAUUCUGUUGCUCUCCAGCUUUACGUCUGUCUUAACAAGGUACAUAGUGGGGGCGCAAACCAUCAUCUUUACCUCUUUUAAACCACCCAAAUGCAACUGCUGCAGGUUGUUGUAGCCGUUGGGCUGGGCUUGCUAAAUUAUUGGAUGUUAGCUUACCAAGCCUCAGGUCCCUCUGUGCCACCCUGCCUGCUCCUUCCCCUCCUCCCUGGGCAUUGUGCCCCCAGCCGUGGCACAUGCGUGGCCUGCAGACCCCCGGCCCCCACCCCGCAGUAUCUAACCUGAGCAGCUACAGCAGCAACACAUGCAGGGCCCCUAAGCGGCAGGGCAGCAGCUGCACAUCUGUUGAGCACACAACCCAUUCGCUGCCACCAGCCCUGCCUCAGUUUCCCCUGUAGCGGAGAGCACAAUCCAGUUCAAGCCCUGGAUCCCUCAGAAAUACGUUCAGAACCUGUGGCUCCAUGGAGCCCUGUAGCAUUUGAAAAAGCAGCUUGUUCCUUGAAGCAAUCGCGCAUUCUGUGCCAACUUGCAGAAAAGUAUGCCAAGGCCUUUAUUGACUGGCCCAGGGGGUGACGGGGGGGGGGGUAGGUGGACAGUGGAAGGGGAAAUGCAGCAGGGAUUUUGUUUCUGAAGAAUAAUUCCAAAACAUAAUUUGUUGAACGUUGUUGCGUUUUUUAUCUAAACCACUUAAGAGAUUUUUUUUUAAUUCUAUUGAGGCGGUAUCAUUUUUUACAAACAAAACACAUUUCUUCCUUAGAUUCAUUACUGUAUCUGUAUCUCUAUACUGCAGAUUUCCCCAAGGAAUCCUGGGAAUCUUAGUUUGCUCUGAGACCUGAGAUUUCUACCUCUAGAGCCACUCCUGCCCCCCCCCCAGCGCCCCACAAAACGACAGCUCCUAGAGAGAGACCGGCUGCUUUGGCCAGGUUAACAUUUGCAGUCUAGCUCCCCCACGCAAGCCAAGUCUCAGGCUACCGUUUCCCUGCCACCCUCAAGGAGGGAUAAGGAAUUCUCUGUCUCCAUAAAGUAGGAAAAAGUCCGUUCCGCCCUGCCCUUCCCACAAGCACCCAAGGGACACAUGCAUGUAUUAUGAGCAGGAGGCCCCCUGCCGCACCUCUGCCUGAUGCCCUGCACCAGACCCCCAAGUGGCCACUCGCAAAGCUACAGCCCCAGCCUGGCCCCCGGCAACACCAGGAGAGCCAGACCUUUCCCCCGCAAUCUCUCCUGAUUGGCACCACACACAGAGAGAGUAGCUGGCACCUGGCACAGUGGCCCUGGGCCCUGCACCCCUCUCCCUCGGCCCCCGUGGGGGGCAGUCCUGCAGCAGGCCGGAUGUGACAGAGCCACCCCAGGUCGGGUCGGGGUGAGGGUGCGCUUGGAUGACUUCCAGGCUUGUCAUUCAUUCACACAGCUCCUUCCUGCCUCUGACACUCUGUUUACAGAACCUCCCAGAAUCCCACUCAUAAAGUACGGAAGAAAAUAAACACAGGGGCUGGAAAAGGCAGGGGGGAGAAGAGAAAGGAACCAGUGCAGGGGGGGGCAGGGCAAAAAUGCCCAGCCAGCCCCCAAACGUAGAGCGGGAAAGGGUGUUCCAACUCAAGGAGAAGGGAAGACCGCCAGACUCUUUUCCUACAUGUUUGUUCCACGAGGCAACCCACAUCUCUCAUCCCAGCCCAGCGUAGGGGCCCCCGGAGUCCAUGCCUGACGCCAGCAGUGAGGGAGCUGCCAGCCCUUGCUGGCUCUCCCAAGCCUCCUUCUCCAGCGCCGGCCAAGACACCCCAAAACCCCCUCCUCCUGAAUCUUGGCUCAGAGUUCCUCUCCCAGACCUGCUUUGCUUGGGAAGCGGGAAGGGAAAAGGCAAGUGGUACUGAGCCCAUCUGGGGGGACGUGCAGCUGCCCCCCAGGAGUGAGAUUUGGGGCGCCAUUAAGCUCAGCAGAAUAGAUGACUGCUAGGCCCCCAUCCAGCUGGGAGCUGCCCCGAUGGAGGCCCAUAGAAAUGAUGUGCUUCUGACGCGGCUUUUGGAGGAAUACUCCCUGGGAAUGACAGUGAGAUAAUUUGGUAGUGGUAAGGGAGGAAAAGCACUCUGCACAUUCUCUGUCCCAGAGCUGAACCCAGAUCACUGUAUAGGAGUGCCAGGCCAGGCAGGACUCCUGCUCCCCGGCAGCUGGAGGCAAAGGGGGGGGGGGUCCCUUGCACUGGUCCAAGGAGAGGGAGCCUGGGCCCUGCCUGGGUUGCCAACUUACCAAGGGGAGCUGCUGCCGGGGUGCCAACUUGAAUAAAAUAUUGGGGGACCCACAUAAUCGAUCACACACCACUGGAAUGGCAAUGCCCAUUAAUUUUGGGGGAGCCCAGGGCUCUCAAAUAUUUUAUGGGGGGGGCAAAGACGCCUCGAGCCCUAGAAGUUGGCUCCCACCGAGCUCGGGAGUCCGUCUCCCUCGUCUCUGGCAUGGCUCGCUCUCCCAGCCCGACUUGGGGACUCGACCCGGGACUUUGUCCAUGCCCAGCGCAGGCUCUGUCCUCCGUGGGGGGGGGCACGGAAUAGGCUUUCGAGCUGCCCCUCGCUGCUGGGCAUCGGCCAGCGAGUCAGGCCCCACCGCUAGAGGAGGGCUUCGCUUUGCACCACAACCCUGCGAGGUAGGCAAGGCUGAUGCGCGACUAAAACGCGCGGGACGUGCGACUCCUGGCUGGCCCGUGCGAGGGCGGCGCGCUUGGCAGAGUCUCCCCGCUCGCUGCCCCGCCAGCUUCUCCGGAGACACUCCGGCUGCAAGCGCGAACGCGGAGCCGUCGAGGGAGCAGCCAGCUCGGCGGCGGACUUACCGACUGGGCCGGGCGGCGACUGGGGAGCGGGGCGUCGGGGUCUAGAGCGCGGGGCGGCGGAGGGGGGACUGCCGGGGCGCGCGCUCCAUCGCCGGCUGCUCCUCCUGCGCGUCCUGGCCGGGCGCUGCUGCCUCCUUUGCGCGGCGCCCGAGCGAAGGCGAGACGGGGCGGGAGGCGGCGGGAGGCGGGUCCGGCUGGCGAAGAGGCUCCUCCGACGGGCGGCCGCGCCGGAUUGGCUGCGGGGCCGCGGAGGUGGAGCCGGGGAGCUGCUCCGAGGGGCAGCCGGCGGCGGAGGGGCCAGCGGGGCGGGCUGCCUCCUUGCCAGCCCCCGGGCGAGCUGCUCCUCUCCUCUCCCGCAGCCACCCCGCCACAGGUUGGCUGGCUGGCCGGCCGGGGGCAGAUGCGACGCCUCCUCGACGGGCCCCGACUGGAGACCGCGGAGAGAGGACCACUUCGUCCAGCCCCGCAGUGGCCUCUGGCCGGCAGCCCCCUGCCGACGCGGCCCCCUGCCAUAGGCUGCCUUUGAGCCCCGGGAGGUGUUGCAGGGGCGGGGGUCUUCCUAGCCCCCUGCCUGGGGGGCAUCUGGCUAGCCGGGUGGCAAGGAUGAAGGAGCCAGUACAAGGCAGUGGCCCUGUGGCCUGAUCCAGGGCUCUGCUGCUGCUGCUCUUUGGUCCACCGCCCAAGAGAAGAGGACAAGGGCUGGGUUGGAGAAGUCUUUUCUGGGGGUGUCAGCUGAGGGCAGCAAGUCUACAGGUGAUUUCAUCUGGAGUGAACCCCUUUUUGGAGCUGGCAGCUCUGUGACUCGGCUCCUGUGCUUCUGCCCGGCCCACUUGGCUGGGCCUCCAUGGCACUGAGCCCUUGUGCCCCCUUCUCUUUGGGUAGCUUUCCAGCUGCUCCUCACUGACCUUCGCUGGAAGGCCUGGGCAGUUCAGGUGCAGAGGCCUGGGGGUUGAGGAGCGCUCAUCCUCCUCCAGGUCCUCCUUGGGAUUCUGCCUCUGGUGAAGGGAGUUGGCCGGGGGGGGGGGGCCUGGCUGCCUGCUGGGUCAGUCUCUCCAGGGGCCCAGCGAGGGCAGGAGAAGAGGGCUGGCUGCCACAAUGCCACGACGGCCAUGAUCCACCCUCCAAGCUUGGAGGAAGCAAUGCUUCUGAAUAUGGCAGGGGGAGAGAGAGCUCUUGUGCUCAGAUCCUGCCGGCAGGUUUCUCUUGGGGGGGGGUUAAGGGGGAUCCAGGUGCCCCAGCUGCAUAUUGCAGAGGGUUGGCCCCUCGGCAGCAAUGCCUCCUCUCCCUCCCUCGGCAAAGGGAGCCAGCGGGUCACCCCCUCCCCCACCUGGGCAACCACAAAAAUGUCCUCUGGAACCUAAUAUGCCGGCCUUUGUUCUCUCCCCAGUGAGAGAGCCCUGGUAUUUGGCUUACCCUGCUGCCUUUAUCUUAGGUCAACAGAGGGGCUGAGGGCUGCGCCUCCCUCUCUGGUUCCUCAAGUGCUUUUCUCUUUCUGUUGCCCCGCAAAACAGCCGCCAGCUGCUGCCACCCUGGAGAAACUGGCCUGCCCCCCCAUCAGAUGGCAGGAACCCCAUCACUGCUCAAAUCGUUCUUCCAUUCCUUGGGGAGGGGGUUAUGGAGAUCACAGAAUCACAGAGUUGGAUCAUCUUGUUGACCCCCCUACAAUGCCCAACGUGGGGCUCAAACUCAUGAACCUGAGAUGAUGGGCAGCAGCCUCUGGCCGCUGCUCUGGGCAGGAGCCCCAGAGGAGAUGGAAGUGCCCCCCCCGAAAGGCAAGCCCCCUUCCCUCUCCUCUUUCCAUGGGCUCGGCUCAGAAGAGGCAGCCUUGAGAACCUCCAGGGGCUGAAGCAGGUGGCCAAAGCCCCACACCCCAUUGUUGUCCUGGGGGGUAGGCUCCGGAGGGGGCUCCUCCCCAGACGGAAGGCUCUUUCAAGGGCUGUGCAAGGCUGCGAGUGCCUGGGGGCCUGCUCCUGAGUUAAACUGUUGGGCACACACUUGGCAAGAUGCCCGCUGGCACAGCUCCCAACAUGGCAGAGCCAGAGUGUCCGCUUUGAGAGUGACAGAUCCGUCCUCCCAGCCUGGCAGGGUCUGUGAGCCUCGGCCGAACCCCAUGAGAGCAUGCACACACAAAAACACACACACACCCAAUAAACUCCCCACAAAAACACACACACAGUUCUGGUUGGCCCGUGCUAGCUCUUUGCACGUGCCCAGAGGGCUUCUGGCUGGCACAUCCUACUGCGGCUUCUUGGCGGUUGUAUCUGCAGGUGGGGUGCCCAGGGAGUUUCUCCCUAUAGCUCUUCUCUGCCACGUACUGCGGUAAAGAAGAAUAGGCAAAAGAGGUGCUUGACUCACAGACGGAACAAGGAACUGGAUCUUAGACAAAAGGUGUCAGGGAACUGGCUGGCGCAGAAAUAAUCGCUCCUUCCCUCACUCACCCAGCUGGUUUUGUGUGUGUUAGGGGGGCCCUGCUAUGUCUCCCCUGCCAAUAGGGUCUGCUUUCCCCUGGUUAGGUGAUGAUCUGCCACCUUCUUCCUUCGUGCUGCAUCCAGGGAGCAGGCACUGUGGGGCAGGACCCUCCCUCUUGCUCCAGGCCCUACUAUUCCCCCCUCCGGGCACAGCCCCUCUGCCAGCGAAGCCUGGCAUAGCUGCUUCCCGGCUUGCUCUCUGGUGGGGCUGAGCACUAAACUGGGGUGUAUGCUUCCCUUCUGGUCUUUUGCACCUUCUCUGCCCCCCCCCCACCUGCUGGAAAUCGAAGCCCCUGCGUGGACCUGGCAGCUGAGACCACAACCAUGAGGCUGGAGAGAUCCUGCCCCCCCUGCCCUCCAGUCAGGUGGGGGGUCUCUGCUGUUUGUCCCAGGCCAGUGGUUAUUUGGGGGACUUUGGACUAAACAUCAGGAAUUAUUAUUAUUAUUAUUAUUAUUAUUAUUAUUAUUAUUAUUACCCUGCCCAUCUGGCUGGGUUUCCUCAGCCACUCUGGGCGGUUUCCAACAAAGUAUUAAAAUACAGUAGUCUGUUAAACAUUAAAAGCUUCCCUAAACAGGGCUGCCUUCAGAUGUCUUCUAAAAGUUUGGUAGUUGUUGUUCUCUUUGACAUCUGGUGGGAGGGCGUUCCACAGGGCGGGCGCCACUACCGAGAAGGCCCUCUGCCUGGUUCCCUGUAACUUGGUUUCUCGCAGUGAGGGAACCACCAGAAGCCCUCGGCACUGGACCUCAGGGUCUGGGCUGAACGAUGGGGGUGGAGACGCUCCUUCAGGUAUACUGCGCCAAGGCCAUUUAGGGCUUUAAAGGUCAGCACCAACACUUUGAAUUGUGCUCGGAUACGUACUGGGAGCCAAUGUAGAUAUUUCAUUGUUAUGGGUUAUGUGGUAUCGGCGGCCACUCCCAGUCACCAGUCUAGCUGCUGCAUUCUGGAUUAGUUGUAGUUUCCGGGUCACCUUCAUAGGUAGCCCCACACACAGCGCAUUGCAGUAGUCCAAGCGGGAGAUAGCUAGAGCAUGCACCACUCUGGCGAGACAGACUGAGGGCAGGGAGGGUCUCAGCCUGCGUACCAGAUUGAGCUGAUAAACAGCCGCCCUGGACACAGAAUUGACCUGCACCUCCAUGGACAGCUGUGAAUCCAAAAUGACUCCCAGGCUGUGCCCCUGGUCCUUUGGGGCACAGUUGCCCCAUUCAGGACCAGGGAGUCCCCCACACCUGCCCGCCUCCUGUCCCCCAAAAACAGUACUUCUGUCUUGUCAGGACCUUCACUGCCUUCACUGGUUCUGAUUUGAAAGACAGGUAGAGCUGGGUGUCAUCCGCAUAUUGAUGAACACCCAGUCCAAAUCCCCUGAUGAUCUCUCCCAGCGGCUGCAUGUAGAUGUUGAAAAGCGUGGGGGAGAGGACAGAACCCUGAGGCACCCCACAACUUUCUGGUGGCAAGAGGAAGAUGGCAGACUCCUUCCUUGGAGGUUUCUAAGCAGAGUUGGGAUGGCCGUCUGUCCUGGAUGCUUUAGCGGCAAUUUCUGCAAGGCAGGGGGCUGGGAUGGAUGACCCCCAGGGUGCCUUCCAGGUCCACCAUUCUAUGGCUCUAUGGAGCAGGCAGGCGCAGUAGAAGAGGACACACCAUUUCUUGGGUGCUGCUCCUCGUGGGGCAGUGCUGGGCCUUUGCCCCAUCUCUCUCACUUGUGGCCUGGUCCACACGCCUCCCCCCUUUGAGGGAGGACCCCUUUCCUGGCCCCUUCCUCCAAAUAAAGAACCAGCCCUUCCAGCCAGCUUAGCCCAGCGGUUCCAUCGACCAACGCGUAGCUUGCAUCCUGCAAUCGCCCACAGCGGUUUGAAACCCGUGGGCGCUGCCUGGCUUCUCCCACCCAGCUCAGUCACCCUCCGAGACACCCAGGCUCCUGAAGCGUCCCUGGAUGCGCCCUGGUGCCAGCCGCCACACCCAGGCCUCGUGCCGGGAUGGUCCCGCAGCCAGCCAGGCGUGCUGCCUCUCAGAGGCGCUUCUGCCGCCAGGUGGGAAGACCGGCUGAGCCUGUUUGUGGGGAGGAGGCCCAGCUGAGACCGGUUGAGCCGACUCCAGGGCUCUGGCCAUGAUCCUGACUCAUGCAGGGAGAGGACACGCAGCAACGCUCCACAGCCCUUCUCCUCCUCUCUGCCUCGCCUUUGGGUCUCCCACUUGUGGCAGAGACUUCAGGGCCUCUUCUGCUUUGGCUGCAAAGGUUCCCCCAGCGGAAGGGGGGUCUCCUUGUGGGUGCCAGGCGCUUCCUGGGAGGGAUGCAGGCACCCCUUGCUCUGCCAGCCUGCUGGGAUACUGACUGCUCUCUGCCAGCAGAAACCCCCCAAGCCUCUGCCUGCCUGUUGCAGGACCCUUCCAAUGCCCUGAGUCUGUUGUAAACACAAUCUGCCCUUUCCCCCUUAUGGGGUAUGCAAGAGCCCAAAUAGAGUCCUUAUGUAGGUUCCCUAUUGGUAGGGGAAAAUAACAGAGGCCAAGCAGAGAAUAUUGAGAAGCAAAGCCUGAUCUUUAUUAACUGUUGCAACAGGGUGCUCCCCUCACACACAGGAAAGGAGGAGGAACCCCAAACAAAGGUGUGCCCGUCCUUAUAUAGACAUUUUAAAUUGCCCACCCUGGAGUCCAAGAACACCCCCAGAAACAUCAUACAUACAUCACAGAAGGGGUGUACCUCAAGACCACCCCCCCAGACACAUCAUACCUACAUCACAGAAAGGGCGGUCUAAAGCAGAAAUCUGAGUGCUUUGUUUACCUCCUGUUUGGCAGGUUACCUGUUAAUGCUCACUUGAUUGGAUACCCUGGGGUGCUUGACAAGUCUGGCCAGUUUUUUGUAAGGAUAAAUACUUAGUUCCUGAGUCUGGCCACAGGCUCACCCUGUUCGUACACAGGCAUGGGGAGGCUUUUCCGUUUUCCUUUGACCUUGCAGAGAAAACAUUUGGUCAGCUUGGGAGCCAAAAAUGGUUUCAGGUCAGUCUUCCUGUGCUGAUCUAUGUAUGUGCUUGCUUGGUACAUUUAUGAACAUUUAACAUAUAUCUAAGACCUUAAAAUUCUUAUCACAAGCCCUUGGCUCAUUAACUGGGGCUCCCUCGACUUGUCUCCCUUCGGGGGAUUCUCCAUCUUUGAUGGCUUCCCCCAUUUAGCUGCCUCUGGGAGUGCCAUGAGCAGCCUCUGGGUCUCCUGAGCCCAGCCAGGCAGCCGGGGUCCCGUCUGAUUUGGAGAAGGCCAAGCCCCAGGCAGCUGGAAAAGGGGUGCGGGGGGUGAGCAAGGGAGACUUCCUUGCAUCCCAAAACGAGAGACAAAAAUAGCCUUCCUAGGUCAGACCACAAUAGCUGCUCUCUUUGGGCGAAGGCUGGCCUCCUGGGAAUUUUGCCACCCCGGGUGAGGGCCUGGGCUCCACUCCCUCCUCCAGCGCCCUUGCGAGCGUGGGAAGGCCAGCUACCUGCAGAAAGGGGAGGCUGGCAGUGCCAGGGCAGCGUUGGGCCGCAGCUUCUGUCAGCCUUGGAGUUGUAUAUUACAGGAGGCUGACAUGGGAAGCCAUAAACCGGAGGCAGGAGGGGGAGCUGCCCAGAGCUGUUCUCACAGUCCCGCGGAGCAGCCAGGGCAGGGAGGGCGCCAUCGAUCAGUACAGAUAGGGGAUAGCUCAGUAGAGCAUGGGACUAUUAAUCUUGGGGUCGUGGGUUCGAGUCCCUCGCUGCACAAAAAGAUUCCUGCACGGCAAGGGGUUGGACUAGAUUACCCUCGGGGUCCCUUCCAACUCUGCAGUCGAAUCCUGUGAAUCGAAUCCUAAUUCCCAGCAAACUAGUGUUAGGAGGCCUGUAGCCUCCAGCAGUGGAGGUAGCCAUCUGGACUCUCUUAUAAGAAUUCUAAGGUGCCAUAAAUAAAAUGAAGGCUCAUACAUAAACCAUAGGAGCCAUCUUGGCUCUUCAUGACCCCAAAUAUUCUUCUGCAGAAGGAAAUACCUUGGAAAAACCUCUCCCAAUGGUUCUUUUCACUUUCAAAUCCUACAAUUCCUGUCUUACGGGCUUAUUUGUGUAUGAAUAGGGUGGGCAUGUGACCUGGAUCCAAGAACCAAGGCAUUGACCAUCUCAAAAGAAUGGCCAGACUGCCCAGUGCAGUGGACCUUUGGGUUGCGAACGUGAUCUUGUGGGAGGCACAUUCGCAACCCGCAGCAUUCGCAACCCGCAGCGUCGCGUCUGCGCAUGCGUGGGUUGCGAUUUGACGCUUCUGCGCAUGUGCAAAGCGUGAUUUAGUGAUUCUGUGCAUGCGCGAGCGCCGAAACCCAGAAGUAGCCUUUUCCGGUACUUCUGGGUUUGGCGCAGUGCGCAACACGAAAACGUGCCCCCUGAAGCGUUUGUAACCCGAGGUAUGACAGCAAUGCAAUCAGCAAAACAUUUAUCAGGUACCUUGACUGAUAAAUAUUCUUGGAGAGAAUAUUGCUUACAGUAUUUUGUUUAUCUUUUGUAAUAAUUAACGUCUUUCCUCUUGCCUAACCUCUCUGUUUAUUAGAUUUAUUUAUACAUCUGUCAGGAGAUUUGUGUUUUCUAUAUAAAUUUUGAGAUAAGCAUUGAAUAUUGAUCAAUCUUUGUUGACUCUUUGUGUGGCGUUUCCUCUUUAUCUCCCUGGGAGUACUCAAUCGCUUUUUCUAACCAGUCAGUUUUCGUGGGAAUGUUAUUACUUUUCCAGUUUUUGGCGAUUAGAAUCCUAGCUGCGGUGGUCGCGUAUACAUAAAUAUAGGUCGGGCAGUUUUUUAAAUUUCUCGUGACAUAAUACCAAGUAAAAAAGCCUCAUUUGCGACUGCUGCUGGUUCUGGAGGGAGCAGAAAUGAGGAUGCAGCUUGCAGGAAAAGUCCAUUCUUCUGCCAGUCCUGAAUCUCCUAAUGUUCAGCCUCAUUGGAUGUUAGUGUUGUAAACAGUAAAAAUCUGCCCCUUUUCCCUUAUGGGGUAUCUAAGAUCCCGUAUAGAGUCCUUACGUGGGUUUCCUAUCAGUAGGAGAAAAUAACAGAGGACAACCAGAGAAUAUUGAGAAGCAAAGCACCUCAUAAGCCUGAUCUUUAUUGAUCUGUUGCAACAGGGUGCUGCCCUCACACGCAGGAAAGGAGGAGGACCCAGAACAAAGGUGUGUCCGCCCUUAGAUAGACAUUUUAAAUUGCCCGCCUUGGAGUCCAAGACUACCCCCAGAAACAUCAUACAUACAUCACAGAAGGGGCGGUCUACAACAGAAAUCUGAGUGCGUUGUUUAUCUCCUGUCUGGCAGGUUACCUAUUAAUGCUUACUUGACUGGAUACCCUGGGGAGCCUGGCCAGUCUUUUGUAAUGAUGAAUACUUAGUUCCUGAGUCAGGUCACAGGCUCACCCUAUUCAAACACAGACAUACCCUUAAGAGAGGAUUUGUGAAGGAAAAGACAAUGGGGAGGCUUUUCCAUUUUCCUUUGACCUUGCAGAGAAAACAUUUGGUCAGUUUGGAAAUAAAAAAUGGUUUCAGGUUGGUCUUCCUGUGCUGAUCUAUGUAUGUGCUUGCUUGGUACAUUUAUGAACAUCUAAUAUAUAUCUAAGACCUUAAAAUUCUUAUCACAAUAGGAAGAAGAAACCUCUCUGUCCACUUUCCUCCUGGCACUCCUGCCACACGUUGUUUUAUGAACUGCUCCUGUCCUGUUGCCUCUUCCCCCCUCAUCCUUUCGGCCUCCCUUUUCGGAAUCUUCCCCAGCCCUCCAAUAUCCUCUGCUCUUCCUCUCCCCAAACGUCCCCAUUGCCAAAUUAUCUUGGAGAGUCGUUGCCGCGCUACUGAAACAGGAGAUAAAUUGCAGAGGCAAUGCUUGCAUUGGCGAAAGGUUCUCAUGGAGCCAGAGAACUAACAGAAUGGACUGGAUUCACUGGCAGGAUUUGAAUAAACUUUCACAAUUUCAUUUGAGUAACGGAUAUUUCAGAGAAAUGAUAAGGGGUUUUAUUUUUGUGUGGGAAAAGCAGAAUACGAUUAUAACUCAGCAGAGGCGGAGUUGAGGGAAGUCCAGAGGAGGGGAGGGAGAAUAAUUGUAAAUAACAUGCUGAAGGAGAUUUGUAUCAUUAAUUGUUAUAAAAUUCAAUAAAUAUUAAAAAAAAGAAAGAAUCAUCUAGCCCAUGACAGGAAUCAUAGUGGAAGGCUAUCGGUUUGUCUUUUCUUGUUUUUAUUAUGUAUUUAGUGUUUUUACCUUGUAUUAUUAUUAUUAUUAUUAUUAUUAUUAUUAUUAUUUAUAUACUGCCCUUCAUCCAAAGAUCCCAGGGUGAUCCACAAGAUAAAAACAUGAGAUAAAAGCACCAAUAAAUAGUUAAAACCAGAACAAAACAAUACCCUGCCUUCCCAUAGUCACAUCUAAAAGGCUGUAGAAUAUUGAUCAGCCCAAGGCCUCUUUGAAGAGGAACGUUUUUGCCUGUCGCCUAAAGAUAUAUAAUGAAGGCACCAGGUGAGCCUUCCUGGGGAGAGCAUUCCACAAGCAGAAGCCACAAGAAGAAAAGGACUGCCCCGAAAUCCAUGAAUGAAAGGAGGUAUACUGCUACUACUAAGGGACGCAGGUGGCUCUGUGGGUUAAACCACUCAACCUAAUGCUUGCUGAUCAGAAGGUUGGCCAUUCGAAUCCCCGCAACAGGGUGAGCUCCCGUUGCUCGGUCCCUGCUCCUGCCCACCUAGCAGUUUGAAAGCACACCAGCGCAAGUAGAUAAAUAGGUACGGCUCCGGCGGGAAGGUAAACUGCAUUUCCGUGUGCUGCUCUGGUUCGCUAGAAGCAGCUUAGUCAUGCUGGCCACAUGACCCAGAAAAACUGUCUGCGGACAAACGCCAGCUCCCUUGGCCAGUAAAGCGAGAUGAGCGCCGCAACCCCAGAGUCGUCCGCCACUGGACCUAACAUUCAGGGGUCCCUUUACCUUUACCUUUACUACUACUACUACUACUACUACUAAUAAUAAUAAUAAUAGUGCUUGAUAAUAGUGCUUGUGCCAAAACCCAGCCACUGCUCUUUGUUUGCCCUCUCCUCUCAGAGGUGACCCUUUUUGUGUGUGUGUGUUGCAGGGCCCUGAUCCCGCUCUUUGACCCCAGCACCGGCCUCCUGGUCCUGGCAGGGAAGGUAAGCGCUCGCCCCUUGCUCUCCUGGGUCUGCUGCCUCUUCCCUCCCUCCCUGGGGAGGCCAAGGAAGGCAGUUCGCAUUAUGGUCUUAACAAAAGCGAAAUAUUUAGGAAUCUGGUUGACAUUAAAAAAUAUUAAUUUGCUUAAGGAUAAUUAUGAAACCACAUGGAAGGAAAUCAAGAAGGAUUUGGAAAUAUGGGACAGAUUAAAGUUGUCAUUUUCUGGCGGAAUAUCAGCGGUAAAAAUGAAUGUACUACCCAGAAUGUUAUUUCUAUUUCAAACUAUUCCAGUGAUCAAAGGGACAAAACAAUUUAAAGAGUGGCAAAAAGUAUUAUCAAGAGUCAUCUAGCAGGGGGGAAAACCUAGGAUAAAAUUCAAAUUGUUAAUAGAUAAAAAAAGAAAGAGGUGGAUUUGCCAUGCCAGAUUUGGAACUCUAUUAUGAAGUGUCAUGUCUCUGCUGGUUAAAGGAAUGGAUAAUGUUGGAAAAUACAGACCUUCCGGACUUGGAAGGUCAUGAUAAUAGAUUUGGGUGGCAUUCUUACCUUUGGUUUGAUAAAGUGAAAGUACAUAAAGGUUUCCUGAAUCAUGUGAUUAGAAGGUCAAUUUAUGAAGUAUGGGAAAGAAAUAAAAAAAUAUUGGAAAAGAAAACACCAUGGUGGAUUUCACCCACUGAGGUAUUGACGGUUACAAAAUUAAAUAUGGAGGGAAGGUGGGCUACAUAUGAAGAGAUAUUGAUGGAAACUGAACAAGGUCUAAAACUUAAGCCAUAUGAUCAAAUUGAAGGUUUACUUACAGGUUGGUUGCAAUAUCAUCAAGUGAAUGAUAUAUUUAAUGGAGAUAAGAGGAAGGUUGGUUUUGAAAAUAAAAAAUCAAGAUUCCAAAUCGAACUGUUGGAAGGCGUCAGAAGUAAAUUAUUAUCCAAGAUGUACAAUUUGUUGUUAGAAUGGUUUACUAAAGAAGAGAAAGUGAAAGAAGUCAUGAUAAAAUGGGCAUUAGAUUUUGGGUAUAACAUUGAGUGUGAUUCAUGCAUAAGAUUGUGGAAUGAAAAUUUAAAAUUUACAGCAUGUAUGGCAUCAAAAGAAAAGGUAAUGAAGAUGAUGUACAGAUGGUAUUUGACACCAGUAAACGUAGCUAAAAUGUAUAGAACGAGAGAGAAAACAUGCUGGAAAUGUAAAGAAUCAGACGGUAACUUUUAUCAUAUGUGGUGGACCUGUGACAAAGUAAAAACAUUCUGGGAAAUGAUCUAUAAUGAACUAAAAAAGAUGUUUAGAUACACCUUCCCCAAAAAACCGGGAGCAUUUUUGCUAGGUUUGAUGGGAGAGGAAGUUGCAAAGAUAAACCAAAGAGUGUUUAUGUACGCCACAGUGGCAGCGAGAACGUUAUUGGCCCAAAAGUGGAAGUUACGGGAGGUGCCUACCACUGCUGAGUGGCAGGCGAAGAUGAUGGACUUUGCAGAACUGGCCAGACUGACUUGCAGGAUCUGAGCCUAGGACGAUCAGAAAUUCCAAAGGGACUGGAGUAAAUUUAUUGCAUAUUUGUAUAACAACUGUAAAAACUUGAGGACACAAGCAGGAUAGAAAUAAAUCCUACAAUGUGGACAAUAGGUUAAAGAUGUAAAUUGCACGAUUGGAUUUGAAAUGGAAAACCUGCUGAAGGGAAGGAGGGAAAGUCGUAUGCUCGGCAGAGCAGAGAGAAGAAGAAGAGAAGAGUUUGGAUUUGAUAUCCCGCUUUAUCACUCCCUUUAAGGAGUCUCAAAGCGGCUCACAAUCUCCUUUCCCUUCCUCUCCCACAACAAACACUCUGUGAAGUGAGUGGGGCUGAGAGACUUCAAAGAAGUGUGACUGGCCCAAGGUCACCCAGCAGCUGCAUGUGGAGGAGCAGAGACGCGAACCCGGUUCCCCAGAUUACGAGACUACCGCUCUUUUUUUUUUUUAAAUGAUAUUUAUUAAAGUUUCAAAGAAUACAAACACAAAAAAUAAAAAUACAAGAAAAUACAAAAUACAGAAAAAAGAAUAAAAUUUUUAAAAUAUAACAAAAAAAAGAAAAAUCAAGAAAAACAUACAAGAUAAAAACAGUUAAAAAACACGUUAACUUUCCAUAGCUUAUCUUCUUUACCCUUAUUUCCCCGGACCUCCUCAUACCUCCCUUUUUUGUAUUCCAGUUCAGUUUGUUAGUUCAGCAAAUCCUUACCAUUAAGCUUUUACCCAUUUGUAAACCUUUUUUCGUAUCUCUUAAAUACGAGACUACCGCUCUUAACCACUACACCACACUGGCUCUCAGAGGUUUUGUGUUUGAUAUUGUUGUGUUGUAACGUUGAAAAUGUUAUUUAAGGAGGAAAAUAAUAAAAAAUAUAUUGGGGGGGAAAGGAAGGCAGUUUGCAGAGGAAGGAGCCAGGAUUUGCUCAGCCUGGCCCUUUUCUUCCAGGGGGAAAACGUCCUCUUCUGCUAUGAGGUGCUGCCCAGCCAGCCAGCCCUGGCAGAAGGUGAGUAUCUGAGACCCUCUCCAGGUGUUUGGGCUCCUGGCUCAGGUUUCACUCUUCCUGGCCCUGGAGAGAGUUGGGCAUCAGGCCUGGCCCCUUGUGUGUCCUCCCUGGUCCUGCCUAGCCUGGCACUGCCUGAGAGAGGGGGGAAAGCCAUGGGGAAGGAAAACCGUGGCCCAAGAACAUCCCUGGCUCAACCCCCAAUGGCAGCACCUCCAGCAGGGCUGAGCCCAUAACCCUAGAGAGUCAGGGUUGCUGCCUGUCAGUGCAGGCAGUGCCAAACUGGGUGGGCCUUCCGUGACUGUCAGCGGAAAUUAGAUCCCAACCUUCCUCCUGCCCGGGUCUGACUCUGCAGGUUCCCGGUGGUGCCCUUCUCCCCACGUCCUUCCCCACAGCUGCCGAGGGAGGGGUUGGGAGAAAAGAGGCGAGUUUGCACUGGCAGAGGGGCCACCUCCAGGGCAAAAAAAGGCUCUGCUGUUUGCAGACGUGGCACCUCCAGGGACUCAACCCCUGCUCUGCCUUUGGCUUCCACUUCUUGGGUCAGUAGCCAGCUGCCGGGCAUCCCAUGCGUGAGCAUUGUGCCAGGGCCUGCUACUGGGCACCUGCGAGUGCCAAAGAAGAGGAUUGCCAUUUUAGGGUCCUGAAAAUCUCUCUCUCUCCACUUCCCCUUGCUGGCUGGUAGUAUGAUGACAAGCCCCACUUUGGAGAGACUGCUGCCUCUGGGCUGCCUUCUCAGGAGCCGCCCUUGGGCACCUGUCGCCACUCUCUUUUUCUCUCUCCCUUUUGCCCAGUCAACCAGUGCCUGACAGAGACCAAGUCCCAGGGCGUUGCCCAGGUGCCCAAACUCGCCCUGGACGUCAUGGGCUGCGAGGUGAUGCGGGUCCUGCAGCUGAGCGAAGCUGGCAUCGCCCCCAUCAGCUAUGUGGUGCCCCGGAAGGUAAACGGGCAGCGUUGGGGCAUGGGUGGGCAGAAUAAGAAGGGACGGGUGGCCGGGCCUGGAGGUGGCCGGUCCCACGGGGCUCACUCACAGCCUGUCCUUCAGUCCACACAGGAGUUCCACAAAGACUUGUUCCCCGACUGCGCAGGAAAUGUCCCUGCGGCCUCCGCGCAGGCCUGGUGGUCCGGAGACAACAGCCAGGUGAGAGCUCUCGUCUGCCCGCCCACCCCUUGCCCACCAGGUGACUGGCAAUGGCUGCUCUGGGCUGGAAGAAAAGGCCCCCUGCCCCACCACAACAACCCUGCAAGCCUCUCCAGCUCCUCUGGACCCGGGGAAGUCCUCUGCUGGCCUGACCGAGUCUUCCAGGUGGCGCCUCAGGAGGCUUCAGAGGCUGGGCAGUGCCCUCCGUGCCCCCCUGCCAGGCCCUGAGAGGUCUCUGCUUCUGUGCCCAGGGGCUCUUUCUGCCAAGUUCCCCCUCAGCUGUGCCUGAGACUUGGGGGGCAGUGUUAGAAACGGGAGUAGAAAAGCUAUUUGCCACCUGGCUCCUGGAACACGGGUUGCCUUUUCCACCCCACCCCCUGGCCAGCUGCAGUUUCUAAUUAUUUUUCCAAAACCCAUGAACUAAUAAACAAUUCGCAUCAGUAACACAUUGUUGAUACAUCAUUUUUAAUAGGAAUUCUUAAUUGGACACCGCAAGCAUAAAUGGGGCUUGGCCCCUGCAAUUGUGGCCUAAACCAUAAGUCAUUUGAGUAAUUAAUAUUUACAAAUGCCGGCCUGUGUGUUUGUGUAUGUAUAUACAUGGAUGCCGGUAUCUGUAAAUAUUAAUUACUCAAAUGACUUAUGGUUUUGGCCACAAUUGCAGGGGCCAAGCCCCAUGUUAUUGCAUAUGUUAUAUAAAGUAUUGUGCUAGAUUUGAUCUCACAUGUUUGGGGUGGCAUUUCUCCCUCAGCGCCAGCAGCGGCCAGUUUGACCUCAGUCGCUGGAUGCUGCUGCAAAACUUCUCCACCAUUCAAUUCCCCGUCACAAAAUGCACCUCCCCCCCCCUGCUAAUUUUGAACCCCAUUGGGGAGGGAGUGGGGCUUUGAGGAGCUGCUUCUCAAAAUGAUUAAGGUUUUAAAUGAUAAUUUUAGGUUAUAUUUUAGUGAUCAAGAUUUAGUAUAUUUAUUUCUUUAACUGCCGAUAUAUCUGAAUUGUCUCUGUUAUACCCAAUUGCAAUUCAAUGUAUUCCUGCUGUGUUUUAUGAUUUUGCUGAUAGUGUAAGUGAGCCAGAACUGGUCUGUGACCGUAGUAAUAAAAUUCUACCAUUCAGGAGCUGCUUCUGAAGCCUGGCUAGGCGGCCCCCGUUGCCCCACAGCAGGGCAGCCGGGCUCUCCGUGGCCCCAUCUAGGAGACAGGAGACCUUCUGCCUCUGGUUCUCUCUCCCAGCUGCUGACGCCUCCCUCUUCCUCCUCCUCCUCUUCUCAGGUGGGGAAGAUCAGCCUCCAUCCUGCCCAAAGGCCCAGCAAGGCCUUCAUCUCUCCCUGCCUCCAGGAGCACCAAACCCCCGACCUCUCCGCCCAGCCAGGGCCAGGGGACCAGACCGAGGACCCGGAGGUGAGAGUGAGUGGUGCCAGUUCAAGAGCCCCCAAACCCCUGGCAAGACAGUCCUGCUGCUCCCCCCGACAUCUCCAUCCAGAGUUACUUGUGCAGGAAGUUGUGGUUUCUCCUCUGCAAGCGGCUGAGCUAAAUGACUCUAUGGGUCCCCUGCAGCUCCACGGUUUGGAGGUUCUACGGCUAGAUGGUUCUUCCCUGCUCUGGACGGCUGGGAAAUGCAGACGCAAAGAUGCUCUCGGGAAGACAAGCCUAGUGCAUUUUGGAAGGUGCCACCACUGCCUCCCUGGCCUCCUGGCACGUGUGCUCAUGCCAGCUGCAGGCUUGGAAGCCAGGGUGGGGAUAAUAAUAAUAAUAAUAAUAAUAAUAAUAAUAAUUUAUUAUUUAUACCUCACCCAUCUGGCUGGGUUUCUCCAGCCACUCUGGGCGGCUUCCAAUGGAAUAUUAAAAUAAAAUAACCUAUUAGACAUUAAAAGCUUCCUUAAACAGGGCUGCCUUCAGAUGUCUUCUAAAAAUCUGGUAGUUGUUCUUCUCUUUGACAUCUGGUGGGAGGGCGUUCCACAGGGCGGGCGCCACCACAGAGAAGGCCCUCUGCCCAGUUCCCUGUGACUUAGCUUCUCACAGCGAGGGAACUGCCAGAAGGCCCUCGGCGCUGGACCUCAGUGUUCGGGCAGAACGAUGGGGGUGGAGACGCUCCUUCAGGUAUACUGGACCGAGACUGAGGGAUGGGGUUGAGCCCCAGGCAAAGACCAAGGCCCUGCAGAGUCCUUUCCAGAGGGGAUCCUCUGGCUUCUGGACCUCUCCAGAGCUCUCUUGACCAGCAGCUGAGCAAGCCAAUCGGACACAUGGGGCGGCAUGCAUGCCCUGUGCCCAGGGGCGGGGCCAGCCAGGGCAGGAUGCUAGACUCCUCCCACUCAGCCACCCUACAACUGAGAGAGAGGCGGCGGGCAGACCGUUUGAGGCAGUGCGGAGCCUGCGGGCACCCAAGCCACCGCGUCACUCCCAGGAGAGAGGCGUGGCUCGGGCGUGCUGCAGGCGCCGUGGUGAAUGCUGCCCGCCAUUUUGUCACCCCCCUCAGUGGUGACACUCAGGGCGGACCGCCCCCACCACACACCCCUUCCUCCACCCCUGCUCCUGACAACCCUCUGCCUGGCUCCUUCUCCCCUAAAAACUUAAGAAGAGUCAGGCCAGUGCCCCAUCUAAUUAGAUUAUCUAAUUGAUUUUUGAAUUUUAUUGCUAUUCAUGUUUUUAUACUGUGUUUUAUGCUGCUUUUAUAAUUAAGUGUUUUAAAUUUGUUGUUAGCCACCCUGAGUCCGGUUUUUGAACCUGGAAGGGCGGGGUAUAAAUAAACAAUUAUCAUCAACAUCACCAUCUGCUCCAGCAUCCUGUUCUCACAGUGGCCAGCCAGAUUUCCUGCGGGAAACCAGCAAGCAGGAUUUGAGCACAAGAGCCUUCUCCCUUCUUGGGGAUUCCAGAAACUGGGGUUCAGAAGCAUCGCUGCCUCCUCUGACUGGGAGGGCGGGCAGAGCGUAGCCAUUGUGGCCACGAGCCAUCGAUAGCCAUUCCCAGCAUCUCCAGAGCCCAGGGCAUUUGCUAGGCCAGGAGCACCGUGGAUCUUAUAUACCGUAUUUUUCCCUCCAUAGGACGCACUUUCCCCCUCCUAAAAAGUAAGGGGGAAUGUGUGUGUGCAUCUUAUGGAGCGAAUGCAGGGGGGAGGCAGGCAGGAAAAGCCCCCAAGAGCCGCACACAAGCUUCGCGCGGCUCUUGCAGGCUUUUCCCCAGGAGGGAGAAGGGACUGACGCGGCCAGACAGUCCCUUCUCCCUCCUCUUAGAAAAGCCCGCAGGAGCCACACACUCCUUAAAGGGUGCGUGGCUCCUGUGGGCUUUUGCGGGAGGUGGGGGGAUUGCCAUAGCCGCGCGCAGCCUCUCCAACCGGGAGAGGCUGCACAAGGCUAAAGAAGCCAAGGCAGCGAACGCGAUCCAUCCCGCUGCGCAAGGCUAAAGAGGAAACCAAGGCAGCGAGCCGGAUGGAUUGCGCUCGCUGCCUUGGCUUCUUCACCCACGCUUCUUUAGCCACGCUGGAGAGGUUUAGCUCCUGGCUGGAGAGGUUGCGCGGCUAUGGCAGAAGCCAAGACAGCCAGUGGGAUGGAUCCCGUUCGCUGUCUUGGCUUCUUUGUUCUUUGGGGCUGGGGGGGGAACCCGGGCUUCCCCCGCAGCCCCGAGAAGCUCUGGGAGAAGCCGACAGGCCCCUCUAAAAACUAGCUGUGCCUUGUGGUCCGGUGUGUCCUAUAGAGCGAAAAAUACGGUAACUGGAAGGGACUGCAAGGGUCCAGCCCCUUGCAAUGGUCUGAGGCUUGCUCUCUCUCCCCUCUCCCAGGCUGGCAGCCCCCUCUCGUCCCCCACCAGCUCCCUGACGUCCCCCUCUGGCGCCACAACGCCCUCCCUCUCAGCCACCAGCGGCUUUGCCUCCAGCCCCAGCCAGCGGUCCCUGCAAAGCAUUCUGGGUAAGCUUCCUGCCACCCACCUCCCAGGUGGGCCCCACAACCUGUGCCGCUCGGAGGGAGUUUGGGGGGUGCCUGGCAGACCCCCUCUCCCCACCGCGCUGCCGGCGCACAGCGGUGGUUCUGCGUUUUCCACCAGGGAGGGGGGAGAGGGUGUCCCUCCCCAUCUCCUGCCCCCCCUCACCCGCCUCUUUGCCCCCAGGACCCAGCUCGGGGUUCCGCCACAUCCAGGGCUCUGUGCUUCACCGCAGCACCCACAUCACCAACCUCCGGGGGCUGAACCUGACCACGCCGGGGGAGUGCGACGGCUUCUGCGCCAACCGGCAACGUGUGGCCAUCCCACUGCUCUCUGCCGGAGGGCAGGUGGCUGUCUUGGAGGUAAGGGGACCGUGACGGAAGGGGUGCCUUUCAGGGGCAGCUGCCCAGCCGAAUGCCCUCCUGCGUUGGCAGAGCCUCACAGGGGAAGGCCCCCCAGGCUCCACUGCCAAUCGCCAGCCUCACAUGUGCGAGGCUCAGCCUCCAGGGAGGGCUGAGAAGGACCCAGGGGAGCGGCUGCCAGUCAGGGUGGGCAACACUGGAUUAGAUGCCUGUAGUGGUUCUAGGGGUUGCUCGUGCGUAAGCCGGUGCAAACACCUGGCUGGGUUGCCUGAGUGAACCUUUUCUGUCCGGACAGCCACUCACCCGUGGCUGUCUCAAUUGCUAGCAGAAUCCGUCAGUGGGCGUUUCUUAAACUUCUUCCAGCAAAGAAGCUCUUUGACGCCUAGUCUCCGCCUACUCUCUCUGCGCGAAAGCCUUCUGCGCAAGGAGGGCGUAGGCAGCGGAGGACCUCUACUCUCCCCGCUGAUCCCCGGCAAGGAGUCAUGGGACCGCCUUGCCGCUUCCCCCAUCUGCCCCCCUUCUCCACUGGUGCUACGCUGAUUCUCUUCCCCAGAAGAUGGGCUGCCUCUCCCAAUCCCAGGACGCUCUCUGGAAUCCCUCUGGAUCUUGCUCUCUCCCUCCAGCACUGAUGGCAGUUCCCUGACAAUGCCCCACUGCUCUGGCUGGGUGGCAUGCAGAUUCCAGUGCCUUCCAUCUUUGGUCCUGGGCCCCUGGGUUCCUGAGAGCACCAGCACCCGCCAGCUUGCCCUCUGUGGGAAUGUUGUUGGUAGUAGGAGAGGAUAUUAAUUUUAUUUCUUAUUUUUUAUUACCAACAAUCAAAACACAAACAGUGAAAACAAACAGUGAAACCCACCAGGUGGCUGAUACAUUGGGUAUACAUAAUCAAUAAUAACAUAUUCAAAUCAACCAUAUGUACAAUUCUAUAUACCUUAACACUCCUCCCUCCACAAGGUUUAUUUAACUUGUAACAUUUUAAUUGCCCCAAUUGCAGGUUUGAGCAAUAUUGAUUAAAUAUUAUCCUUCCUCACUCACGCCAGUGAGUUACAUAUGGCAGAGCUCGUUCCCCCUUUUACACAGCAAGCAGCUAGUUGCAGAUUCGUUUUAAUCUCUUUAGUUAAGCAAUCCAAUCCGGCAUGCCCAGAUUGGAGUAUAUUCCUGGAAAGACCCCUUUGAUUCCCUCCUAAAAGAAAUAAAGACACAAGAGUCUUCCUUAUAAGUAAUGAAAAGUUUACUCACAUUCAGUUCACGGUUGGAUCCCUGAAGGCAGGCUUUAGCCUGUAGUUACAGAUACAGUGUGGCUGACAUCCUUGUAAGGAUGAGCCCAUGUGCAUCAGGACCAGUGGCCAAAAUGAAGAGAGGAGCAUCAAGAGAGGAAGAGGGCUAGGUGACUGGACUGUUUGUGGGGUCUGCAAGGGUCCCGCCCACCUACCUGGUCACACGCAGGGGGAGGAUGCUCCAGACCAGGUGUAACAGGAAGUUCAACUGGCUGGAUCAACAUCCCCCUGUCUGUGUCCACUCUAGGCAGACAAGGAAUGUUGUAUUUGACUGCUCCAAUGGAGUACAUCGCAUACCCACUGGAGCGGCAGAAGUGGGGUGCCCAUGAAGGCCCCCGUCUUGGGGGGAGGGCAGAGGAGAGCGCCCCCCACCUGCCUUUCUCAGAGACUCACCCUGCCCUCCUCCCCAGCUCUCCAAGCCAGGCCGCCUCCCGGACACAUCGCUCCCCACCAUCCAGAACGGGACGCCCGUCUCCGACCUGUGCUGGGACCCCUUUGACCUGCAGCGCCUGGCGAUUGGUAUGUGACCCACCCAUCCCGGAGCAGCUACUGGGCCCACCAAGAAGCCACCACUGGCCUCCGGACUUCCUGAGGGAAUUCCCGAAGCGAGACUGCUCCAGAGCCCUGUUCUCUCGUCUUGCCAUCCUGCGUCGUCUGGGCUCAGGCAUCAGGGUGGGGGGUUCUCUGCAGCCAGGGUCGCCCUCAGCAUGGCACGAUGGGCUCUCACACUUGCCCCCUUGUUUCCUCUGGCGCAGCUGGAGAAGACGCCAGGAUCCGGCUGUGGAGGGUCGAGGAGGGAGGUCUGCAAAAGACAACCCUGGAGCCUGAACUGGUUCUACAAGGUGAAACUCCCCCUGCCCCACUUUUCUGUUUUCUUUUUUAAUUUUUUAUAUAUUUUUCAUUUUCAUUCAUUACAUACAUCUCAAAUUCUUAACGUUUACUGUAUAUUCCUCCCUCCCUCCCCUCCAAGACCUCCCCCAACUUGCGUUUCUGGUUUGUUUCUCUUUACACCUGCUUUCCUAUCUCUCAGCAGAAAAGUUUAUUAAUAACAUAACAUCAAACCUUAAAAACAUAAAAAUAAAAUUAAAUACAUCAUCUUAUUCCACUAUCUUCCAAACAUUUCCUGAUGCUAAGAAUGUGGAUGUUUAUUUAAAUCCUGCCAUCAAGUCGAUCGCCUUUCUUUGUUUCUGCAAAUAUAAUAGGAAUGGUUCCCAAUCUUUUUCAAAGUCUCUGUUGUCUUUUUAUGUCAUUUUUGCCAGUUCUGCAUAGUUCAUCAACUUCUCUUGCCAUUGUUCUUUAGUUGGUAUUUCUCCAGAAUUCCAGUUUUGUGCAAUCAACAUUCUUGCUGCUGUGGUGGCAUACAUAAAUAAAGUUCUCAUUUCUUUUGGUAUGUCUUGACCUAAAAUACCUAAUAAAAAGGCUUCUGAUUUUUUUACAAAAGUUAUUUUCAACAUUUUCUUCAAUUCAUUGUAUAUCAUUUCACUGCCCCGCUUUUCUGUCCCCUGCUCCUCUGGCCUGAGGGGGUUUGGCCAGCUUAGAGCCCAGCUAGCAGCCGUCUUCUCCCCCCCCCCCCCAGGCCACACGGAGAAGAUCUACUCCAUCCAGUUCCACCCCCUGGCUGCGGACAUCUUGGCUUCCUCAUCCUAUGACAUGAGCGUCCGGAUCUGGGAUCUGCGUUCUGGCGGGCAGGUGCUGAGGCUGGAGGGACACAGGGACCAGGUAGGAAGGCCCAGCACGCAGCUUGGCUCCCUCCCUUUCUGCAAGGGGGGGCAGCAGAACCAGCAGAGGGAGGUCUCAGCCCCCUCCAUGCGCCACCAGUUCAUACCAGACAGCCCCCCCCCCGGUGACUUUACCCCCGUUUGCAUACUUAUCAUCCACAAUUUUAUAUUUAAAAAGCAUUUCCAGGUGGUGUUGCAGUGUAUGAGAAUAAAAUCAACAAAGGAGUCUGUAAAAAUAAUAAUUCCAAGCGGCUACAAAGGAAAGUUAAUACAGCGGAACCUCAGUUUUUGAGUGUCUCGGAAGCCAAACGAUUCAGAACCUGAACGCCGAAAACCCGGAAGUGAAUGCUUCCGUUUUCAAACGCACCUCGGAAGUCAAACGUCUUCCGAGUUGCGUUUCUCCAUUUUCUCGAUGGAAUUUGCUGUCCGUCCGUUGCACCUUAGUCGUCGAACAUUUCAGAAGUCAAACAGUCUUCCAGAAUGGAUUACGUUCAACAGCCGAGGUUCCACUGUAUUACAAAGGCCUGUCUAAAAUAAAGUAAAUUUUUCAAAAGGCAUCUGCACAGAGGGAGGGAGGGUUCCUGCCUCACCCUCUAGUGGCAGGGAGUCCCACAGGGCACAGCCUGCCAUGUUAAAAUGAAAGCCAGCCGAGACUGGGAGUCGCGAGGAGAGGCGCCAGAAGUGGCCUUCAGAGGAUGCUGGACCUGGAGGGAGCCCCCUGGUGCCCAAGGAUUGGGACUGGCCCAGCCCUCCAGAGGGAGGAGACUGACCUCUUGGGGACCUUUCAGAUCUUCAGCUUGGCCUGGAGCCCCGACGGACGCUGCCUGGCCACCGUCUGCAAGGAUGGCCGAGUGAGGAUCUACGAGCCCCGAAAAGCUUCCCAGCCCCUGCAGGUGAGUCGAGGGGAUGUUUGGCAGGAAGAGAUGUGCAGAGGUGAAGAGGGGGAGAGGAGGAAGAAAGCCUCUUAUUCAGGAACGGGGGUGGGGGGGUGGGGGUGGCAUGCUCUCCCUGCUGCCAGUCAGUGCAGGCAAUGCUGGGGUGGGUGGACCGAUGUUGUGACUCUGUAUGAGGCAGUUUCCCAGGUUCCUACGAGGGAGGGCUUGGCGGAGAAGCAGGUGGCCUCACCCCGGGGGGGCACCUAGAGAGAAGCCAUGGCCCCUGCUCUCUGAGGCAUCCGUCUCUCUUCACAGGAGGGCCCGGGGCCCGAAGGUGGACGGGGCGCUCGCAUCGUCUGGGUUUGUGGAGGCAAAUACCUGCUAGUGUCGGGCUUUGACAGGUAAUAAUAAUAAUAAUAAUAAUAAUAAUUUAUUUGUACCCCGCCCAUCUGGCUGAGUUUCCCCAGCCACUAGUGAUCGACUCUCAUUCAUAUGCCAACAACAACAACAACAAUUUUUUAUUUAUAUCCCGCCCUCCUCAGCCGAAGCCGGGCUCAGAGCAGCUUACAACAAUAAAAGCGACACAGCAUUCUAAAAUCAAUUCCUUCUAAAAUCAAUUCAGAAUCAAAUUAAUGGCUAUCAUUGGGCCAGAGUUCUACAAGGAUCACCAAAGGCCAAAGGCCUGGUGGAACAGCUCUGUCUUGCAGGCCCUGCAGAAAGAUGUCAAGUCCCGCAGGGCCCUAGUCUCUUGUGACAGAGCGUUCCACCAGAUCGGGGCCAGUACUGAAAAGGCCCUGACCCUAGUUGAAACCAAUCUAACCACCUCGUGACCUGGGACCUCCAAAGUCCUUAAGGUCCUCCGUGGGGCAUACCAGGAGAGGCGGUCCCGUAGGUACGAGGGUCCUAGGCCCUAUAGGGCUUUAAAGGUCAAAACCAGCACCUUAAACCUGACCCUGUACUCCACUGGGAGCCAGUGCAGUUGGUAAAGCACUGGAUGAAUGUGAUCCCGUGGCAAGGACCCCAUAAGGAGCCUCGCCGUGGCAUUCUGCACCCACUGGAGUUUCUGGGUCAGUCUCAAGGGCAGCCCCACGUAGAGCGAGUUACAAUAAUCAAGUCUGGAGGUGACUGUCGCGUGGAUUAGUGGCUAGCUCAGGGCGAGAGAGGUAAGGAGCCAACUGCUUAGCUUGGCGGAGAUGAAAAAAUGCCGGCUUCCCCCUCCUUCCAAUGCUGCCUCCCAGGAGCCCCAGCCGGCCCCGAUCCCAGCAGCAUCUCCUCCUCCUCCUCCUGCAGCCGCAGCGAGCGACAGCUCUCCCUCCACCCGGCGGAGUCUCUGGGGCCACCGGUGGCCACGGCCGGCCUCGAUGUCUCGCCAUCCACCCUCAUCCCCUUCUACGAUGCAGACACAGGCGUGGUCUUCCUCACGGGCAAGGUGAGCGGGGGGCCCUGGGCCUGAUUCUCCAGGAGCAACAGCAGCAAAAAUGGCCUGCAGGGUCAGGCCGGGGGGGGGGGGGGGGGAGAAGAUGCUGAACCCCAUAGCAGCAGUGCAGAGGUGCCGCAUUCCACUUCCAGCACACGGUAAUAGGGGGCCAGUCUGCAACUGGGCAGACCUAGAGCAUCUCUCUGGCUGACAGGAAAGGGGGGGGAAGGAAGUGUGUGUGGGGGGGUGUUGUUUGUUGCUGAAGUCAGCAGUUGUUGCCCCCCACCAGGGGCUGGGCUGGGUGACCAGCUUUGCUCUUUCAUUUUUCUCUUUCCUUUCCUUGCAAUUGUUUUUAUUUUCGUUUCUAAUAUGCAACAAGCGAUAACAACAACAAAGGGAGAAAAUCAAAGCAAGAAGGGGGAAGGAAGGAAGGAAGGAAGGAAGGAAGGAAGGAAGGAAGGAGAGGAGGGGAGGGAGUGGGUGGAAGUUCCAAAAACAGCAUUAUAUUUCCAGACGGUGGUCCUUCAAAAGCACAUGAGCCAAGGAGCUUUUUCCAUAGGAGCCUUGACGGAAGGGUGGCUUCAACGCAUUUGCUUAAAUGGAUGCCAAACUUUAGAAAACCCGUUCUUUGUUUUUCGGGUAGCACAGGGUCUGUUUUGCUAACUUUCCAGAUCUGGGGGUGGGAAGAGUCAUGCCAGGCUCCUGGCACUGAGUCCCAGAGGGGCUUGGCCACCGUGAGCCCUGGCUGGUUGAGCAGCCCCUUCUGACCCUGAGGCCAGUCCAGGCGCCCCCUUUCUAGGUACCUUCCCUGCCCCCAUUCCUUCUGACGUGGAUCCCAGACUUGCUCGGGGAAGGUAGGCCACCCCCCGCCCUUCAAAGCCUCUUCUCUCUGCCACAUGUUUAGGGUGACACCAGGGUGUACAUUUACGAGGUGGUCCCAGAGGCACCCUUCUUCCUGGAGUGCAACAGCUUCCCGUCCAGUGAUCCCCAUAAGGUAAGGUGGCAGCGGUGCGGGGGGGGGGGAUCUGGGCAGCAGUUAUGUCCCUGGGAGAGAUGGAGCCACGUGCAGUCAGGGAAGUCACCCCCCUUUGCCCCGGGGGAGUCUUUGUUUGAUUCAGUCCACCUCUCUGGGCUUUCCUCUGCAGCCAUGAGGGCUAUGGCUUGGUUCCUUAAAAAAGGGAAAGAGUGUGGAUUUGCAAGAUUUGGAGGUGAGGAGAAAAUGCCCACAGAGCAGCUGUCAGUGAAACCUCCUGGCUCAAGUGGGGAGGACCCCUGAAUUUGGAGUGGGGGCCAGGGAAAUGCAGGGGUGGCAGACAGAAUGAGCUGGAAUCCAGCAGCCUCUUGAGCUGUUACUGGGAAUGCCAAGAGGAACUGGCAUCAGUCCCUGUGACAAACCAGAACUGCAUCCUUUGGGGCAGUGAAGUUCCAGGGGGCUGACUCCUCCUCUCUGCCCCCUUAUCUGGUCUGCAAAACCUGCUUCUGGCCUGCCCUCUUGUGGUUGUUCUGGGCAGAGCACUUGUGGAGUUACUAGAGUAACAACCCCAAGGGUUGAGUGCGAAUUGGCGGGUGGCGGGUGCCCAGAUGUGCCCCCUGCUUCACUUCCACAGACCCUGGGAGGCACAGAGGGCAUUGCUGUGGCUUUGCAGCCGCGCUCUGAGAAAGGUGUCCCUGCAAGGUCCUGACCUCUUGACUUCCGCAGGGCUACCAGUUUCUGCCCAAGACGGAGUGUGACGUUCGGGAGGUGGAGAUUGCCCGAGCCCUGCGCCUCCGCCAGACCUCCAUUGAGCCUGUGGCCUUCCGGGUGCCCCGGGUGAAGGUAGGGUACUGGGCCUCUUGGUCUCUGGCAGGGGAGGAGGAGGGAAGGCUCCGAGUAUAGAGGCAGCACCGUGAAAGGUCUCGUCACCUUCUCCGAACAAUGCCAUGCUCCUUUGUCCUGUCCACCUCCAGCCACAACGCCACCCCAAGCUGGCAUCUUGGCAAGCUUCCUGGACAGACCCCGCUCCUUUUUGGAACAGGCCCAGCCGGGCGAGGAUUCGCAGUCGGACCCAGGUGUCUCAGCGUCCAUCGCUGGGCAGGGACCAAAAGGAAGAGAGACAAAUUACUCCACUCCUAGCCAUCCCAGCUAGGAGCCUCCCAGAGCCCUCUCCUCCUCCUCCAGGAAUUUGCAAAAUCCUCUUUUAAAGCCAUCUAGCUUGGUAGGCAUCCCUGCCUCUUGUGGGAGGGAGUUCCACAGAUUCAGGGCAGAUAAAAGGAAGGACUGCAUCACCUGGCACACAGGUGAAGUGAAGGAAAUGAGGCAGGAGCUGAUAAUGCAGGUGAGCUGCAAGCAAGCUGCCAGCCAGCUCUGUGGAGGCUCCUUUUAUUGACACAAUAUGCAAACCCAGGCAGAUACAUUUUGGGCUGUGACCUUUACACAUCUUCCAGUCCCGAGAUCGUGGGGUGGUACAAAGUUAUUUUGGCACCUGUUUCCACCGUGUCAUUUUCCCCUUGCACAGGAGACAAAGGUCUCAGAGACAAAGGUCACAGACAGGACACCACAGACUACUGAGAUGGCAAAAGGUUAGACAGAGGGCAAGAUGUUCAGACAGCUGUGGCUUUAUCUGGGGGGAGGGGAGUGUGCCCCGCACCCCAAGGUCAUGCGUGCAGGGAGCUGAGGCUCCCCACCCAGCGAUCAUUCCUACACACGGGAAACUAUGGAAGCAGCUGCCCCAGGAGGCAUUGGUGGAUGGCUUUAAGCAGCCCUCUCCUCCAUGAUUUUGUCUCGUCCUCUUUUAAAGUCAGGGGUCAUCAUCACGGCCUCCGGUGGGAGGGAGUUCCACAGGUUAGGCUCUGCAUGAAUGAAUCCUUUCUCUCUCCUGAACCUUCCCACCAUGUGGGGUGCGCAGGCUGAGUGACCCACAGACUGAUGCCCUCCGUGCUUCUGUCCUGCCCCUUCUCCCCACAGAAAGAGUUCUUCCAGGAUGACCUCUAUCCUCCCACGGAGGUGCGGUGGGAACCGGCCCUGUCGGCCGCUGCCUGGCUGGGCGGCUCUGAUGGUCAGCACCGCAAAGUCAGCCUCCGGCCUAAAGACAUGACCCCAGGUAUGUGGCAGGGGGCGAGGGGGAGCGCAUCAGCCGGGUGUGUGUGUGUGCUGUUGCAGAGAGUUCAGAGUUUGUAGAAUCAUAGUGUUGUAGAAAGGGACCCCUAGAGUCAUCUAUUUAUUUCUUUAUUUAAUUUUUAUUGGAAAUUUUAUUUAUAACAUAAACCCCCACCCCCCAAUACAGAAAUCCACCCUCACUAAACGUGAACAUAACAUACAAUGAGCAUAACAUACAACAAUACAAACAACCAAAUAAAAGAUUUCCUUUGUCCUGUACCUGGCCUCCUUAUUUACUUCUUAUAAGCUGUUUCCUUUAUGAAUAAUUAUUAAGAUUUUUCUAAUUAUAACUUAAAUAUCCACAAAGUCUCCUGCAGACAUUAAUCGAAACAAGUCCAGGUGUGUAUUUUAGGGCACUGUUUUGUGAAGUAUUCUCUUCAUUUUCCCCAUGCUUUUUGAAACUCUUGUCUAGUGCGAUCUCUAAUUGCCUCUGUUAAGCUAGCCACUUCAAUAUACUCUAACAGUUUGUCUUGCCAUUCCUUUUUUGUUGGCACAAUUGCUUUUUUCCAGUUUUUAGCAAUUAGGAUCCUUGCCGCUCCUGUGGCAUAGAGGAAUAUUUUCUGAUCUUCUCUUGCUAUACCUGUGUCCGUUAUCCCUAGUAGAAAAGCUUCUGUAUUUUUCAUAAAGUUAUAUUUAAACAUUUUUUUUAAGCUCGUCAUAUACGUACUAUAUUCCAGAAGCUUUUGGUUUUUUCACAGGUCCACCAAACAUGUAUAAGUGUCCCCUCUGUUUUACCACACCUCCAGCACAGAUUUGUUUUUGUCUUAUACAUUUUAGCUAUUUUGAUAGGUAUUAAGUACCGUAUUUUUCAUCCCAUAGGACGCUCCGUCCCAUAGGACGCACCCAGUAUUUUGGGGGGGAAAUAAAGGAAAAAAUUUUCCCCUUUAUUCCCCCCCCUCCAAACCAGGUCGGGGAAACCAAACCAGGUCGGGGAACAGCGGGAUGGUGGCGCUGCGCCUCCCCGCUGUCCCCUGAGCUUGUGGGGCUGGCCGAUGUCUGCCCGAAGCGCGGGGCGCUCUGCUUCAGUGCGCCUCGCGCUCCGUGCAGCAGGCUGCUAUCCGCAGCCUAGGGAGCCCUGCGGGAACUCUCGCGGGCUCCCCAGGCUGCGAAUAUCUGCCCUGUACGAGGGGUGCUCUGCUUCAGGGCGCCCGCGCGCCGGGCAGCAGGCUGCUAUCCGCAGCCUAGGGAGCCCUGCGGGAACUCCCGCGGGCUCCCCAGGCUUGCUGAUAGCUUCCUGAAGCCUGGAGAGCGAGAGGGGUCGGUGCGCACCAACCCCUCUCGCUCUCCAAGCUUCAGCGAAAGCCUGCAUUCGCCCCAUAGGACGCACACAGAUUUCCCCUUCAUUUUUGGAGGGGGAAAAGUGCGUCCUAUAGGGCGAAAAAUACGGUACCAUGAAUUAAUGAGUGUUAGAAGGAUGCUGGAAUGAAGCUAUAUGGUUUUAGUAGAAAUGUAACAAAGAAUUAAGUAAAAGUUGAUUGAUAACGGGUUAAAAUGAAAAAAUGUAAGGUAAGACCGUUAAGGUAAAUUAUAGAAUAAAAAUUGAGAAAGAUGGGAAGAAUUUGCUGAAAUAGUGAAUUGAACUAGAAUACAAAAAAAGGGAGGUGUGAGGAGGUCUAUGAAACAAGUAAAGGAAAGGUAAAGAUAUGGAAUAUUGGAUGUGUGUUUUAGUUUUUUCUUUGUUUCUUUUUGCUGUAUUGUUGUAUUGCUUUUCUAUGUUUUUUUUCUUUUUUCUUUUUUAUUGUUGUCUUUUUUCUUUUUUUGUAAUUUUUUAAACUUUUAAUAAAUAUCAUUUAAAAAAGAAAAAGAAAAAUACGGUACCAUGUAUAAAACAUCUGGAUUAGAUUUUCCCUCAGUACUUCACAGGCUGUAAAUUUCCAGUUCUUUCUCCAUAGUUCUUCCCAGAGAACCCCUAGAGUCAUCUAGUCCAUCCCCUCCAGUGCAGGAAUCACAGCCAAAGCAUCCCUGGCAGUUGGCCACCUGAGCUCUGCUUAAAGACCUCCAAGGAAGCCCAGUGAAAGGGUGCAGGAAUCCCUUUUGGCUUGUUGUGUGAAGGGGUGGCACUGAGGAAAUCACAGCGGUAGGAACAGAGAACCUUUGCUGGGGGCACAGCAUCUCAGAACACAGAAAGCCCCCACCCCCGCUGGGUUUCCCCUCCGGCCUUUCCUGUGUUGGAGAGACCCCAGGUGGGUUUGCGGCUGAGGAAAGGGCCCCCUGGCGAUCUGUCUCCAGGCCCCUUCCGCCACUGACCCGCCAUGCCACCUCCUUCCGCAGUGAGCGAAGCCCCGAAAGAGGCUCCCAGCCGGAAAUACGUGCCGUCCUCCGUCUACCUGGAGGAGAAGUCGGACGAGCAGAAGAAGGAGGAGGUGAGGACCCUGCGGGGCUGGCAGCUCUGGCUUGGGGGGCAGGGGAAGGAGGGGAGGGGGCUGGCAAGCUCUCCCUGAUGCAAAAGACCAUGGAGCGGGUGAGAGGCAGUGUGGCAUAGUGGUUAGUGUCCGGCUAGGAGAGACAAGGGCUCAAAUCCCCACUUGGUGGUGAAGCUUGCAAGGUGACCUCUCAGCCGAGCCUUCCUCACAGGGUUGUUGGGCGGAUAAGAAGGGGGAGAAGGAGACCCACGGCCACCCUCUUGAGCUCCUCAGGGAGCAUAAGGAGUGAUAGCAAUACACCCCACAGAGAAGUGUUGAGGGGGCACCAUGAGGAGGGGGAAGGUCUUGGGGGUGGCAGGCGCGUCAGCCCUUUCUCGUGCCCACAUCCUGGCACUGGUUGGCUCCCCUGCAGCUCCUGAAUGCCAUGGUGGCCAAGCUGGGCAACCGAGACGACCCCCUGCCUCAGGACGCCUUCGAAGGAGUGGAUGAAGAGGAGUGGGUAAGAGCUGGGCAGGAGCCCCCCAGAAGCGCCAUGCCCGGGUGAAGAGAGCCGUGCCCGUCCGCCUGUGCCCAUCUGGGGGCCUUGGGUGUGAUUCUGCCCCCAGCUCUGCGCUGUAACCCUCCAGGGGGCUCUGCUGGUGGGAGUUGUGGCCCAAAAGGCACCCGCUAGGAGUGCUGUGGGGGAGGGGGGCACUCUGAUCUGAUCUGAUCUUCCUCUGCUUUGCCCACGUUCCCCCUCCAUAGCUGUCAACCUAUCCCUUUUCUUGUGAGGAAUCCUAUUCGGUAUAAGGGAAUUUCCUUUAAAAAAGGGAAACGUUGACAGCUAUGUCCCCCUCCCCAUCCCAGGGCUAGGCCGGGGGGCUGGUGGUCUCUGGGGUAUAUCCCGUGUCCCUUCCCCUCCCAAGUUGGCAAGGGUGGUCUUGUGGGCAAAGGUGCCCUUCCCAGCACCCCCAGAGCAAGAGACACCCCAGAGCAGUGGCCAGUCUGGCUUCUCCCAUCCAUCCAUCCCUCCUCUCUCUCCCUCUUCUACUCCGUAGGACUAACGGCGGACGCUUCAACCAGGGACUGCACGCAGUGGCCUUACUGCCCGGAUGACCCCCUGCAGCCACCCUCUCCUCCGUGGACUGGAGGGUGCCCAGACCUCAGGCCCCCCCUGGGAGGAGCAGGCUGACUUCCAGGCUCCUCUUCCCCCACUCUGCGCCAACACUGCCACCCUGGGUUGGGCUGCCGCCCGCCCACACCUCAUCGAAGAUGCCAAGGAGAUCCUGCCCGCCGAAUCUUCCUUCCUCCCCCUGGACCCUCCUUCGUCUGGGCUGCUGCCCCGCUUCCUGCCCCCCAGGCAGAAGUUUGCCUCGGCUUCCACGUUGACAGUCUGACUGGCACUUCUGGCUGCUGAGCCCAGGUCGACUUUUGGACCUGCCGUGUGCCUGCCAGGCCCCCAGCCCCUCUGGAGGGCCCAUCCACGAGGGACGUGUGGCUUUGGGGGUCUCCAAACUCGUUUGGGAGCGGAGGAAGGCUGUUUGGGGGGCUCCUUCUGCUCCCUGCAGCUCUAGGGUUGCCUUUAUGAGGGCGUGCGUGUCUUUCUGUCACAACUGCGCCCCGAAUUGUCUCCCCAGGCUUGUCCUCGGAGCAAAGCUCGCCUUCUGUGUCUGCCCUGCCAGUGUAACUUGAAAGAAUGUCAAUUUCAGCUCUUUUGCCUCUUGUGUCUGUUAUUCAAAACACCAGCCUUCUCCCCAAAGCGACUCUUCUCCCCCCCUAGAGGGAUGGAGAGCACCCGGCCCAGCCUGGUAGAUCUUUCUGCGCCCCAGAACGGGUGUCACACAGGCCCCUGGAGGCCCCCUGCAGCCCCCACAUGCCUUACAGACCCUGGUUCUGCCUUGCAGACUUUUGGGCCGGUGGGCUGUGGCUUCUGUGCCUGGGAAAAGGGGCGCCACUCUCCCAGGGGAAAACUUCUC